GUUAGCGCGAAGACGAGCGUUGACCGCGUUCAAACGCUAUUUCGAACAUUUCGUUCGUCGUAAUUUUGUUCGCAAAGUCAGUGUUUCGUUACCUACUAUUGGCGCUAUUGGUGGAUAUUAGUUUUAACUUUUCAACCGUAUAAAGUAGGUACCUACGUUAUUUCAUCGUCACAAGAUUCAACGCAAAAUGUUUCGUAUCGUAAUAUAUUCGAUUUUAUCGUUUAAUGAUGAUAACGCAACCGUACCUAUGAUAUUAAAUAAAAUAAAAAGUUUAGUAAAAUAACAAAUCGGUAAUUUUGAAAAUCGCUCGCCGAAUUGACCAUCACUACGUGAAAUAUGGAAGACCUCGUGAGUAUAUAUAUAAUAAUAUAUAUUAUUCAAUAUAUUUUAUUACUAAUCAUUAGUAUAUGUAAUUAAUAUGUUAUCGAUUAAAUAUAACAAUUUAAAAGCCAGAAAAAAAAAGUGAUUACCGCAGUAAUAUUGAGUGAAACUAUAUUAUAAAACAAAUCUUUAUGGGUUAAAAUCUUAUUAAAAUAGUAAAUUUAUUUAUUUUUAAGUUAAUAUACAUAAUUAAUUAUUUUGGUUUGUAUAAAAGUUAAAAUAUUAUGGAUUUUCGCAUCCAUAACUUAAGACACUAGGUAAUGGUUUAAAUUAUUUUCAGAAAUAAUGAUUUAUCUAUUAUGGCAAAAGAAUAAUAACUAUACAGAUUCGACUUAAUAAUAUUAAUCAACCGAAUAAGUUUCUAUUAAAUUAAAACUUUAAGUCGCCAAGAGACAAGAAGUAGUACAUGUAUAUAUGUAUAUUAUAAUAAUUCGAUUAUUGUUGGUGAAAUUACCUAUUUAUUUUUAAUGUAUAAUUUCAUGGCAAUAAUUAUUAUUAGGUUCCCAUAUAAAAUGUAAUGCAAUAUUAUAUUAAAUUAAAAGUGUAGUAUUUUGUCUCUUAUACUCAUUUAAAUUCUACUUCAACCACAAAAACACUUUUUAGUAAAGUACUCAACGAUUAAAACAUUACCUAUCUAUAGGAUAGAUACCGAAUAGUUGUUAUAGGUCAUUUGUAUACUGAAGAGGAAUUUUUUUUUUUACAAUUUUCCAGUCGGAGACACUAAAAAUUUUGAAAACAAACCGAAAUAAAAUUGCAAUAAUAAUAGAUAAAUGCAAGCAUUAUUGUAAUAUUCUGAACAUUUUAUAAAACUGUGCGGAGUUUUGAAUUUAACGAUUUUAUAAUUUAAAUUUUUCGAUUUUAGAACAAUAAUAAAAUGUUUGCUCACAUGAUUUUGUAAUUUUUAUACUCAAAUACACCGCAUUUUUAAUGGUAAAUUCGGUCAGAGAUCAAUGUAAUAAAAUAUCGCGUUAAAAAUAUAUAUUGUAUAUUACGUAUAUUUAUUUUCUAGUUAUUUACCUACUGCUACAUUUAUCCAUUGACAGAAUAUUAUGACGCGGGGUAAAAUAAAAAUUCAAAUCCAGUGCAAUAUUAUAAUAUUUUACAAUGCGCGGUUAUAUAAGAGAGUAAUAUAGUGCAGGUAUAAAAAGUGUAAUCCAGGACGGUAAACUGAAGGUGUAUAAAUUUAGUUAAAACUUUAGGUGUUAUAUUCGUAUAUUGGGGCAGGUAGGUGUUAUUUAUUCAGGAAAUCGUAAAUCAAAAAUUAUUCGUUUCCGGUGUGGCUGGCAAAUGUACACACACAUAUACGUACAUACAUAUAUUAUUUACCUACUUAACUGGCUUACCCUACAAAUGGUCGUGGUAUUUCUUUUGCAAGUAAAUAUUUGUAAUAAUUAAUUGAUAAUUAUUCCAUCUUUAUCGCAAUGAUCAAUUUUAUAUUAUAAAUUCGUAUUUCGUCCGAUCAAAAACUCUUAAGUUUACUGAUCAAUAUGUUUAGGAAGGCUAAGCGCACGACCUGUUUUUUUUUUUAUUCAAAAUACGAUUUACAGGAAAAAAUCUUAUAAUUCGCAGAUUAACCCGAUUCGGAUCGUUUUAGAUUCGAUGCGUAGCGAGGGGAUUUAUUGGAUUUAUUUAGUGUGUGUAUUUUUUUUUGUGCGCUUGUAAGCAACUUUGCUAUCAGAAAACUUGCUCCAAAAUAUCAAGUGUAGCACUUUUUCUGAAAGGAAAUUUUAUAUAGUUGGUGCUUUGAGAUGGUUGAUUUUUUGAUUUUUUUAGGGAUUUUCAUAAUAAUUUUAAAAAACCGGAAAGAAAAUUAUAGGUAAAACAGCAAAUAUUUAGGACACGCCACGGCAUUGCCAUUUUCAAUUUUUACAACUUAUGUUUUCUACCAGAAAAAUUACCAAUCGAAAAAUUAUAAGAAAUCAAUUUUGUUCCAUUUAACAAAUAGCCAAUGACAAAGAAAGUCAUUUUUUGAUAUCCACAGUAGUAUAAAACCAUAAAGAUGAAAAUAUGACUUUUUUUAAAUUAUAGCGCAACGAUUUCAUUAUUUUAAAUUUGUACAGCUUAUGUUUUCUAUAAAAAAUAUUGCUCCAAUAGAAAAACGACUCGAGACCUUUUAUGUUGCAUUUUUAAUAUAGUUGGUAACCAAGAAAGUCACUUUUUGAUUUUCUUUGUAGUUAUUUUUUAUUAAUUGAGCAAAACCGAAAAAUACGUAGAAAGAACAGAACAAUUUACGAAAAUAAUUAUUUUAAAUUUUAUUUUUUAAAUGUAAUUCAGAUUAAAAUAUUCGUGAAGAUUUGAAAUUUUAACAGAAAACUUAUACUUGAUUUUUCUAGAAGUCGUAAAACUUUUAAAAUAUUUAAGCCACUUUUGAGCUAUAAUAGACAUUUUAAUUUUGCGGAACUAAUCAAAUAUAAUUUUUAAGAACUAGGUAUUUUGAAUCCGUUUUUAUUAAUAUUUUACCAUCAAAAUGUUUAGGAAAUGUUCAUUUUAUGUAUUAUCAGAGUAAAAUAUAAAAAAAGAAAACGAAUAUUGCUGUCAUUACGUUUUGUGAAAUUCAAUCUAUAAAAAUAGUAAUAUAUCGUUACAAUAAUUAUUUCUAAUUGAAACUCGAUUAAUUCAAUCAUUUAUUUUUUUAUUCUCAUAAUAUUAAAACCGACUUAUUUUUAUUUUAAUGUAUUUGUUGGAAUAAAAUAUGAAAUUAAUUACUGAAAAAAAAAAACACACAUGAGCAGUCACUAGAGUCGAAUUUUCCUCCAGCUGACUUGUCACCGUUACAUUUCAUUUUUUUUUUUUUUAAUAAUUGAGAAUAGAGCUAUAGUUUCCAGAGUUUUGUUACGUUUUAGUCUGUAUUAGGUAUUUCUAGUUAUACUGGUACUUCCUGUGAAAACACGCUAUUUGAGCAUAAAAAUAGUUUAGGAAAGAGUUGUAAGUUUUAACACCCAGAAGGCACAUUCUUGAUAAUUUCACCAUUUGAUUUCUCUGGCUUCAUUUGGGGUUUUGUAGGGGUGUAUAAAAUUAGAUAAACAUCAUUUCUUCGCAAUAACAUAUAAUACGUCUGUUUAAAAAAUAACUCUUUAAUUUCCCAGUUUGAGCUCAAUUGGUUCAGAGGGAGCAGUUGGAAAUAUCCAAAAUACCGGAAAGAUACAAUAUAUAGUAUAUAUUUACAGAAGUUGUAUAGUGCAGAGUCUGUAUUUCCGGGGAAAAUUCGACAAAUAUAUCAUAUAAUAUCCUAUGGAAAUAUAUAUAUGUAUAUAUAUAUAUACACAAUUUUUAAGUAUGAAUUUUCAUGUAUACCGAACUGUUAAUUAUAUAUUUAAAUUAAAAUAACGUUUGUUACAUAAAAUUGUUAACACUGUUCACGCAGUUGUGUUAUCAUAGAUUCCAAGUAGACCAAGAAAGCGUCUUUUUUUUUUUUUUACAAUGGUAUAAUAUAAUAAUAGGGGUUUAUAUUAUACUUGUAUGUAUGUGAUUGUGUAAAUAUACAUUUGUGUAAGAGAAAAUGAUCGUUUCGUUUCGAAAUUGAAGUUUAUCUGCCCAUUUUCCGCGGUUGCAAAUUUAUUAGGAUGCAAAUUAUUUUUCGAUUUUCCCAUUAUUGUAUACAAAAAUUAAAAAAAAAAAAAUUAGCUUUUUAAUGGUGAAUUUUGGUUUGUUUGUUUCGAUUCUAAAAUAAUAAUAAUCUUAAAGAUCUAAGAAAAUGUUGUAUUUUCAUAAAACUAUAAGUCAUUUUAAGAUUAUGAAUACGAAAACGGUUUUAAAAUAAUAAUUUUAUAAUAUACGGUGAAUGGAGGUAUAUAGGAGUGAUGCGAGAGAGAAAUUAUUCGCAAUAUAAGUAUUUUUAUUUUUUAGUUUAAUUUUCUAUAAUAUAAUAUUUCCGACCGCAAAAGGUUAAUAGGCGAGAGGUUACAGGCCGUUUUAGUGAUGUCUCUGUGGGCAAGUAUUUUUUUUUUUGCACUCAUCACUUUGAUACAGGACUGCAGACUUAGAAAAGGUAAUGAAGUGGUUAAACGAGAGAUAAACUCUAUGUUUUAUACACAAUUGUUUUUAAAUUUAUAGUAGUAUUUUUAUUAAAAGUUUACAUUUUAAACGAUAUUUUCUACUUUAAAACUUGAUUAUUUUAUAAAUUCAUUAGGAUAAUUAGAUUUUCAAUAUAAUUUCAUAUGUAUAAAUUAAUCAAUAAUUGUUUAUUGAUCAAACGUCUUAUAACUAAAUAGUUUUAUUCCUAGGUACUUACUUCACUCAGAAUUUUUGUAAAUAUCUUUGAAAUAUGAGUAAUAAUUAAGCUAAUAUAAUAAUCAUAUAUAAUAAUAAUAUAUAAUAGGUAUAAUAAUCAUUAAGCUCUAGUUUGGAAUUUAUAUAAAUUAUGAUUUACUUAUAUUUUUAGUGUAAUUUAGCUUCAGGCCAGGGAUGUGAAAUUGGUAUAUAUUUGGAUUUUGAAAAAAUUAUACUUAAUCGUGUAGAAAUUUCGAAACGUGCGGUUUUCGCCUUACUUAAUAGGUACCUAUUAAAUUAAUGCACAUUAUUGUGGCCAUUUAUACGCGUGUAUACGAAUUCAAAGUUAUUAAAAUAUAAAGAAUGAUAUAUUUGUCGUUUAUAUAACGAUGCUUUACAAUCGUUUUACCGUUUAGUUGAAUUUUUUAUUAUAAUAUUAUUCAUGGCGAGUAAGAAAAAAUAAAACUGGUAAAAGGUAUUUUGUGUAUACAUGCGGUUCAAAUAUAACGGGGGUCAUUAUACAUGAAGGCGCGAUAUUAAAGAGGUAGUUUUUCGCAAUACCGUAACUAUAGGAAUUUUUACAUCCGGGGAUAAAAAUAAUAUACACCCUAUUAGAUGUUUCCCACACCUACUUUCUGGUCCGAAUAUUAAUAAAAUGGAAGAAUAUUUCUCUCCUAGUCAUCAAUGAUACUGGUAGAUAAAAUAUGUAUCUAAAAGUGAACAUAACAAAAAUACGCCCCUGAAAAUUUUACGCCCGUGUAUAAACCAUCUGGCUCUGAUUUUUCGAAUUUUCUAAUGUUAUAUUAUAGUUUAUAACGAUGUGAUGGUGGAAAAUACUAAUCACGCGAUGGUAAUUGUCUAAGGUAGUAUUUUAGAUUGUAGGUGAAGCGAGGUAUCUAGUGGUUUUACUAUAAUAUAUAUUUUUUUUCUGUCCGUAAACAUUUUGUCUCCAAGAAAUCUUACUCCAACUGAAACAUGACAAGUGACCUUUUUUGUUGAAUUUUGGUUCUUAUUAAUACUUUAAAAUGAUAUUUUUUGAAAUUCUCAUUCAUUCGAAAUAAUAAGGAAAAAUUGGUUGUUUAGUUUAAAUUAAAUUAAAAGAUUAAAUAUAAGGUCGUCAUUGGCAACCGUUUUUAUUUUUUGAUAUUAUUAAAUUUGUAUUAUUUUAAUCUCAUAAUCUUUUUUAAACAAUCGUUAUUGUGGUGAAAAAGCAAUAAUAUUCACAGUUUCGCUCAGAAUCGUUUUAGUUAGUAAUGAUUAAUCGUUGCGCACAGAUUUAGAUUAUCUAUAUCCUACCUUCUUAACUUUCCCCCUAUAACAGUGACCGAACCCGUUCCCAGUAGCAGCUCAUUUUUUUUGGUUUCUAGAUACCUACUAUAUUAUAUUUGUUAUCUUUGCGUAAAUAAUAUUAAAACGACGCAGUCGCAGUUUCUUUAACGAUUGUUAAUUUCGCAUUUUGUUGGAAAGUAUAACGAAAUAAUAGCUGCAAAUAUUGUGAAUAUUUGUUUUUUUUUUUUGUUUUAAACAAUUAUAUAUACUAUACGCUAAUAAUAUGAUAUGAAAUAUAUAAACGAAAUUAUAAACUGAACUAAACUGAGUAUAUUAUAUUUAAAAUUUUUAUUGUUUUUCUAUUGUUUAAAUCUGGAUCGGGAAAUGAGAAAAUAAUCAAUACCGAUUCAAAAAUCGCGUAUAGAAUAUUAUUUCCACAAUUAUUUUUUCCACACGUUCAUUAAGUACCUUGUUUUGUUGUUAUUUGUCGGAAUGGUUUUUAUAAUAUAACUGACUCAAGUAUAUUUUCAAAACGAUGUAGUUUAGGUACCUACGUAUAAUUUUUCACGGAUAAAAACUUUGCUGCAUCAUUAUUACGACGGUAAUAAUACCUAAUUAGUUUUGUAACAAUACAAAUUAUAUAUACCUAAUAAUUAAUAGGUAUAUAGCGUGAGUUUAUUUAACAAACGACCUACAUGGCUACAUCGUAAAUUAUUUAGUUAGGAGGACGUCGAACGUGCACUUGUCGUCUCUGUCUAUCGAACGGGCGAAAUAUGGCAAAACUGUGUUUUUGUACUACCAAUUGUACCUACUCAGGUCACGUUGGUUGUAUAAACUUAAUUUCGGUUCCAAAAUAAACAUUAAAAAUUGUACCGAUGCGUCUAUUGAACGGUUUUUUUUUCACACCGAUUUUUUUUGUAUUUUUACGAAUAUUUCGAAAAAAUCAUAUAAAAUUGACAAAUUAUGAUUUAAAAAAUAGACAUUCCCUAUAAAAAUGUAUAGUCGAAUUUCUCAUGUCUUUCUUGACACCGAAAUUAAGUCUAUAUACGACCAAUGAGAUCUGAGUACUAUUGGAACACAUUUUUGAUAUGUUGCUUGUUAUAGGUAAUCAGAGACUACAAAUUCACGUUCGACUUCUUCUGAUGUUGAAAGAAUUAUUAUUAUGGUUGUUAAGAAAUAAUAGUAUAUAGUAUCUCUAAUUAAUACUACUUUUACAUAAUAUUCCUAUUAUAUAGUACAAAUUAAAAAUAAUAUUUUUUAAGAAUGAAAAAUGCAUAAAACAAACCGUACGAGUAAUUUAUUUAAGUAUAUAAUUAUUAGAUACUUAUAUAAAUAAAUAAUUUACAAAAUGUAGUUAUUUAAUAAAAGUCGACGUAAUAAUAAAAUAAAUAUAGGGAGAAAUACUGCGCGUUGUUUAUUUUACUUUUGAAGUCUUUCAAGUUAGAAUAAUAAACAAACAAUAUUAUUAGUAAGAAAAAAAAAUCAACCAUCAAAAUUAUACGAUUAGACCAUUUUUCCAUAUUAAUAUACAGUAGUCAUUAAAAUUUUAUGUCCCACGUGAAAUAAAUAAUUUAAAACGAUGGGAAAACGGAAAAUCCAUUACCUUAUUACUUUAUGUACCGUGUGUAAGUAUAUUAUUCAAUUCUCGCAAUUCUUCGUUUUCCAAUAAUUAUAUGUUCGUGACGAGUUAAGGCAGUGUUUAUGAUAAUUAUUAUUAAAAGUAUUGGCACGUGAAUGUAUUAUAGAUUUAUUGAUAUUCUUCUAUAACGAAAAUUAUUAAAACAAUUACAAGUAAGUUGCGUCUAAAAAUUCAGAAUUUAACAUUAAUAACUAAUUUAAUUAUUUUCAAUGCUCAAUGUUCAUAGUAAUAUUGCAGUGUAUAACUAUGAAUAUGCAAAACUAUUUUGGUAUUCGAUAUUAUCAUUUAAGUUUUUUUUAAAUAAAUUGACAAUUUUAUAAAUAGACAAUUUAUGCUUAUACAAUAAGCAGUGUUGUGUAAAGACAAAUUAAAAACUUAUCUAUAAAUAAAAAUGUGAUAUGAUUAUUAAAACAAUUAUUAUUUAGAUCAAGAAUAAUAACAAUAAUAAUAAUAAUAAUCAAAAAUAUUUUUGGUUGAUGAAAAAAACAAAAUUGUUUCCUAUUACAGAAGUGCUUGAAGUAUAUUAGAUACGGUUCACGUUCGUAUUUCAAAAAGUUAUUGUGAUUGAUGUAACUUUAGAAUUAAUUAAUAAACCACAUCUAUGUAAUUUAAAUAUUUUCUUUUCUUUGUUGAUACAUUUUUUUCCACAAAUAUUAAUAAUGAUUUAAAAAUAUCUGUUUAGAUGAUUUAACUAUUUAUGUUAGAUAAUUUCUUUCCAAUUUAUUUGGAUAAUAAAGAAUAUCAAUAUAAAGUCAUCUGAAUAAUUUGACUAAAGAUUGACAAUUAUCAUAAUACAUAUGAUUGUAAGAUCUAAGUGAUAAUAAAUCUGUUUACACAUUGAAUAUAGAUUAGGGAAUUUUCCAGCAGUGAAAGUGUUAAAACCGCUCGGGGACAGAUAAAUACCUAUAGGUUUACUAAGGACUGGACCAGGUUGGGUUAGAUACCUAUCUAACAGUUGGUGAGUUUUUUUUUUUUUUUUUGUAAAUAUAUACAAUUAAACCGUUCUGCUGUAUUAUAUGGCCUUUUGUAUGCAUACAAUAAUUUUGCCUUAGGGUCAAUCCGAAACUCGGAGUGGUACACUAGGUAUAUAUACACUUUAAACCACUCACGAAAUUACAAAGACAUGUGUUUUGGCGCGCAGGGGUUUGUUGAUAAAACGCGAUUUUACCGUGAAGCGACGGUAAAUUAAAACGUAUUUAUUUUGGCCCGAUAUCCGACAAAUGCCGUCGGUUUGGUUGUCUUUAGGGAUUACGCCCUAUAGACGAUUUGAAUCGACAAAUUUACUACCUACUCGUUUCGGUUUGGGUUCAACCAAAAAAAAAACUUUCUGUUCGUCGAGGGUGAUCAAAUAGGAGGGCGGAUAAGGCAGUAUAAUUUACUAAUUUACAGUAGAUAUACUCCCUACUGUUCGGUGACUUUUCCCUUUAAUUAUUUAUAAUAAGUAAUGUUGUAUAUUAUAUUAACUAUAUUUAUUUAUAAAAACAAAAUAUAUUAAAUUUUAAUAAUUGUUAUAAUAUCAGUUUCAUCUCCUCCCGCACCCAUGACAAAAUCAUUUGAUCGUCACAGCUGUUCGCGUACCUAUAUAUUUAUAGCCACUUCUACGCAACAAUCGGUUUAAACAUUUACAAAUUAUUUAUGCCAAAAUAAUAUUAUUAAAAUGCACUUUAUUCAAAUAAGUUACCCAGCGUUUUUAGUAUUUCAUUUGCUUUGGAAUAUAACAAUUCGUGUUUUGUCACGAACUACUGCGAAAACACGUAGAUAUGGCUAUGACGUAACGUAAUAUUUUGUAUACAUUUUUUAAGUAUUUUUCCGGUUAAAUAUGUUAGUAAUUUGUCUAUAAUAAUACAGUAAAUUUAUGUGAAAUGUAAAUUUGUGUAGUUGGUGUUUUUAUAGCGAACACAUUGGGUUAUUAGUCCGCAGUAUUUCAUGUGUGAAUCGCAAUUAAGAACAAAGUACCUACUGUUAGAAAAAAAAUGUCAGACGGGUCAGACUUAUUUAUAGAGCGAUAAAACAUCGUAUUUUUAAAUAAGUACCACCUAUACUGUUUUCGAGUAUUUUUGUUAACUAACUUAUUAUUUUCUCUUGCCCCGCUUAUAAUUAUUUAUGUUUUAUAAUCAAAUACAUUCUACUUGGAACCAUUGUACAUUUGCAUACAUAAUAUUCAGUAUAUAUAUAUGUAUUCAAUUUGAUUACGUUUAAAAUUAAAAAAGAAAAGAGACUAAAGAGAAUACGCUAUACGAACGCGAUCACUAUUAUGGAAAUAAGAAAAAAAACAACCAAAUUUUAUUAGAAGGAGAAAUAAACAAAGCUAUCUAUUUAUUUUUAAUAUAUAGUCAGUAAUAAUUAUUUGAGUUCUAAUUUUGUUUCUGUAUAACAGAAGUAGGUACUUAAAAAUCGUAUUGCGUAGGUACUAUAUUGCUUCAGUUCAAAAACCGUUCUCAACUCGAAUACCGAAUGCGUAUUAAACGCGCCUUUCAGUAUUUUAAAAAAUAUUUGUUAUUACAUAAUUCGUUAUAUAUUAUAAGUUAUUUGUUUAUCGGAUAAAAUGCAGUAUGUGUCUAUAUAAUACUUCUUGUUAAAAUAUUAAUAUUAUAAUAUACAGUACAGGUUUCUUGGAGCAUUUUUAGUAAAUUUGAUUUCUGAUUUCAUUUUCAACCAUUAUGAAAAUAUUAGAUCUAUAUUUUUACUUAGAGUAGGGAUGGCUGUAAUCAAUUAGUCAUAUAAAAUGGAUAGCUAUGAAGUUUAUUACAAGUUCCUAAUUGUAAAUCAAAAGUAAUAUUUAUUUAACGUAGGUACAAAGAGUGGUGGUAAACAAUUUUAAACAAUGUUAAAAUAAAGAUUAAAUGUUUUCAUAUAACAAUUGAAAAAAAAAUAACAGAGAACAAAUUCACUUAAAAUCAGGUUUGGAACGAAUAAUACAGUAACAUAUAAAAUACGUAUUAAAUGUACGUAUAAAACGUAUAAUAUAAAACUACAUGGUUGUAUACGUAUUUUUUUUUUUUUUUAAAUGAUCAUCAGUUAUCGACUACAAUUUAUUUUUUCUAUUAAAUUUUAAUAAAUUUAUAAAAUUACCUUUACAUAGUUUAAUAAGUUUAUCUUUAUGAAUUAUUUACAUAGCAAUCGUUAUUGAUUAAUUAAAUUUAUCUUUAUUAUUAAUUAGGUACGUUAAUAUAUUUUUCUUCUUUUCCUUCAUCUUUAUCCAAAUUAAUUGAAAUUUGCCACUCUCGUUUACACUUAAUCCUAUGUUUCACAUACUCAUAUAAGCUAUCGUUCUUUUGUACAAAAAAACCUAGGUACUUAAAACUCUCAAAUUUGCUUAUGAUCACUUAUCGCCGUUAGCUGUCUUGUCCUGUUCCUUUAAAUUCAAAAUAUCUUUUACUUUUACUUAUCCUUAGUAUUCACUCUCUUUCAAGUGCAAUAUUCUAUUUCUCAACCCUAUUGUUAACUUAUUUCAGACUUACUCCUAUCAAAGCUAUAUCACUGUAAACAUCGUGCACCAUUGCACGUCCUCUCACCUGCUGACCUUGCGCACAUUUGAAAUGGGACAAUUCGCGGAUUGACUCAUUUACUCAUACUAUUUGAAAGAAUUUUACACUAGCUGUCGACUUGACAAAACCCCAUUUGUUGGCUUUUACGACAGAUAGAGGUACUGUUGGAGAAAUCUGAUCCCCUCUCAUAAGGAGGAUGGUAUUAUCAAUUAUAAAGUGAAUUCUUCCACCUUAUAGAAAUAAUAUCAUAUGUCUACUAAAAUCACUCACCUGGGCUUUCCACUAGGUUUUCCCAGAAUCUCGGGAGCCUGGACUAGUUAAAUCUGUAGCAUCAUAUGCUCCCUGAAGUUAAUUAAAUUAAUAUUUAAACAUUUUAAAUAAUAACAAAAAUGACACUUGUUUUAUUCGUAUAUUUAAACAUUUAAAUACAUUUACCAAAAUGGAUGUGAUUUGUUUUAAUUAAUUUAUGUUUUUGCUUUGACAUGUAGCUGAGACGAUAUUGUUUUUAAGAUGAACUAUUUAAUUUAUUUAGAUAUUCUCUAGCUGAUCUGAAAUAUAUAAAAAUAGUAAACACUUUUAUAUUAAUACAAUGUUAGGGAUAUACGACAUCAAAAAAAAAUUAUAAAUAAAGUUUCUUACAUCAAAACAUCUUAAUCUCAAAAAUAAAUUUCUUAAAUAUAAUAAUAAAAAUGGAUCAUAUUGUAUUCUUUAUUGAUAUAAAAGCGAUUGAAAAUGGUUGUUGACAAAGACCGAAAUAUCCGUGUCAAUAUAAACAUUACAGUAAGACAUGUUUUCGCUAAAUUUCCGAAAACCAUAAAUACAUAUUAUACAUUUUUAGUGAAAUAUAAUUUAAAAAUGUUUUUAACCGUUUUUAUAAUAUUUCUCGGUGCGUCUGAGUAUUUUUUUGACAGUUAAAAUUUAGGUACAUGAAACGUUGGUUGCUAUUCAAAGUGAGUUUAAUAAGGAAACAAUUACUGUUAAAAAAGUCAAAAAUUGUUCUUUUUUUUCAUGUCAGUUUAAUCCUCUUGAAAAUAAAGUGUAUAGUUUAUAAAGGGAAAUAAAUAAAACGUUUCAAAUAAAGCACUCAUUGCGUAGGUACCUACUACACUAUACCAACCUACCUCUUGAUCUUGAAUACGUGUUUUGAAAAGUUUCGAAGCAUUAUAAAUCUAUGGCUUUAAAAAAAAUUCUGUUCUUAAAGAUAAAAAAAAAGACGAGUUAUCGUUAAAAAAAAAAAAACUUUAAAUCUUCGAUAUAAAUCUAUUUAAAAACACUCGAAUAGGUAUACGAAAUUUAAAAUUGAAUGGGUAUAACGCUAGGGUGAAUAUAAGUCCUAUUUAAAACGGGUUGUCUCUUUUUAGAUCAUCAUGUUCCGUUGUGCCGACGGACUUUAAAUUGGGACGAAUUUUGUCCCAUAUUAAGAAAAUAGUCCCUUUUUAAUCUUCUUAUCUCCAUAUUAUGAUAUGUGUUUAAAUUAAAAACUGGAACAUGGAAUAUAAUAAAAAUACAAUAUGUUAUGACAUUCAAGAAAGCUUAACAUUAGUUUCGAAAAAUAAUAAAAAACAAAUCGACCGGAAGAUGAAGAUAAUUUUUUCAAUGAUAAUCAUAUAUAAUUAUAAUCAUGUAUGAUGUAGUCAAUGACAUAAUAAAUGAGAAAUUAUUGAUAAUUUAAAAGAAUGACAGAAAAAUUGUGUUCGUAUAUAUAUAUAUAAAAAAAAAAAUAUGGUGUGAUGUCUAAACAAUUUACCAAAAAAAAAAUAUAAAUAUUCUUGUAAUUAUUUUCAUGAAUUUUUUUACACAACCAAAAUAAUUAUUAAACGCAAUUAAUUCACAAAAAAAAAAAAAUAAAUUUAACACAAAAGAUUGUAUCAGAGAAAACGAUGAACAUUUGACAUCAACCCAAUAAAAAUAAGAAUAUUUUGAUAAUUUGUUUAUAUGCGCAAGAAAAUACAAAAUAGAAUACAGACAAAUGUUUUAUUAAAAUAUUAAAUUACUUAGAUGUGAUCUUAAACGUUACAGAAAUUAUAAAAAUUUUACAAAAAAAUGUGGAGGUUUUUUUUUUCAAACUAAACCUUGAAUUGUUUACUAGGCUUUUUUUUGAAAUAUGGUCAUCCUAGUUUAACCGUGAAAAUAUCGAUCUAAGUAUUUUGAAUUUGUUUUCAUUUAUUUAUUUUUCUCAAAGACUGUAAGAUGUUGAACCUGUAAUACAUACGAGCGCCUUGAUUCAUUGACUUUAGUUAAACCCAGAACCAAACUCAGAAGCACUACCUUAAAUAUCAUACGAUUAAUUUAAUCGGAAUUUAUAUUAAAAAUAAACUUAUUCGAAGUAUUUCUUCAUUAAUACUUAACUAAACUUGGUUUCUAUAUUAGUAAUGAUGCUAUUAUGCACUCAUAUAUAAUGGUUAUGAUCUGAGAAUACAAAAAUAAGACAGAAACCAUUGGAGCCCUUCACCUUGUGGCUCGAGCCUACAGCCCUACCCCCCCUUAUUCGAGCACGGAUCUAUUUCGUAUAAUUUAAUAAAAAUAUAAUACCCGAUUUAAAAACGGUUAAAAUGUUGACAAUAUAUCUGUCACCUUAAUACUUUUUAUUCGUCUUUCGGGCGCCUUUAAAUUGAAUUUAAAAUUUACGAAUAUCGAUUUAAAAUGUUUUGCAUAAUGUAAGUAACUACAUACAUCCUACUUUUAUAGAGUUAAUAAACAAUUGCAAUAUAUUAUAAUAAUAUAUUCUAACAUUGUGGGCAAGGGUGCGUGGUAAAAUAAUAUUAUGGGUGGACAAAAUUGUUGUAUAAUUACAAUCACUAUUAUUUUAACGAUAUUAAUUCGAUUAACGAUAAUCAUAAUUUAAUAUCGUCACAAAAUAAAACGGUACUUGCCUGUAUAAUUUUAGUAUAACGCACGUGAACCACGGUUUUAUACAUAGAUUAUAGAUAGGUCCGUACAGCAGAGAACCUGACUCCCGUACUACCCUUUCGAUAUCGAUUAACGUAACACAAUAACGUUUAUCGAUUCUAAACACCUAUUAGAAUAGUUAUAUUAAAUUGCAUCGCAUCAUCAAUUUAUAGGGAAACUGAGUAAAAAUACCGCCAUUAUCUAUGGAAUUAUAAUGUUUGUAUAUUGUUAAAAACCAGUUAGAACACGUUCGAUACGCUUAAUAAUAAUUCGAAAAAGUGAAAGUUAAAAUAAAAAUAAAUAUUUAAUACUUUUAAUAAUAUUAAGUUAAUUAAUUCUGUUUUAAUAAAAUAUUGACAAUUGAAUAGCACUAUAAAUGUUUUUUUUAAUUUGUUAAAGUUUUUUUUACUUAGAAAGUUGAUUAAAAAAAAAAAAAAAAAAAAAUAUUAGCAUUUAUCACAUUUUGUCAAUACAAAAUGCAGUGGUAUGAAAAUAAUAAUUGUGCCAGUUUAUUUUUCCUCGACUUAAAACUCGUUAUAACCCAAGUUAAAUUGUUUGACACUCAUACCUUCUUCAACUAUCCAAUGUUAUUUUUGAUACCACGUAAUGGUUUUUAAGAUUCUGGGCGUAGCAAGAGAUCUAUUAGUUUUACUAUUAUGUCUGUUUUAUUUUCUGCCUUUAAACAAAUUUUCUAUCAGAAAUAUUGCUUCACUAAGAAAAGAAGUGGUUUUCAUAAUAAUUGGAAAAACCAAAAAAUUAAAAUUGAUUAAUAUUUAUGGCAAAUUGACGUCCCGGUAUAAUUAUUUUUAUUUUUGAGAACGUUGUUUUUACCAGAAAUAUUAAACAAUUGAAAAAUUAAAAGUUAUUGAUUUUUAUUUUUCAUUUAAUAUUUAGUCAUAAACAGAUAAAGUUAUAUUUUGAUAUUUAAAGUAGUUUUAACAAUAAUUGGGAAAAACCAAAAACGACAUUUAUUUUAAUUAUGGCACAACUAUUUCAUUAUUUAAAAUGCUUAAUAUUACAUUUUCCUACUAGAAAUUUUAUUCAAAUUUCAAAAAUAACAUAUUUUCUGAGAGAAAAUGUUUAAAGUCAUUGUUUGAUUUUCCGUACAGUACAGUACGAAAAAAGUAUGAAAUACGGCAAAUUGUACGGCAUUUGAGUUUUUUGUUGAUAAGUUCCAGGUUAGGUUGUUAGUUUUUAUAAAAUACUUAUAUCGAUCAUUUUUAGACAUGAUAACAUUUUCAAAGUAUUUUAACUAUUUUUAGGCUAUUUAUAGGUAUUUAAUACUUUCACGUUUUUAUAGGUAUUUUUAUUUGGUAGGUAUCUGUUCUUAAAAUUAUGUAACUGAUGACUUACGAGAAAUGAUUGAAAAUAAAACACAAGGUACGUUAUAAGUUAUACUUAGUGACUCAUAAAACAAAUUUGAAUUUGACGAAUUAGUUUUUUUUUUAUAAGCGUUUAAAGAUUAAAUUUUGAUGAAAAUCUUAAAAAUUACUGCAUUCGAAAUUUGUCUUACCGAACUUCACUUCAAAUCGUUUUUCGUUAGCAAUGGUUUAUCAUUUCAAUUAACCAUAAAUUAAAUAACUUUUUUGUAUCCUAUCUUUCUAACAUCCCAUCUACAACAGUAACUGCACCACACGUCUUCAAUGUCAGCUUUUUUUUUUUCUUUUAAAUCAAGGUAAGUAUUGAGUAACCAUGGAAAUAAAAUAAAGUCAACAGGACGAUGAACGAACAUGCACAAACGAGAAUUCAAUGUACGUAUUACUCCAUUUAUGUACGAAACCUUACGAGGAGUUGCUUGAGUUGGACACAAAUUAGAAGGAAAAUGUAAAAGUGUAAAAUAAAAUAUGUGCGUACCUGCAAGUUUACCUAAAUGUCUUAUCGAUUCAUGAGUGGCUCUUCGGCUACCACAGUUCCCUGCAGUUAUUACCAUAAUAUAUUUCACAAUUAUAGGUAACAAUAAAUAAACAUUUCUUAUUUAUAUUGUAGAAGGUUUAAUUUAUUAUAAUUAAAGGUUUUCAUUAUUAUUAUGGCAAUCAGAUACAAUACUAAUACAAUCAUGUUCUUGAAUAUAUUUUUUCAAACAUUUAUCUUAGUUUUAACAACAAAAUUUAAAAUUCCUUUUUUUUGUUGGUUUAUACUUAUUGAAAUUCAAAAAUAACUUCGUAUUAAAAAUCCAUUUCCGAGUAGUACCUAUCUACUAUAUCGAAUUUGUUUAUUUAAAAAAUGUAAUGUAUAUGCUGUUUUUUUAAGAGUCAUUGCAAUAUACCUUCGGGUUGAAAUAAAAAAAAAGCGAAAAUAUUAUUAUCGUUCGUUCACUGGUUUUAUAUUAUUAUUAUUUUGAUGAAUUACUAUUAAUCGAUUUUGGUUCGAAAAAAAUUAUUUAAAAUUUGCUUUUGUAUUUAAAAUAUUUUGCUAUAUUUUUGAUAAAAAAAAAAAAAAAAAAAAAAAAAAAAAAAUACUAAAAAUAUACAUUUACGUAUUCGAACAGUAACUAUUUUGUUUGUUAAUUAUCAGAUAAAAUUUCCCCCUCCAUUAAUAGAAAAAUUUAAUUACGAAAACGAUCGGCUUAGUUGAAUCUGUUUCGAUUCUAAGCACAACAAGAAAUAUUGAUUGGCUUUAAGAUAAUGUGUUUGUUUUUUUUAUUUUCCUUUGUCUGUGAACAACUUUUGUGCCUAUCUGAAAUGAACCAACCAUCAACUAUAUAGCAUCUUCCCUAAAGGUAAAUGUUGUCUAGGUAGUUUUUUGAUUAUUUUUGAGAUUUACCUAUUAAGCCAAGAAAAAACGUCGAAAAACCAGGAAUUUUUUGCAAUUUCUAUUAGUUUGUAUUUUAUUUUUUCGUGUAGUUAAGAUAAUCGUAAAGAUCGGUUAUUUGUGUAGAAGUCUCCCAAGUCCUCCGAGAUGUAGUAUAAUUUUCAAAACAAUCUGGCGAUUUUUCAGUUAUAAAUAGACAUUUUAAACUUUCUAGUUGUUUUUAGUUUUUAUUUGGUUAAUGUGGAUAUUAUUUAUCAGCUCAGAAAAAAAUCAUUGAACAUUCAACAGGAGGUUUAUCAAACUAAUUCAAACUCUGUGGUAAAUUGAGUUCAAUGUAGUGGUUAUUUUAUGGAGGUUUUAGGUUAAAAUUUUGGUAAAAAAUAAAAAAAAUAAUGGCAUUACAAAGACGUUUAACUAAUUUUCUUUAUUUGUUUGUUAACAAUGAAUUAUGGUUGCGUAUAGAUAAGGAUUAAAUAAUUGUACAUUAAAUUCUUGAUUUUUUUAUCGUUUAAUCUUCGAAAGUUAAUAUAACUUUGAGUAGACAAAAUGAGAGAAAAUAGACUGAGAUAAGAUGGUUUGGGCAUGUUAUGGGGAUAGAAGAUUCUGAAGUAGUAAGAAUUGUAAUGAAGAUAAAUGUAGUAGCAAAGAGGUAAAGUGGAAUACUAAAAAAGGGGUGGUUGGAUGUGAUUGAGAAUUAUAUAAGGACAGCCGGUAAAUGCGAGGUGAAAGAUUCGGUCAAGUGGAAGUUUAGGACGAGGGUGGUCGACCUCUAGUAGCUGGGAUGAAGUCGCAGGAGAAGAAGAAGAAGAAGAAGAAGAAGAAGAAGAAGAAGAAAAAUAAUAUAAUUUUGAAUACCUAUGUCAAAUGCGUAUAUAUAAAUAGUAACACAAAAUAUUUGAGCCAGAAGGGCUUUGAUUGAAAUGGGUUUUUUUAAUUAGUAAAAUACUAAUUUUGAGCCCAUUUCAAAUGUUAACCCUUGCGUGCAUGUGGAAUAAAACUUUUAUUUUCUUAGACGGAAAUAUUUUUCGGAAUAGUCCUCGAUUUUUUUCAAUCACCUUUGAUUUGUAUAAUUUUAUUUUAUCUUAAAAUAUAAUUUUCUCGAAAUUUAAAACCACUGAUUUUAAAAAUGAAGAAAUUUGAUUCUUGUUUUGUGACAGUAAACAAAUCAUAAAGAUAAUAACUAAUAAAAUUAAAAUUUUUUUUUUUUAAAUCGAGAAAUCUAAUCUAUGUAUAGUAUUUUAAUAGAAAACCAAGCCACUGCAGUAUAUAAUACUGUACGUCAUUAUUUUUAGUGUACACUCGUAUUAUGUUUAUCUCUGAAUUUUUGUCUGAGAAAUCGACAUAUGCGUGUCAUAAAAACAGUGCGCCAAUAAAACGUCUACAACGUACCGCAUGGUUGGUUAAUCAUCUACACAGUUUUAAGACGUGUAUAUAUUCAGAGUAUAUAUAUAUAUAUAUACAGAGUGUUUCUAAAAUGAACGACGAAAUUAUAUUAAAUGCGUAUACAACGUAAAUGGGGUGUCCACGUGAUGAUUACUCAAAAACUUGAGUUUAAUCGAUUUAUUUUUAGCAUAACUAUUAUCUUGAAUGUAAAAAAAAAUACUUACUCGAAUGACAUUUUCGAAAAAUUCUCAUUGACAUAGUAUUAUAUUAAGUAUUUUAUACAAAAAACCAAUAGAUCCCUCGCUACGCUCUGGAGCGAAAUCGAAAAUAAAUCAAUGAAACGAAGGUUAUGGAGAAGAGAAAAAAAAAUUCCGAAAAUAGCAUCGUUAUUCCGUCGAGUAAAUGUUAUUACAGUUUACUCGUACAUUAUCUCAGAAACACUCCGUAUGAAAAUAAGACAAAUAUCGCGGCAAGCACGUGAAUCUGCCCGGGCCUCCGUUGCCGGUCAUUAAACGUGUAUAGCGUAUUGCCGCAGUCACUAUUUGCUGGAACAACAAUUUUUGCUUAGUUUAAUGUACCUAUAUCCCUCCGGCAUACCCUGCACCUAUCGCAAUAAUUCCAUAUAUACGACUUGUAAAUAAAGACAAUAACAAUAAAAAUACCGGGAAAGCAUCAUCGUCUCGAUCGCCUGGAUCAAAACCAAUUAGACAAAUCCUAUGGACCCGUGAUAUAUUUUGUAAUAAUACGCAAUAAUGUGGUUUAAUGUGGUUUAAUAUUAAUAUGGGUACCUAUACAGAAAUUCGAUACGAUUUUACAUUUUUGUUUUUAUUUGUUCGUAAUAUAACCGCGGUGAGUAUACUGUAUGCGUGUACCCAUUGUGUACCUCCAAUAGAAUAAAAGCAUUAAGGGGUCUGUAUUUUUAAUACAUACGUUGUGAAAACGUUAGAAAUUGAAAUUUCCAUAACAGAUUCCUAUAAAAUAUAGAGGGACCUAACUGUUCUUAUAUAUUUUAUGCGCCACAGAAAAUAUAAAAAUGUAUAAUGAUGGAAUUUGUUUUCGUUAAUUUGCCAAUAAAAUUUGCCACGUAUUUAAUUGUAUCGCAUCAGGUUUAUAUUUUUACCUAACCUUACUUUGAUAGCAGUUUUUUUGCCAAAAGUGGGUGUGGAGGACUCCGCAUCCCCUCAUAAUUAAUUCUGAACUAUUUUUUAACUUAACAUUCAAUGUAAACUAUAGUCUAUAAAUAAAACAUUAUCGCAAUCGUGGGUUGAAGUAUGGCUUUUGGGUCUGAGAUAAAAAUGUCAAAAUAUCGUUAAUCGUCUCAUAGAUUUAUUGUUUGUAUACCGUCUUAGAAAAACCUCCAUUGAUCAGAUUUUCGAUUUUCAUAUUUUCAACUGUGUUCAUGGACAUUGUGGAUUUUUUUUUAUAUAUUUUGUAAAAAACUUAUAAAUUUGGUGGUCUUAAAGAGGGCUCUUUUAAUAGGGUUGUUUCUGAAAAGAACAGUUUUCAAUACGACAUAUUUGUUUUAUCGGUUUGUAAUUAAUAUUAAAUUUUUAAUUAUAUGGGUACCUACACAUUUUAUAUCAUUCUCACAAUGCAAUCAUUAAAAUCGGUUUACCAAAUAACAUAACAUAUUUGGAAUUACCUACGUAGGUAAUGUUUUAUACUUAUUGUAUACUCCUCACAUUUGCACUCAUACAUAUAUACUGAUACAAGUAUAAUGUUAAACAAAUAUUAUUAAAGAAGAUAUACAAUGCGAAAUAUAUAAUUAUUUUACCAUAACAUGACAUAUAUAUUGUUGAUAAAGCAACACUAUCAACCGAACUCCACUCGGAAUUAUUUUUUCGUUAGAAAUGGUUUAUUGUUGCUUACAGAUUUUCAUCAGAUUUAUCUUCUACGUUCCCAAAUUUUCACCGACAACAGGGGCCCACCCACGUACGAAUUACGUUUGUCUUUUUUUUUAUAUUAACAUUCGAUAAACACUCGUAUUCUUUGUAAAACAAUAAAUAAGCGAAAACUAUAAUAAUAAUGCUAUACUAUAGGUAUUGUGUUAUAAUAAAUUAUACUUCUUCCAGAAAAUAAAAAUGAUAAAACUUGAUCAUAAAUAUGGUGGGAGUAGGGGUUGAAAGUUUAAAUCCCCAAAAGGCACAUUUUUGAUAUUAACAUCAUGCAUUUACACCAUUUCAUCCCCCUGGUUUCAUUUAGUUUGUCUGCAGAGGUGCUAAAAACUCAACAGAUACCCUCCUCCCACAAUAAUUUGCCUAUACAACAAAUCUAAUUACCCCUAAAAGUGUCCAAAAUUAGUUUGAAUAAGAUAUAUAGGGUUCCCUACAGUAAACUUAACUUUAAAAUAAAAAUGUAAUUUUUCUCUACAAGUGUCUUCCUCGCACAAAACCAGGUUGAAAAAAAAAUGAAUAUUGACAUAGUUAUUAUCAUUACGUUAAUACUGAGUACACCAUUUACAAAAGAUAUUAUGCAGUGUAUAGAUUUUAUUUUCAGGGACAAUAUAAUGCAAAAUUGUUGAAAACAAAUAAUUAUUACGAAUAAAUUAGAUUGUUUAUGUAAUAAUUGAAUUUUAGCCAAUACACUAACAAUAAACGAGUAUUUGUUAAUUUAUAGUCUUCUAUCCAUUUAUAGUUAUUGCGCGUGAACGACGGUUAAUGUUAUUAGUGUUUCUGAGAAUUGUCCUUAUUGCUGUUUUACGGAUUAGAAAAUACGAUUUCUUUUUAGGGCGUAAAAUUUGAUAUUAUUACUUUUACAAAAAUCGAAAUAUAGGUAACUGUUGAAUUUAAUAAAUCGAAAAAAAACGGUUUAUAGUAUAACAUUUUUUAAAACUUUAUUAUAACAUAAAUAUUUUUUUCGAAGUCGUAUCGAUCUUGACAUUUAUUAGUUUUUCACAAAUGAUUAUAAUGUAUAGGUAUUUAUUAAUUAUUAAUGUUAUUAUAGUUAUCAAACCAAAUAAUUCAUUAUGCAUGUAAAAAUGUUUUUGUGUUUCACGCGUUUUUUGUUUCGUUUAUAUUAUUCGUGGCGAACGCAUAAAAUAUAUUAUUUAUGUACAAAUGAACCCUUACCCUUUUCCUACGAGGAUUACAUAGCUUAUAACCUAUGCAUUAUGAUAAACGAGCACGUUAGAAAAACGAUUUUGAGCCAAGUCUGGUAUAUUAUUACUAUAUGAUAUAGUAGUUUAUAAGUUGUUUUUUUCAAUAUUUCAAAAUUCAUAUAUACAAAUACAUUUCGACUAUAAAAUAUAGCUGAAAAAUAAUAUUUUAUUUAGAUUCAAGUCAAACUAUCGAUCUAGUUUUAAACAAUCUAUUACCCAAAGAGUACCUAUUGUCGAAUCCAAUACUCUCAUGUAUUUCUUUUAUAUUAUCGAUAAAUUCAAUACAAUCAAUGUACUACAAUAUAGUUUUUUAGCAUAGAUAUAUUUCAAUAUAAAUACUCUAAGUCAUUUGUUUAUCUAGCCAUUGGUUGAACGUGUACUAAUGUGUACUAAAGUGUAUAUUAUAUUCCGUCUCGUUUCCAAUGUUAAUCGAAAGUAUUCAUUCGAAGACGUACAUGUUUCUAUGUAUUGUCAAAUUAAUCGAUUCCUUAAUCGAUAAUGGUUUACGGAGAACAUUUUCAGAUAAUGGUAUACGAUAUAAAAUGGCAUCAGUCAAGAACACUCGAAAAUAUAUUUUUGUUCAUAAAAAAUGGAAAAUAGUUUGAGGCGUUUCAAUUUUCAAGUGAUUUCAAAUCAGAAUUUCUUAAUUUUUUUUAAAAUAAUAUUAUGCCCCCAGCAGAUUUAAUAUAACGGCUGCAACGAUUUAAAUUGUUGUAAUUUUUUAUUUAUAAUAUAUAAUAUAUAAAUACGAAUAUAUUAUGCGGCUUAGCUUUUAUAAUACUAAAGUUUGAAGUAUAAAAACGUAUAAUAAUAUAAUAUAAAAAUGGGAUUAAAAAUGCAUUAAAACUCGGAUAUUUAGAUGUUUUACAUAAUAUUCCCAUUCAUAUACGCCUUUUGUAUAUGAUUAAUACGUGGGGACGGUUGCUAUAAAUGACAGUCUUUGACACGGUUAAACGCACUCUUUUCCUAACCUAAAUUGCAAAAUCGUUCUUAUUAUUGUGUUUUAUGGUCCAAAGUAACUUUUGACGCAUAGUCAUGUAGUUUUCUAUGAUUAUCUUUCUAAUAAUACUUGUGACUUUUGUGUUAUCGCAUUAAACUAGUGGUUCCAUAAUAAUUUACUUAAGAUAGUCUAGGCGCUCAUAAAUUGUACGUAACAUAGUGUUAUACAUAUAUAUACAUAUAGUUAUUUUUUUUAAUUUGUAUUAAUUUAACAAAAUUUACCUACCUAGUACUGUAAUUAUUAAAAUAUAUAAGUGUCUAUGAUAAGAACUAUCGGAAUAUCUCUCUAUGUUAUGGAAAAAUAUCAAUAAAAGCGAAGAAAUUAUAAUAAUAAUAGUAGAUUGAUUACGAGACUUCAUGAUAGAAUGCUUGGAUUAGUUAUGCAAGAAGGGCGUCUAAAUGUAUGCGUAUGGUAGGCAAAAAUUACAUAGUGAAAGAUUGCUACCGGAAAACAUACUUCAAAUAGCUAAAAGCCUAAAUGUAAUUGCAAUGCAAAAAUAUAAAAGGAUCAUAUUAUCUGAGAAGAGUGAAAAAUGUUGCGAUCCAAUUUGCAGGGAAGGAUAGGUGUAAUAACACAAAAUAGUUAAACAAUCAAAUAAACAGAUUCAUUUAAAAGAAUUAUUAUCCUAUACUCGUAUUUUCGGAGUAGUUAUAGCAAAAGAUUAAUAAUUAUUAUAAACUUUGAGUAGAUUACAAUCUCAUUAGCACUGUACGAUUACGGGGCCUAAUGGCUUAUAUUCUUAUCUUUAAGCUUCCCAAAAGUAUUGGUUGGAAAUUAGCAUUGUAAUUUAAAUUCGAAAAAACGAUUUGUUAAGUAAGUACCAUUGGAUUGAUGUAAAAGCUAAGCUAUAUAGUUGUAUGGAUUUCAUUAAAUUACUAUCUUAAAAUUAAAAAAUGGAAAUCUCCAGUUUUGUUCAAUGUUAAUUAUUUGCAGGUUACAUCAAAUUUUAACUUCAACGAAGUAACGGGUAUUAAAAGAUUUAACCAGAACAUUUUUAAAUAAAAAUCAGUGAAAUAAAAAUAAAGAUUUCUUGUUAUACCAAUAUAUAUGUGGUGUUCUAUAAAACGAGUAUUACAGGUAUUGAAGUAUACGAAAUUGAAAACUUUUUGACCCGAAAAUCAAAUACGUUUUGGUGGGCGAAAAAUUGGAUUUUUUUCUACCGUCAACUAUGUGUAUAAACCGAUGUCUCCAAAAUUUUCAAAAGUAUAGGUACCUACGUACUUGUCAUAUUAUAUUAUUCAACUUGUCCACAUAUAUUUUAUCGUCGGAAAUAUUUUUAUUGUUAAAAAAGAUACAGACAUAUGAAUUUACAUGAUGUGUGGGCCACUGUUAUAUAUGAAAAGUUGGGAAAGUAGAGAGGAAAUUUAAUUUAUAUCUGUAUUCAAUGAUUGCGUAAUGAAGAACGAUUCUGAGCGGAGUUUGGUUAUACACGUGUUCAACAAUAUAUAUGUCCUAUUACCAUAUAACUAUACACCACUAAAUUGUAUUUUAGAAAUACUUAUGCAUAUUUUUUUUUCUCUUAAAAUUAUAUGUUUAUUAAUAAUUCGAAUUGCAGUAUGAGAUUAAAACGCCAUAUUUUCGUACAGCCGUUAACGAACACACUCUAUGUAAAAUACGAGUAUAUUCCAUGUAUGCAUCUUGGAUACUGGAUUUUAUUAUUCCUAUAAAGCAGGAAAUCUUACUGGAAAUAAUGGUAAUCAUCGGGAAAGUCAUAGUAUUGAAGAAUCUGGUAUACAUAAUAUUAAUCAGUGAUUUACCCUCUGAAAUAAAGCACGGAUACCGGAUAUACCGUUUGCGAGUAAAAACAGUUUGGAAUUUGACCAGCAGAAUAGAGAAGGGUUAUAAUAAUCUUUAGAUGAUGACUCUCAUUGUCUACUUUUCCGGUUUAAAUUUUAAACCAUUAUUAUUCAUAUACGUCAAAUCCAAUAUUAUAGUAUUGUUAUGCAUAUUGCAAUGUUUAUAAAAAUAGUUAUUUUUUUCCCAAUGUCUUGUUUGAAAAGUGCGGGAUGUUCUUUAUAAGUCAAAAAUCAAUAUAUGUUUAUGGUGUGUAGAAUAAAAAUUUUACAAUUUUGAAAGUAUUGUUAAUUAUAUGAUAAACCAUCUUUAAAAUGACUGAUAAAAAACCAAAAUCAAUUUUACUCAAUAUAUGUACAGAUAAUCCUUGGAUUAUGACAAAAAAAAAGAAACAAAUUAAAUUAAUCUGUAUAUAAUUCGCUAUAAUAUAGAUUAGCGUUAAUAGCAAUAAAUUGUAAAUAUUCUGACAAAUGUUUGACAACUUGUAUUAUUUAUUAAAUUUCAUAAAGUAUAUAAGCAAUAAAGUAUAUAGAAUAUAGAUUGGUUAGUUUAAAAAACUUGAAUUUUGUUCGUUAAAAUGUAAUUGGAAGAUUAUUAAUAAAAAAAAAUACAUGAAAAUAAUUUUUGUAUUUAAGGAAAAUACGUAAAAUAAUUUUAAAUUGAAUAAUACAUUUUUUAGUAAUAUUAAUAAUAAUAAUAAUUAGUUAUUUAUUUGUAUGUACCGCAAAAUAUUAUAUAACUUUUAAUACAUUAGUAUACAUACAUACUAUGUUAAACUUAUUGAGGUUUUGAAAUGGAAAAAAAAAAAAGUAAAAUAUUGUAUUGUACUGUUUUUCUUUUUUUGAUAAAAUUCAAAACAGCCUUUUUGUAAAAUUAAUUUUCGGCAAAGAAUUCGAAAAUAAAACUUUACUUUUUUAUAUAUUUAUAUAUACAGGUAUAUUAUUGUUUGAAGUUUGAGAAAAUAUUACAUUUUUCUUGAUCACCUACCAUAAUAUUAUUGUUGGAUAAAAACCAAUCUUAUAUAUACCAAAGCUAUUUUAUAUGAACGUGAGAGAAAACCCCGCAUGUUCAAAAACCCUGUAAAACAACUUGUAUAAGGAAAAUAACUAGAUGCCAAAAAAAACUUUUUUCGCUAUAUUUUUAAAAAUCAAUUUUACUAAUUGGCUCUCCAAAUUUUGCAAAAAAAAAAAAACCUCGAAGAGUUAAAUUAAAUUUAAAAUUUGUUCAUUUUAGACCGUAAAAAUAAAAGUUUUUAAAAUAUUACAAUUCAAUAUUCUACCACGGAGGUAAAUCAGUUAUUUGAAUACAAAACUAAAAAAAUAAUAAUAAUUAAUUAUAAAAUAUCACCAAAACAAAGUUGUUCGAUUUGUUUACACUGCCGUUACAAAAUUUAAACAUGGUUUUAGAUACUCUUCAAAUUAUUGAUAUUAAAUAAUAUUCAAUUCAAAGCGGAUCACAAUAAAUUCGUAUUUAUUAGGCAAUUAUGAAUCAAUUUAUUUAGCUAUUAUAAAUUGUAAAAAAAAAAAAACGUUUAGGAAGUUAGGUUUUUAUGCAAACGUGAAAAUAGGUAAAAAUAAAAUGUAUACAUUCGAAGAAAUAUUUUUGUGGAGUGUAACUACUGUUGAACGCCUUUAAAUUACUGAAUUUGUAUAGAGCUAUAUUUCCAUUCUGGUAAAAGAAAUUAAAUACGGGGCGCCUUACAAGAUUUUAAAUAAGUGUAAAAUUAUUUAGGACAGAUCAGUUAAUUUUUUCACCGUACUGCUUAAACUGCAAGGAUGUAUUAGUAUAUUAAAUUUUAGGUAGACGUUAUACUAACAAAUAGUAUAUCACAAAAAAGAAAGCUAAGUUAAUGAGAACGAGUGCAACCACUGGUGUAGAUGGGAAGUUGAGAAGGUAGGAUAUAGAAGGGAAUUCUGAGCGAAGUUCAGUUAAUAGUAAUGCUUUGUCGACAAUGUAUAUGUUAUAUUAAAGUAAAAUAAUUAAACAGGCUCAAUAUAUUUUUUUUAAUAAUAUUUGUUUAAUGUUGUAUCGAUUUUCUCAGUUUUUCUACGUUUUCUCCGGUUUUCCCAUGUUUUAUCCUGGUUUCUCACGUUAGCUGGGAAAACUCCUGAGAAAACCAAAAAAUGACCUCUUUAAACUACCUCACUAAUGGUACUUCCUUUAAGAAACAUUGAUAUUAUUAAAAGUUGGAGUGAAAUUGUUGGUAGAAAAGUUGUUUACCGAAAAAAAGAAGGCUGUAAUAUAUUUUUACUAAUACCUACAUUUCUUAUAUUUUCCCGUUUUUUUUUCGGUUUUUCACAUUUGAUGAAAAAAUUUUUGAGAAAAUCGUAAAAUGACGUCUUUAAAGUACCUUCCUACGCCAAUUUUCUAUUCAGAAAACGUGCUACACUUAGAAAUCCGAGUAAUUUUUCUGGUAGAAAAAGUGUUUACAGAUAAAAAUAAAAAAUAAAAAAAUAAACAUCAUUGUAAAACCAUAAGCUUCUUCGCUCCACUCAGAAUCUAAAAAUCUCAUUAUCUUAUUUUUAUCAAUCUUAUUUCUGAUUGUAAGAUUAGUAAUCUAAUCACUACUUAUGUCACCGUUUCCCAACCAUACUAUCUACAGCCGCGGUUAAUACCGUUAAUAGGUAAUCAUUAAUUAUCAUUGAUUAAACGAUGAACAGGUACGCAUUCGAAUUACUAAUAAUACGCUACCUAUUUUAUUUAUUUACCUAAGAAAUUUACAAUGAUUUUAUUUCGAGCCAUUCAUUAACUUAGCAUCUGAGCUAGUUUUAUGAUACAGGAAAAAUAGAGUCCCCAAAAGACACCUCGCACUACUCCCUUUCAUCAAAUUUUAACUCUGAAUUUAAUUAUAUAUUUCAAUUAGGAUUUAACCUUUAUCCUUUACGGUUUUAUGGCCAUUUUACUUUCGUAUAACUGUAUAAGAAACCAUUUUCUACAACAACGUUUUAUGCGUUGACAUAUGUGGAUAUAAUAGAUAGACGAUAUGAGUGUUUAUAUAACGUUUAAAUCACGGACGGCUUUUAUAAAGCUGGAAUAUUGUAUAAUAUAAUAACCGAAUACCUACCUUCUCGUGAAAAAUUCCUUUAGAAAAUUCAACAUAAUUUUUACUAUAAAACCGUUUCUCCCUCUCUCUCUAUAUAUAUAUAUAGGGUAUAAUAUUGUGUAUGUCCUUUAUUUACGGCUUGCGAUGUCAAUAUUUUAUUAUAUAUUAUGAUGUAUAGGAUAGAUACCAUAUAGGUAAUAAUAAUAACAUGAUACACACCGUUUUACAUUACAUAGAAUUCGAUCAAGGCCACUGCGGUGUUAAAGAGAGCUCUCAAAAAAAUCAUAUCUACAUAAGCAUUUGGUGUAGGUGGUAGAAAUAUUAAGAUCAAAAAUGCAGUGUAAACCGUCGCGUGAAAAAUAUUUUUCAAAAAUACCUAUUUAAAAUACCUAUAAUAAUUCAACUCGAGUUUCGAAUCGUUUUUUAAAAAUACUGUUAAACGACAAUACAAACCUAUUACCCUUAUAACAUAUAAAUAUAUAACCUUUAACAUAAAUAUCAAAACAGUAUAUAUAUAUAUAUAUAUUAUACAUAUAACAUAUAUAUAAUAUAGAUACAUUUAUAUAGGAUUCGUCAUACUACAAUAUUAAUAUUUGAUUUCGGACAGAAUUGAAUGAGAUAUUUUCCUUCCGCAAAUAUUGUGAGUCGUAGUCCUGAUCGGACGUAACAGUGAUUCUUGUACUUGAAAAUAAUAAAAACCUUUAUCUAUAAAUAACAAAUACAGACUUCGGUUUUUAUUUUUAUUUUUAAAAAAUGUAUAAACAUUUCGGUCAGGUAUGUUAAUAUAAUAUUGCGGCAAUGUCGUAUGGAUAAUUCUUGACUUUUGGUACCCACCUAUAAUAAGGCUAUAACGAAAUACUAUAUAAAAUAUGAAAUGACAGUAUAUUUGUCCAUUUACAUAAGUUAUACACCUAACAGUUCGUGUCUGUUUAAUAAACCCAAGUUUACAAUCCUUACAUAUCUAUAAAUAUAUGGUAAACGAAUCGUUUAGGUAGGUACCUGUCUUGCUGUAUAGUAGUUUUAUCUUUUCAAAAGUUGCUGCGUCCGUCGGGACGCAGUGUAAGAAAAACGAAACGUCAAAAAUCCGAUAUAAAAUAUGUAAAUAAAGAGGAAUAAUUUAAUAUAGAAACACGUCGUCGUCCGCACGCGAAAAAACAAUAUCACGAAAGUUUGAUCGUUAAAUGUGUGUCAUAAACGCAAGCGUCAACACUGGAGGAUUUAAUAUUUGAACGCGACCGUGAUUAGAUAUAUCUACAACUAUAAGAUACAGUAUAAAAUUACAAAUUAUGUGGUCUAUAUAGGGACUCGGUAUAUACAAUUCCGUCAAUAGUAUAAUCGAUUUCUAAACACAGUUACAAAUCUUUAAUUCCAGGAAAGAACUAGAACUUAUAAUAAAUUGUUGAGGUUUUUUUUUUUAAAUUUUGCCCAACAUAAUUUUUUCCUUUAUUUGUUGGUCUAAAAUCUAAACGGUUUAAAGUGUAUAUUCUCAUAUUCUAAUAUACGUUAUAACUAUUAAAAAUACAAAUAUGUUAAGUCACUAUGAUGUACUUUUCGUUGGCAAAAAAGGCAUGAUAUAUAUAUUAUUUUACAAUAAUUAGCCAUUUAGCAAUUCUAAACGUUUAAUUCACUUGUAUUGAAAACUAUAAAAAUAUCAACUUGUUUUUUUUUUCUUGGGACCAAAAAUAAAACAUUAGCAAGCUAGCCAAUUGUGUUUUUUUUUAAAUAAUGCAAUGCCGGUAGCUAUACACAAUUUGAGCAAUGAACAUUGCUAAUUAUUCACUAAUCUUUUGAAUGCUAAGAAAUGGCACAAUUUUUGUCAGUUGUGAUUUUCUUAUAAUACUUAAUUUGUGAUGCGCAUGUAUUAACUCAUAAGUCCAAAUACUCGAUUGUAAUAAAAUAUAGUGUGUUCAAUGUGUUCAUGGUGUGCACAUUUAUGCACGCACUGAAACAAAAAAUGGUGGAAAAAGAUAAUUACAUUUUGUCUAAUAAUUAUUAUUAAUUAUUUAUAAUUUAUUUGCAUCUCUGAACUCGUAUAUAAUAUGAGUAUGAACUGCGGCAACAAUUGAUAAUCAAUAUGAAAUGUUUAUAAUUAUUUGUAACUAGGACAGUAUAUAAAUGAUAAGAAUUUGUAAACGUUUCCCAAGUGACAAAUGACGGUGGGCAUCAUAAUAGUAUACACGGAGUCGGGUAUCUAGUUAUUAUACAUAAUAUCUGUGCUUCUAAUAUUAUUAACUUUAUUUUAAAGAUAAAACGCUAAUAAUACCUUUUUUAAUAGGUACCUAGGUGGAAGUAGUGUAUAUUAGUGGAAAUAAUAAUGGAAAACACUGAUAAGACGCGUCAUAACGACAAUUUCGACAUGAUUUUAAUCACCGCGCAGUAACGAGUUUUUUUAAUCUGUACAGUGUACAUAUAUUAAAAUAUUAAUUUUUAUAGCUUUGUGCGAUUUAAUUGCACACAUUUUUAUUGUUUUAUUUAAACCACAUAACCAGCAGUAUUAAUACGUUAUAUUAUAAUAUACUGUGGUAACGAGAUCACUAUGAUACAAAAUUAAUUAUUAUAUCUUUUUCAGUGAAAAAAAAUCGACUCUUAGGGUCAAAAAAUAAAACUCAGAAUUUUAAAAUAUACUUGAAUAUUUGAUGCGUCGAUCCGCCAUGUUUCGGGUCGGAAAAUACGUAUCCGUAAAAACGUAAAUUGUAGACGAUGUACCAUGACCAUAUUAUAUUAGAUAGUCUCUUAGGUAUUUUAUACGAGUUAUAUCCUUAAUGUACAUAAUAAAUAAUAUAAUAAGACACCAAUAUGACUUAAUUUAUGUGUGCAAGUCUGCAGCUUGCUAACCGAGAAAAUAUUGAUUUGAUGCCAUCAAUACGUAUUCUGAUAACCCGAGUUAUGCAUUAUUAUACAUAUAGAAUAAUAUUUAUAGACCAAGUGUGUGAUUUAAACAAGAAAAACAAAAACAUCAUAAAAUCAUUAAUUUUGACCUCAUAUGCUCAUCAUAACACCGUAUUUGUGUUCUUGUUUUUCAUAUUUAAAAAUAAUACAAUGUUGAAAGUUGGAUAGUAUUAUAUAAUUUACCGAAUCAAAAAUAGUAAAUAGAAAUAAAAAUAGUUUUCGACAAAAUAUUGAUUAUUUAUAGCUUCAUUGGUAUAAAAUGACGAAUCGACGAAUAACGUGAUUUACGUCACCAAAAUUGUACUGUAAUAUUGUUCAAAAAUCAUUAAGCUAUCCGUGUAAAAGAAAAAAGGUCACAGAAAACAAGUGUGUAUCUGAAUUGCCUAUUUAAUGCGCCUUCUUAAAAGAGAAAUUCAUUUGUAAUGCAUUUUUACUUAAUAUUAUUUCGAGAGUAUGUGUUAUCAUGAUAUAUUUUCAGUUUAUUUUGUCUGGAAUCAUUUUUAUUGAGUCUAUUGAUUUUUAUUUUCAGAUUUGAAGUACAAAGUAAAGUAGCGGUAGAUUAGUUGUACAGCGAUAUAUUAUCAUAUUUUUUUCUCUCUUAAAUCAUAUUUCAUGGAAAUAAAUACGAUAAUGAUUCUCUGGUUGAAUUUAGAGUAUACUGAUUUUAUAAAGAAGCGUAGAUUUACUUUUUUUAAAAGAUUUUCAUUUUUUUACGUGUUUUAAUUUUCUCUUAAUUCCAACUAUUAAUAACUUAUUAAAAAAAAAAUUUUUAAAAAAAAUCUUUCGUAGGAUCCAUAGUAUAUAUUUUAAUUUAUAAAAUUUAUUAUGAAUCCUUUCACUCUAAAUUCAACUAGAGAGUCGUUAUCGUGAAAACGCGAAAUGUCUUUUUUACUAUACCUUAAAAAUAUAAACUUUAGUAAUGAGACCACAUAAAAAUUUUCAAAAGGUAAAAAGUGACGAUAAAAGCAACACUAUUACAGAAAAAAAAAAUUUUAAUUGGGCCCAACUGAUUAUAUUAUUCUAUCGAAUUUUGAAUCAAACUGAAAAUAAUUUCCUUUUUUUAUAUAUAAAGGGUGAUUUUUUUUUUUAUCAUGAAUCAGCAAUUUUCUCGGAGGAUUUUAAAUGAGUUUGAGUUCUGUUUUUAUUUAAUCACUACGGAAUCGAUAAAGCUUUAUUUUGAAACCAUUUUAAAUGUUUAUCCUUACACCAUGUAGCUGAAAUAAGUAUAUACUUUUGUUUUUCAGAUAUUUAGAUAUGUUAUGUUAUUGUGAGUUGCACAUUGAUUUUUAAAUGAUAAAUUGAUAACUUCUCUAUUCCUCUGGUUUAAACUUUGACGAUUUUAAGUCAUAAACAAUAAAUGUGAUAUUAGUGUUAUGCAUAUAAAAAUGUCUAGAAAAAUAUUUUCUAUUCGAAUCUGUGUUAAAAAAGGGGGUUCCUAUAUGAAAAACAAAAGUAUAUACUUAUUUAAGGUAUAAAGUAAAGGAGACAAAAUUUAAAAUAGUUUCAAAAUAAAGCUUAACUGAUUCCAUAAUGGUUAAAUAAAAAAAAUAAUUAAAUCCAAUUAAAAUCCUUCGAGUUGAUGAUUAAUGAUAAAAAAAAUCACAUUGUACAGGGUGAUUCAUAAAGCAUACUGGCCCCAUUUUUAUGAGUAAAUUAUGCAUAUAUGUUUAGUAUAUUUUAAGACGAUAUUUUCGUAUACUUCGAUUUUUCAUAAUAUUUAAGAAGUAUCCUUUUCGCGAUACAAACUUUUUUUACUCCAUACUCCAUUUAUUUAUGACAUUUUUUAUAUAGGUUAUUAUUUAAAUACCCGAAUUUGGUACCAUUCCAUGACGUUCCUUAAAUAUUGUGAAAAAUCUAAUUAUACGAAAAUGUCUUCUUUAUAACUUCACUUAUAAAUACCAAAGUCAGAAUUUGAACAUAUGCAUAAAUUACUCUUAAAACCAGAGUGAUCAUUUUGAUGAAUCACAUUGUGUACGAAAAUCAUUCCUACGAAUCUGUACUAAUUAGACAAAGUUAAUGAGCUUGUCUUAUGUUGUUGACGUUAUCGACUUUAAUGAACCUAAUUAGUUCGUUGAUAUAUUAGACUAAAGAUUUUUAAUAAUAUUAAUUGAAAAAUACAUAUGUAUGCGAACGCAUAAAUAUACUUGUGCGUUUUAGAUUAUUUAUAAACAGUAUAAAUUAUAGUUAAUGUAUGAAUUUCAACGAGCAAGUCUAUUACAUAAAAUGUGUUGUUUAAAAUUCGAUAUACGAUUUUAAAUAUAUUUUAAUUUACUAUAGAUAUCUGUUUUAUAAUAUUAUCAAUUAUUUUGUAUUGUUGUUAUUUCUACGAUACGUUAUAACAAUAUUCCGAUAUGAUUGUGAUAUUAAAUAAAAGCGGAGCGUUUUUUUUUUUUUUCAAAUUUAAAAAAGCGGAGACGAGUUUCGUAACUACUUUUUGUAUAUUCUGCGUCCGAACAAAAUGGACAAUAAAAAAAAAAAAAAAAAACACCCGAGAAAAAAUCCAUUCGCGACAAAUAAUAGUCACGCGACAAACCCUUGUAAGAAUCGCAGGAUUUAUGGUAUUGCAAUUUUCGACGGAUAGAAACUAUACAAUGUUCUUUAAAAUCCACCCUUAAAAAUAAAAAAAAGACAUAUAAAUUUCAACAGCUCCCCCGCACGACGAUAAAAAUCUUCAUGCGUAUCAUAUUUUUGUAACUAUAUAUAUACCAGAUACCUAUAAAGAUAUUUUUGGUUUUUGUAUUUUUUUUUUUUUUUCAUUUCCGUGUGUAUAUUAUAUAUCUUAUACAUGUAAGGAUUGAUUGUUUGAAAUAUAUUUUUGUACUGCAGUCACAAAAAACAUAUAAAAUUAUAAUUCUUAUGUUAUUCAUAUGGAAAGAAAACUGUUUGUGAAAUUUCGAGUAAUGCGGUUCGGAAAUGUGUAUCAAUGCGUCUAAAUAUUAUAGGGUUCAUAACAUUUUCAGCUCAAUUGCGCCUAUUUGAUAAGACGAAGCUAAAAGUUUUAUGAAAAUACAUAUACAAAUAUGUGCAAUCGUUGAAAUUAAAAAUACGUAUUAGAGAAAAUUCUUUAGAACAACAAAUAUAUAUAAGUACUUUUAAUUUAAAUUUUUAAAACAUCGCCAUGAAAUUUACUUAUUAUAAUUAUUACUUAACAGACACUGAUUGAAUUAGUAUUUGAAUGACAGUACUUAAAACGCCAACUACCAGCAGUCCAAUUAUUGUAUACUGAGUUCAGUACCUACCUAGAUAGGUAGAUAAUAUCCGAAGAUACACGCAAAACACUAAAUUAUAUAUUAUGUCUUUGACAUUCCAUAUGAUUACGUGACAUUGACUCACCAAUAAAUUAUUAUUAUUUUAACCAACCGUUAGUACUUAGUAUAGUGAUAUUCCCCGAGCGCUGCAGUCGUAAACAUAACUUUGAAUUUGCGUAAAAUAAAAUGUCGCAUAAACACGACGAAAAAACCGGUGUUAAAUAUUUACAAGACAGAAGACUAUCGUCAUCCGAAAUUCAAGAUGCAUCCGUAUAAACCAGUGGUUUCCAACCUUUUUGACACUACGGACUACUUUCGAUAGGACUGCAUUACGUCUAUUGUGUAUAAUGUAUAUAUCUUUCUCCCGCUAAUUCCGGACACUUUUAGCGGCUCUCUCUGUGCCAAAUGAGAUCAGACUCGAAAAUUAUACAAUUUUUUUCAUUGAUGAAUUGAUGUGAUCAAACGUUGGUUGAAUUUCAAUAAGAAUUUUACUAUUAUAUUGAGAGAGGAGUUGUUUACACUCGUAUUGAUCCCCAAAUAAAGUCGUGGAAAUAAUGUAUAUGCUUGGCGUCAUUUUCAAGGUUUCUAAAUUUUUGAGAUUUUCAAAUUUAAACCCCAUCUCUACCUUAAAUUUCUCGAAUUUUUUAAAAAUAGUAAAAUUAUAAUUUAUAUACAGUAUUGUAUUAUACCAUACGGUUAUUUGUUGUUUUGAAAAUAAAAUAAAAAAUAUGAAAGGGAAAUUCUACUCUAGUUACAGAACUCUGCUGCUUAUGGAUGUUUUUUAUCAAUGAUUUAUAACAUAACAUUAUUUCAACGCUAUUAUGAAAACUUCUUCUGAAAAAUUUGAAAAUUAGUUCCUAUUUACCACAAAAAGCGAUUGCACAAAAAAAAAAAAAAAAAAACACGACGGAAAUCAUAUACAACUGAAAAUGUUUGGUGGAAAUUUGAACGCUUGCGGACAAGAUUUUUUGACGUAUGAAAUAGGUUUUAGAGUACCUAACUUUAUUAAGGAGAUUCCGUAUCCAAAAAUUAAUGUACGGUUUUAUUACUACUGUGAGCAUCUUCCCUCCCCUCUUCCCGUGUAAAAAAAUCAUAACCACGCCACUGAUAUGUAAUACAAAUUGUACGGAUAUAAUAAUAUUAUUUAUGUAACGUUGUUAUACGUAAUUUAUUUGUAUACCGAUGUCCCUACAGAAAAAAAAAAAUAGAAAUAUGACGCGACUUAUGAGUUGUGUACUAUAAGAACUACAGAGCAACGGAUAUCCCGUCGGAGUUAUACGCGAUGAAUAUUAUAGUAUCCAAAAUGCGGAUAAUUUAUACGCGUUCAGUUCGAAACGAAUUGUACAUACACGUGCGCCACUACACUUUUUCCGAAAGAGGUUGUCAGAAAUUUUAUUUUCUAAAAAAAAAAAAAAGGCAAAAAGUGAGAAUACCGGGUUUUAACUUUGGUACUACGUCGACGUAAUUAUUGCUGAGAGAGCCGCGAUGUUCACUUAACGAGUUACGGGAACUUUAUUGAGCUAAAUAAUAGGUAUCUACCUAUUAUUUAUGUUAUUACAAUAAUAAAACGGCGGUAAAACGAAUAAAUGCAAUUAUUAAUUGUUGUUUCUCUUGGCCCGCCGCAGUCUAAUGGACUAGUGUAUAUAUGGAAAAUGACGGUUUUUAUCGGAUGUUGACGGCGUACAUCCGCAAUAAUUUAUGUAGAGAAAAAAGUGAAAAAAAAAACCUACUCCGAUUGUUCGAUAUAAUACAAAUAUCGACGAGAAAUUUAAUAAUUCAAACUACAAUUACGAUUGUUCUCCGUACGAAGUACAAUAAUAUCAUUAGUACAUAUUAUUAUAUUUUAAUGGAAAGUACUUAUUGGACAAUCGGACAAUUUUCGAAUAAAAAUAUUUACUGAUAAUCAUUACAAUGCCUCUGGAGUAUUAAAAAAAGCGUAAAGCGAAAAUAUCAGAUUUUCAACCGACGUGUCGGUUAAUAUUUCAAUACCAACUCGUGAUUUUCGAUUUUAAAUGUCGGUUCGCGGUUAUCGAUUUCGUAUCGGAAUGACGGGAAAAAAAGUCAUAUUGUCCUGUCACCACGGUAAUUAUUAUUAAUUCUCGAAGUUAACGUCCGUAAUCGCUCCAGAUGCAAUUCAUGUUAGACACAAAUUAUUAACGCGUGCAUGGCAGCUAUUCAUAGUGCUAUAGUAAAUAUUGCUCGAUUAUUAUUAUUAUUAUUUGCAUUUGCAUUUCUUGGCUUUACUCUUUUGUGUAUAGGUAGUUAGAUGUAUCCAAUAUAUUGAAUGCUUGUGGCGAUAUGGUUGGAUACAACAUCAAAGUGAACGCGACGUAUAGUGUGACCUUAUAUCGAACGGAAGUUAUAAUGGAAGUAUAUAAGACGACAGUGGCUUUUCGCGUAAGUUCUGUUUUAACCCUAAAGAUCAAUUUGAUACUUUUCUUGUCUGUAUAUAACGAUAUACUACUUACACAAAGGAGACAUACUAUUAUGCAUUAGUGAACGGUACCGUCUAUAAUAAGUACUGAAAUAUCGUACCUAACUGAUGUUUACGUUAUAAACGAAUUUUCUAUAUAAUAUUUGUAUUGUGUUAUACAUACAUACCAGUGGCGUGCUCAGCUUUUUCCUAUUGGGGGGGGGGAUGAACUGUAUUUUGUUUUAUUGAUAGUCAGGUACAGACAUUUACAAAAUGUACUUCUUAGUAGAUACAUUAAUAUUGUAGGAAUAGGUAGUUAGGUAAAAAUUACAAUGAUUUUAUAAAUAUAUAUAUUAUAAAUGUGCCUAUUUUUAGAUUGUGAGUGGAGUGAGGAAUGUAUUGAUUUUACAAUGAUGUUAAUUUUUUUUAUGUGAAAAUUUUUUUUACCAGUAAGCAUACUGUGAUUAUCAAUUAUAGCAAAUUUUCGUUCGAGUAAAAACUUAUGUGCAAAAAAUCUAAUUUAUCAAUUUUUUUUUUUUUUUUUAAAUAUAUGUAUAUUGCCGAUUUAAAAACGAUGGAAAGGUCAGAAUUAAGCGGACUGACUAAGUUUCGAAAUUAUAGCUUUUUGAAAUUCUGAUAUUAUGCGGAUACCUAGAGACCCAAAUUCAGACUAAUUUAAUCGCAAAAUACCCUUGAUUAGUUGUAAAAACUUUUCUACUGGCAAUUUUUUUCCGAAUUAAAAUGAUAGCACUUUUUCUGAAAGGAAAUCUGACUAAGAAGGUACGUUAAGGAAAUAAUUUUUCGAUUUUUUCAAUAGUUUUCCCAGCAAAUGUGAAUAACCGGGAAAAACAGUGAAAUUGGUAAAAUAUUAAACAAAUAUUAUUAAAGAAAAUAUAUAAUACCCAUUUUAUUAUUUUACUAUAAUAUAAUAUAUAUAUUAUUAAUAAAGCAUCACUAUCAACUGAACUGCGUUCCGAAUCGUUUUUUCGUCAGCAAUAGUUUAUCGUUGCUUACUGAUAUACAUUAAAUUACCUACAACAAUAGCUGCACCCGUCUCCAUUAUCCUAGGACGUCUUUUUUAUUACCGUUUUUUCUUUUACUUUACAGUAAAACUGUCGAUUGCGUAUACCAGUGCCGUCGCGAUAAUCGUUCGUCGAGAUCUGAGAGCUGCAAUAGGCGAAUUUGACUUAAACAAUUGAAAAUCGAAUGGCCAAGGUUUUUCUAUCGGUUAUUCGUGCUUAUAACUUAAAAACCACCCGUGACAGGUAUGAUAUUUUGGUUUUCCGGUGGAUAUUCCUAAUCGACACAUCAGAGCUUAACAUGUUCACGAGUUCGUAAUUUCCGUCGAAGAAUUCAGUUCUUAUCGUUUAUAUUAUAUGUAUAUUAAACUGUAUUAUUUACUUAUCGAUUUUAAAAAAAACAAUCGGGUUCUUUUCUAUUAAAAUAGGUAGGCGCGCGUUUGAAAUUAGGGUUCUACAUGUUCCAAAGGUUCCAAACUCUUUAAACUGACGUCAUACAACCCGGUUUUUAGGGUUUCGUUAAGGCAAUAUUUACGAUGUUUUCCAUACAAAUUUAAGAGAAAAAGAAAUAGCACACUCUGAACUGCGCUCAGUACAUAAAAAUAUCUCGUUUCUGUAUGCGCCCACCAAUUAACGGUAUUUUCAUUUUUUUUUUACUAAAAUUAAAUAAUCAAUAUCGAAAUAAUUAUAACGCGAAUACUUUAAUUUGGACGAAUAAUAACACGCCGUAAUAAAAAGUAGACAGGAAGUUGAAUAUUAUUAUCGUUUUUAUUUGAAAAAUAACGUACGUAUGUUAUUUUCGGGUUUACAGCGAGAAAUAAAAAAUGUAAAUUCGACGAAUAUACGAAAUAGAUACCUAUUUACAAUAAAAGAUUCGAUUUUAAUUAGAUUACUACAAUCAGAGAUAGUUAAACGAGGGGGGGGGAAGGGUCCAGAAGGAUAUAUUCUUCCCCUCGUGACUUUUUGUCCUUAAAUAGUUUAUAUACCUAAUACUGUUAUACUAACCAGGUAUAUAAUAUAAAUUAAAUUGUUCGGCGAGUAAUGUUAACCGAUUGUUCGGUCGAAUGUGCAUCCGGCAUUGAACGGGCGGGCCGUAAAAUACAAAUCGGUCGCUAUAUAAUGUGUUACAAAAAUCAAACAUAAUCGAUUUUAGUGAAAUUUAAGCCACACGUUUUUAAACAAUAAUCGGUAACGGUAAUAACACGUUUUUUUUUUUUUAACAUAAUAUAUUGUAUAAUACUAGUUUUAUACUGUUUUUAUAAAACGGAAAGGUCGAUCGGAUCUCGGUUAACAUUGUGCGAGAUUGUCUAUUACAGGGAACUACACAUUUAUCGCGGUUUUUGCCCUUGUAAACUCCCAGAAAUCAAUAAAAUAAAACCACGGUGUUUGUGUAUUAAUGACGAAUAAUUAUUAAAUACUAUAAAUGCAACGGUUAUGCGCGUGUUUCAGGCGAUCCGGUUAAACCACAGGAAAGACCCGGUGAUCAUACUCAAUGAAGACAAUCUGUUGUUAGCUGAUGACAAAGCAAUCUAUUCGACUUCGCCGAAAAUAUACCCGUUCGCCGUAGUUCUUAGGCUCCGUGUACUUCAGGUAGGAUUAUAUGUACCUCGAUUUAUGUAUCUUUGGUCCCGGGGCUUAAGUCGAUUUCGUGUUUAGUUUCAAUACAAGUGAAUUAAUUUUUGAAAAUACAUACACUCGUGUCAUUUAGAUCAAAAAUAAAUGGAUUAAAUUAGCAUAAUUUAUUAUAAAAAAAAAAUUCCAAAAAAUUGACUUUUCUUCUCUCGAACCAAAGAUACAUUCUUUAAAAUCAAUAUUAAUACGCAGUGUUUAUAUUUUUCUUUUAAAUUCAAACCAAGAGUAUAAAACUGAUUUUCUCUAAAAGUCGUGUUCUCCUAAACCAAACAAAUUAAACAAUUUAAGUACAUAAAAGGAUUCUUUUUUUUUUUGUAACGUUUUUAUGUUCACAUAAAAUAUUGAAAAAAAAAAAAAAGCGAUAGUUUAGAUUUGUAUUAAAUGUGAAUUAUGCGUUUCAAUAAAUUAUUUAUAUUACAGCCAUUGAGAGAGGCCAUAAAACAAGAUCAAUGACAUUUUUCGAGACAAUGUAUUUAUCUCAUUUGAAAAAGUUCAAUAAUAAGUAGUAACCCGUCAAAACCAUAUUAUUUUUAAAAUAUUUUAUCUUACAAAAUUGAACAUUAUAAUUUAUCAAGGAAUAGUGUUUAUUUUUGCAUAAUAAAUAAUAAUGCAGGCGGGUAAGUUGGGAAAAUAAAAAUUCAAGUUUGUAUACUUAAAAUCUUCAAAAAUAAUCACAAUUUCGUAAGUUGGCAGGUUAAUUAAUAAAUCAUCUUGUGUUGCAUCCUUGUAGGUGUCAGCAACUUUCAGACGUUCGUAUAUAAAAUUCGGAAUAUAUACAGCGCGUUCACAUAAUAAUGUAUAGGUAUAGUGAAGGAAUACCGUACAUUUUGACGGGUACAAUGAAUUUUUAAUGGCAUUUUUCUAAACUACGCGUAUAAAAGUAAAAACAUAUAGGUAGCGCCACGUAUAAAAUAACGAUAAAAACGAAUUCCUAUCCGUAAUAAUAAUUUCAACGAGAAUCAAUGUAUUAUAACCGGAUUUUAAUAAAAAUGGCAAUAACACGACAACGACAACCACGCUAUGUAAUAAUAUAUGAAUUAUGACUUAUCGCCCACUUUCAAUUUUAUUAUACUCGAUUAAUGUGGCUUAAUGCGAGUUUGUUUCAUGACAUACUGGGUGUAUCAACAGGAUUUGAUAAUUUCUUGUGUAGUUUUCUAAAUAAGAAAUUGUCAAAACCUACAGAUACAUAUUUUGUAUAGUGAAUGCACAUAAUAUAAGUGAAGUAAACACAUAAUUUACGGUACGUGCAUUAUAAGUCCAUGUAGUCAAAACGCACUGAUUUUUGUCAUAAGCAAAUUGGAAAACUAUUGUAAAAAUAUUGAAUUAAUUGAUACCUUUACUAUGAUUCAGGUUCCUCAAUUGAUUUUGUUUUUCUUUCUUUAAUACAGUCAGUUUCAAUAGACAAUUUUAAGACCAGCGUUGCACUGACAGUCAAAUCAAAAUGAUCCUAUUAAAAUGUUAAGUAUUCAUAAAUAUUUAUUAUUAUCUUUAUGUUAAAAAUUCAAUCAAACUAUAUAAUAUACAAACACAAUAUUCUAAAAUUCUAUACAUGUUCAGCUCUCGAAAAUUGUAGUGGUUUUAAAAAUAUUAUCGCGUAACGAAAUACGAGUACUAUAAAAUAUCGAGUACUAUGUAAAUAAAAUGUCGACGACCAUUUUACAUAUCCGGGGGAAAAAAAAAACAAAUUAUAACGUGGAAAAACUCAAAUAAUACUAAUAUCGAUUAUUUAAUCGGGUGUAUUGCAUUGAUAUACUCGUAUAUUUCAUCGGUUUUUGAAAGCGAUUUUUUUUUCCUAAUAUAUAUAUAUAUAUAUAUAUGUUAUAGUUAUGAUGUUGGAAAAAAAACGAACUGCAUAUCAUAUGUUUAGUUCAAUUCGACUUGUCUACGGUAUUUCUGGACGUGGUAAUCUGCCAUUUAUUAUAGGUUUUAAACACACCGUAAGCAAAAUCUUUUUCUAUUUUAUGUCCAUUUGGACACAGAAAAUUUCCUGAAAAAAUACCCUGACACAAUGGCCGAAUAUGAGUAAAAAAAAAAAAUAUAAAUAAAAAAUGGCCAAUUGAUAAUUUAUAGGUGACAAAUAAAAAAAAGUACCACACAUUACUCGAAUACGACUAUCAGCCGAAACUUAAUCGAUUUGAUCGAUCUUUCGUUUAAUUAAAGUCGAGAAAUAUUUUAUCUACAGUGGGUAACGGAAAGGGAGGAGGGUUAAACGUCAGAGAUUAUGUAUAAGGUGCCAAAUGCACGCGAUGACAAAUGAUACGGGAUCAUCGCACGUAUAAUAUCAGAAGAGGGCGUGUAUUAAAGCUGACAAAAUCCUCUGGCUUUACGUCUUUACGAUAUUUAUCUCGCCGAUCAUUCUCGUUAUAUCUAUACAAAAUUAUACCACAAAGGGCAUCAGAAGCCUUUUACACAAACAUACACACACACAUAAAUACAUACUCACACACAUACACACACAUACACACACAGACACACACUCACACACGUACGUAUAACGAAGAACUUUGGCGAACAAUUUGCCUAAAACACAUUAUUUUGACGGAUCAUUUAUCGUUAUAAUAUAACGAAACGCUACGACCGCCGCCACCGUCGUAUUUCAAUUUCUUUUUAGUCAAAUAAAAGUAUUAUUUUAUGGGUAGGUGAUGGUACGCCACGAAUAAGAAAUAUGUAAAACAAUAUAAUAUUUUUAUAACAAAAUAUAUAGCGAAAUAUUUUAUGUUAUGAGUAUAUACCAAAAUAUAAUAUAUCUUAAAUAAUAAAUAUUUGUGUUACAUAAAAAAAAAAAAAAAAAAAAAAAAAACAAGCAAAUAAAUUGUUAUUUAAUACUUAUACCCACAAGAAUAUCAGGUAUACUUGAAUGUUUGUUAUUCAAGUCAACUUUUCGUGAAUUAUCAUAAAAUAGGUAAUAAUUAUGACGUAAUAAAAUAAAUAGACUUCUCGGUAUACCUAUUAUACAAUAAACACACGUCGUACUUGCAAUUAUAAACAAUCUCUAUGUUAUAUUAUAUUGUUAUUUCGCACGUCUCUCUCUCUCUGUGUGUGUGUGUGUGUGUGUGUGUGUGUUUUAUGUUCUGAAAUUCAACUCCAUCAUUACCUAAUAUUAUAUUAUGAAAUUAACGUUGUUGUGGAUAAUAUUUUUGUAUGUUAUAUAAACUAUUUUAAUAAUUAUUAGGACCGAGAAUUUAAAUAAACCUAUAAAAUCACACGUAUAAAAGCAAGAACUCACAAGCCUAAUUUAAAUUUAGAAAAUCACACACUGAAAUGCAGUAAAAUCCUUUUCUCUUGAGGGAUAACUCAUUAUCAACAUGCUAUUUUCCUACCAUUUUUUUUUUUAAAUAUAUAUACAAAAACACUACAGAUCGCAUUGGACUACGAUUUUUCAUUUGAUUUCAAAUAAUGUUAUGAAAAUGUUGGUAAAAAAAAAAUUUAAAGUUGACCUUUUAUAAAAGAUGUUUUAUACAAUUUAAAAUGAAAAUAUUAGAGUUUAUUAUUAUUAUCUGUAGAAUGAUCAUUAUAUUUUGUAAAAAUAAAAAAAAAUAAUGAUCGAAAUUGGACCAUUCUGCGAGGCAUGGAAGUUUUUCCCGUAAGGCAUGUUUUCGAGCCAAAAAACGCGCUGGCACCGGGUCUCUUAAAACCAUACAGCUAAAUAUAAUUCUUACCAUCUAUCACUAUCCUCUGCAGCUUUUCUCCGCCGGAUUUCUGGCUCUACUGUCUAUUAAGGAUAUUAAUCCUUCUUUACCUUAAUCUUGGCCUCCCUAUAGGUAUUUUCCAAGUAUUUUCCUUAUAGAGUUUUCUUCAAUCGUCUUCCGAUAGCUAAAUAUUAUGCUUGUUUACAUCAUGCAUAACUCGCCCAUAUUAUUAAUCUUAUUUUGACACGACCUCUAUAACUACUUAUACCAGACCUUAUUUGGAACUGUAUUUGGAGUAGGUAGCUCAUUGUGCAAUUGUCUGAAAUGCAGUAAAAUGUAAAUAGAAAAAAAUGAAUAUUAUUUCCUUCCCACAGAAGGUUUGCAAAAAAAAAUGUGACUAUGUAGUAUGCAGUUGGCACUUUUGCAUAGACUAUGCGUCAAAACGAAUGAAUAUACGAGCUAUCAUCAUUCGACGUUACACCCAGAGAAUAAAAAGAAAUCUAUAAAAUGUCAUGUGAGUCCCGCCGUUUCCGCCCUCAUCUCUAUAUAGAGGUAUACUUCAAUACUUGUGAUGUCUUAACCUCCCUCCAACCAAUAUUUUCUUUCAUCCAUUAUAAUGUUGUAUAGCUACUUUGUAUUGAGUCUGGUUGAAAUCGCUGUGGACAUAUAGUUGUGAUAAACAAAUUAAAUAAUAAAAUUACACUGGCAACACGUUUCUAUAAUUGAAUUUAUUUUUUCUCCGUGUAACCAAGAGGAAAAAAAGUAAAACAUCGUUUAUAGUAAUAAAUAUAAAUGAAUAUAUCAACUCUACAAAUAUAAAAACAAAAUAAUAGUACAAGCGCGGGAAACCUUGAAAAUAGUUCGCAUUGCAAAAAAUAUAUCCACGCGCGUAUUGCGUUCGAAGUGGAUUCAAGAAUGUGAAAAACGUAAUUCGUUUUCAGUGACUUCGGAAAAAACUUGGUUUAUUUCAUUAUUGUCGAAUUUUUCGUUUAUAAUUCAAUUCCCGCGAGUUUCAUCAUAUUUCUAUAUCGAUUGUCUCUAUGGGAAUAACGAAAAAGAAGUUGAGCGUGACGGAUAUAACCUGAGAGCAAAAAUACUUAUUGAUUGCAGCAAUGAUAUAAUAACGAACCUCGAAUUGAAUGAAAUAUAUGAAAAUAAUCAAAGGAAUUGCAGUAAUUGUUACCGGAAUUUAUUUCGCUAUAGUGAAUUUAAUCAUUUUUAAAUUUUGAGCGAAGUAGAGAGUGUCUUAGUUUUACAAUUAGUGUUUGUGUAGUUAGUGUGUAUAUUUUAAUCGAUUUGAACCUAAAAUUUUAAAAAAAAGCUGUAAACAUUGUAUUUGAUGGAUUUUAAUUAUGAAAAGCUGUUCUAGGAUAAUGGGGACGAAUACAGCAACUGUUAUAGGUAAUUUAACGUAUACCUUUAAGCAUACAUAAACCAUUGCUAACGAAAAACGAUUCUGAGUGGAAUUCAGUUGAUAGUGUUGCUUUGUUAACAAUAUAUAUGUCAUAUUAUGGUAAAAUAAUUACAUAUAUUGUAUUAUCCAUUUUCGUUAAUAAUAUUUGUUUAUUAUUGUACCUAUUUUUCCGUUUUUCCUUUAUUUUUCCUAUUUAUUGGGAAAACUCCUGAGAAAAUCAAAAAAUGACCUCCCUAAAGUACCUCUUCAGUCGAAUUUCCUUUCAGAAAGAGUGCUAUUAUUGUAAACCGGAGAAAAAUUGCUGGUAGAAAAGUUGUUCAUAGGAAAAAAAAGCCGUAAUAUUUUUUAACUUGUAUACAUUGAAUGCUAGAUUGAUAUAUAAACAUUUAUCUAAAUUAAAAGCCGACCAAAUGUAGUUAUUUGUAGUUAUAGUAGGAUAAAGAUUUUUUUUUGUAGUUUUGUAGUUAAAAAAAAUCUUAUAUCUACUAUAAUUUCAAAUAGCUCUCAUUCGGUCAGUUUUAAAUUUUAGAAUACAAGUUGAUAAAUCAAUAUGGCUUGAAAAAAUUCUACCAAUUUGAAUAUAAUUUAAAAAAUAGGGGUUCCUAUUUAAAAGAAAAAAGAAAAUGCGUUGCGUAUACGCAGAAUACACGAGUUAAAAAAAUUAUAUGUCCGAAAAAAUAAUGGCCCAGUAGUAUAAUUUCGUUUUCCGAAAACCAAAUGCAAAAAUAUGCGUAAGGUACAGAGUUAUAAAGAGUUUCCUGUUUCCGUAGACACACUGUAUAGUGUAUAUACUAUAAUAUUAUAUGUAAAAGUCAUUGAAAUGACCAUUUCAAUAGUGAAUAAUAGAAUAUGUAACUUUUUUUUUUUUUAAGUUUUUUUACCCUAACACAACACUUACAUUUAUAACAGACCGACAAAUAGCUCUCCAUUUCACGUAUUGGAUGGGUUCGAGUGUUAUUUCACUGCAUGUUAUAUUAUAUAGCUACUUUUCUUUAGCGAUUGGAUUCUGCAUAUUAUAUUAUACAGCUAUUAUACAUCGUAGGUCCACGCGUUUAAAAAAUGUAGUUUACAUCAAAAUUGUAGAUUUUUAAGAUUCUAAGUCGAAACACUGCAGUGCAAUAACAAUAAAAUGACAAAUAUUUUCAAGUAUUCUUUUUGAAAAAUUAAUUUAUUUUCACAAAAAAAAAUACAAAAGAAAAACACAUAUACUUACGUAGUAUGUAUAUUUUUGUCUCAUUGAACAGUAUAAUAUUUGUAUAAUUCGUAAAAAGUUCUUUUGAAUUUUUUUUUCAUGUUACGUAUUUUCUAGAUCACAGACUUCAUAAUUUACUGUAAUACGUGUAUAUUAUUAUUCUAGAAUACGCACUAAAUAAAUUUUGUUUAAUGUAAGGGUUUCAAAUGAUGAGUGCAUAGUAUCUGUAACAUGAAAAUUGAUUCACUAUAACAAAGUGCACUAGUCCGGUAACGGUGUAAAGAUAGUUCAAUGAGUCUGACAACUCGAAGGCUUUUUUAAAUUAGUAGGUAGGUAGGGGGGAGGAGAGUGGCUGGAUCACUAGAUACCUAUACAUACAUAUUGAAAGAACCCGGUGGAGUUCUUUUAUCCAUAAAUAGGAGAAGGGAAUCAAAUAAUUUUGACAGAUUUGAACUCAUGAUGUUAUUCACUCACUUGUCACUGUUAUUAGACCAUGUGAAAUAUUAAAUCGUUAAGGAAAUAUGUUUUAAAAACAAUUUAAUAAUAAAAGGAUUCCUAUUAUAGUUUGACGUUAAACUUUUCUACAGUUUUUGUGUAUAAGGUUUAAUUUAUCUAUUUUUAAAAACGAUUUGACAUAAGUUAUGUAAUUGAAAAACGAAAAAACGGGAAAAUUUACACAAUGUAUUCUUUUUAAGUCGUGUAAUGUUUACGGCCUUUCAAAACACGUAUAAUCGAACUCAGCUUAGAAACGUUUUUCGUUUUUCGCAAUGAUUAAUCGUUGCGUACAAAUAUAUAUAUAUUAAAUUUCCCAUCUACCUUCCCAACUUCUCACCUAUAACAGUGGCCUACUCAUUGUGCGAAGUAUGUCCGCUUGUUUUUUAUGUUUUUAAUCAAUAUAAAUUUGUGUUCCCAUCUAAUAAAAGUUUACAUGAAAAAAAAAGUUUUUAAUUACAUUAUAUAUGAUGGUGAUUAAAAAUCGUUAAUAAAUCAAAAUAAAAGGUAAAAUCUCAAAAAAUAAGUCACUUGACUUAUUUACAUUAUGGCGUGUGCAUGAAGCUGAACAUGAAACAUAGUUUCGCGAAAUCAUCGAUAUGCUGUUUAUAACUAUUCAACAUUUUAGUAAAAUUAUAAUUUUAUUUUAUGUAUUAUGUUUUUUUUUUACACAAACCUAUGCCUAUAUUAUAGGUACAAUAUUUAUGUAUCACUGAAAUUAUAAUCCUUAAGAAUCCACGUGUCGUAAUAUUUCGGUCGUUUUCAGAAACGCCAUUUCGAGAAAUCGGCCUAUAUCCAUAGGCCGUCAGAAUGCAAUUAUACCUCUCUUUUCUUCUAAUGGCAUCGGUACUCUUUUUGAGUUUUAGCUACUAUUCGCCACUUCGCUAUCUUUCUCUUCGCCAUCUUAAACUAUCCCUCUCAAUAGUUUUGAAUGCCCAGGCUUUCAUAUCCUCUUUUACUACGUAAAUCAUGUUUUUCUGGGUCUUUCUCUAUAAUUUCUUCUUUGAGGUUUCCACUCUAUAACUAACCUAAUUGUCACAUCUUCACCUCUUCUCAAUAUAUGGCCUAAUAAUUGAAUCAUAUGGGCCUUAACAUAACUUGCUUUUAGUACAUAUGAAUUUUUAAAAAUAAUAAAACCUAUUUUGAAUUUCGUUUGUUGUAAAAUUAACUCGUACAUUAUGCUAAAUAAUUAAUCAAUUAAUCAAUAUAUCACGAUAGUGUAAAUGUCACAAUUGAAAAUGUAUUUCAUCUUUAUUAUUCCAUAAAAUGUCCAACUAUAUAUUAUUACUUAAUCGAUAUAAUAAUGAAUUGAAUUCCAAAUAAAUAUAAUAUUUAAAUCGAGAAGAAUAUUAUUAAAAUUAUAUAGGCAGGUAUAUUCAAAUUAAUCAGCAAUAAUUACAUUUCUCUUCAUCGAAUUAAAUAAUUCCUCUACAAUACUCACCAACAAUUAAAAGAGAAAAACUGAAUAAAUCAAUAAAAUUAACGGAUGAUUGUAUAAUAUUAUUAAUUCUGAGAAAAUUCCUUUGGAAAAAUGUCAACAAAAAAAUUACACGGAAGUUUGUUUAACAUUUAAGUACCUACCUACCUACCUACCUACCUACCUACCUACCUACUAUGUAUACCAUAAAUGAUUGUAUGAUAAAGAAAUUAUUUCCGAAUUAUGUUGAUAAUAUUAUGCGGUAAACCAUUAAUCAUUGCACGGAAGAAGAUUGAUUAAUCACUACAAUUUUGAUCGUAAUAUUAUAUUUAUUUUAUCAGUAAACUCAAUCUAAUCAUACCAAGCCACAUUCACUAAGCGUCUAUAACGAAUUAAUACUAAAAACGUAUUAUUUUGAUUUAUAAUGUAUAUUUGUAUACAACUAUUAUAUAUUAUAUAACGUCAAUAGCGUAACUAGAUCUUUUAAUAUUCAUGUCAAAUUCUAAAUUAACUAAAUUGAGAGCCAAACGCAUAAUCAGAGUUGGGGCCCAAUUUGCAUAGUUUGAAGCAAAAAAAAAGGCCAUUGCCUGUUUUCAUAAAACUGUUGGUCCAUUGAAAAUAAUACCCUGGGUCCUGAUUUGGGAUUCCUUGAAUUUCAUGCUGCUGUACCAGUACACAUCAUUGUAUAAUGUAUUUUAAAAUAUUAAAUCAUUAUUAAUAUUGAAUUUCAGAUUGUUUGUGGUAUUACCGGGCUAGUCAUGGGCAUGGUCGCCAUCAUAGAAGAAAAAGGAAAAAUGAACUUGGGCUUAGCGAUUCCGGCGGGUAUUUUGACGGUCGUAGCCGCAGGUCAGUAUAUAAAAACUAAUACAUAUUUUACUAUAAACUACUUUAAAAUUAAUACAUAUUUUACUUUAAAUUUUAUUCAAUUCAUGCCGUCCAAAUUUUCUAAUGAAUACAUAAUUAAUAUACAUUAUAUUAUACUUACGCAGGUAUAGCCUUGGUCACAGGGAAAAAGAUACAAUUUUUGUAAUCUUUUUUAUGUAAUUGUACACUGUGUAAUUUGUUCAAUUUUAUUUUUAAUCUAAAUCUCAUAAGUGUAUGAAUAUUCUAAUACACGCUAUACUUAAAGUUAAAAUAUUUUAAGCCACUAUGAUGUACUUUUUGUCUGGCAAAAAGGCAGUCAUAUUCAUUCUAUAACAAAUUGUAUUUAUUUUAACAAUUAUGCCAUUAUACAUUAAAUAAUUCUCAAAAUUAAAUUUACUUGUCUUCAAAGCUAUACGAAAUUGACUCAAGUCCUUCUUUUCUGGGACUAAAAAUAUUAUGAUGUUAUGCUCACAGCAAUAUUCUGUAGUGCAAUUUUCACUAUUUAUAAAACAGAUUUGUUUUUAUAGUAUCGUAGUGAUCUAUCAGUCGGCUAUAUUAUUAUACUAUUAUAAUUUUGUAGUAAUUGAACUGUAAAAUUGUAAGUCGAUUAUUUAUACUGCAAGGGUGUCCAAACUUUUUUGAAGACUGGUCCACAUCAUGUAAGUAGAAGUUAUCGUAGGCCACGUACAUUUUAAUAAUAAUACAUUUUAUUUAUAAUUUUCACCAUAGUGAACAAUGAGUAGAAAUAUUUUGAUAGCUAUUACGUUUUAUUUAUAUUUACAAGACAAAAUAUAUUUAUUUAUGAUUAAAAGAAAACAAUUUCAAAAUAAUUAUAUUGUUAUUUUAGUUACAUUAGUUUCUUUACCGCUAUUGGAUCCCAAUAAAUUUAAAACUUUCAUAUAUUAGUAUAUAGUAUUAAGUUUUUUUAAUUUUUAAUAUUUUGUAGUUUUAUAUUCUUAAAAUAAAUUUGUUCUUCUAAUAUUAUAUAUAAUUAAUUGAUGAUUUGAAAUUGAAGUGAAGGACAUAUUACAAUCUACCGUUUUAAUAUGUGAGUCGCAUUCGGUCCUCGGGCCACGGGUUGGACACCCUUGAUUUAUAGUAUCUACUAUAAAUGCAAUAACAAUAGUAACAAUGCCCGUAUUAUAUUUCAGAUUUUGAAGUCGUAAAGUCAAGCGUUUCCGAAAUUCACUUAUUAUAUUAGGCGCGUUUUGAUAAUUCAUAAAAUAUUAGACUCACCCGUCGUUUAUUUUCGUUCGCUUCGUACUUGAAAACUAUAGAUAUAAAAUGUGUAUCGACCAAUAUAGAAAACAGAACCUAAAUCAAAGACGUUUGUUAAAUUACAUUUUUCAUUAAAAAGUCGAAAUUUCUGCCAAAACUCGUAUUGUUUGUUUUAUUUGUAUAACCUAUACGACCGACGUAUUGUUUUUAACAAUAAUAUAUUUUACUAAGUGCGAAUGUUUCUCAGUAUCGACGUUAACCAUGCAAACAAAUUAUUAUACGUCUUAAUGCAGUUUAUCUAAUAAGAACGAUAAUAUUAUAUUAUAUUAGCGUGAUAGGAAAAAAAAGAUGUGUAAUAUUUUUAACGGUUUUAAAAUUCAAACACAUACACCCGUUAGUACUCUACUAUCGAAUUAUAUAAAUCGAGUAAGAAUAUUAAACCUGAAUAUUUUAAAGUGUACUACAAUAAACUAAAACCCAAAAAAGGUAUUAUGAAUAAUAAUUGGACAUAAAUGUAAACUGGGUAUAUUAUAUUUUAAAAAUAAGCACCUAUAUAAAUAGUAUGAGUUUUUUUUUUUAUGAAAAUAUUAUACUGUUUUAUCUGUUAGAUUAAAAAGUAAUAUAAUAAGUCCAACGAAAAAAAGUUUAAAUUAGGUUUGAUACAUAUAGGUAGGUAGGUAGGUACGUAUAUAGACUUUUAAAAAAAAUUAUAGCAGUUAAAUACAAAAAUAAAAUACAUAAAUUCUAUAAAGAAGGCAAUACAAAUAUACAAAUAUAUUUAAACAUAAUAAAAUAUAUGUAUACAUAUAUAUUUUUUAGUCUUAUAGGAUGUACCAAAAUUGUAAUACGUUGUCGCUGUAAUAUUAUAUUAUAUUUUCAGUAAACAAUCUAUUAUAAAUUGGUUUUAAAAUGAUUUUUUUUUCCUGUGAAUAACUUUUCCCAAAACAAAUUUUAUCUGGGUGGUACUUUAGGGAGGUCAUUUUUUAAUUUGUAACCAUAGGAAAAAUGGGAAAAUCUACUAAAUAUAUUAUUUUCAGUUUUGUUUUUUGUUGUUAUUCAGUUAAAAAUAUUCGUAGAGAUUUGAAAUUCAGGCAGAAAUUUUCUCGGCGUAGUUAAAUUUUAAAACAUUUAGCCAUUUUUGAUUAUUAAUGAACUAUCCAUUAAUGGAAAUCUGACAAAAAUAAGUUUGUAAUAUUAAGUAUGUCUAUAUAAAAAAAAAUACUUUACAAGGGUUUUCAUAACCUUCGCAGGAUCGUGUCUUAUAAAAGACUCACCAAAAGAAUAUUUUUUUAAAAAAUUAACCCAACGGUUUAUUUUUCCGACUACUUAUAAUAUGAUAGACAUAUAAACUUGUAGGUAUUAAUACAUAUAAGUAAAGAAAGUUGAUUUACUCGAAUGAUGUAGAUUCUGAGCAGAGCUAGUAACAUUGAUACCUAUACUGAUUUUACGAUAAUAUAGGAUGUUUUUUUUACAUUUUUCCUCCAUAGUCGGGUACCUAGUUAUAAAGGAAUAAAAAAAUUGAUCAGAAAGUUUCCCUGUGGAUCUUGUGUAAAGAUUUUCAAUCAGUCAUAGAAACAAGGUACUACUUUGAAGCGGUAAUUUGAUUUCUAAUAAACCAAACGAUGUAAAAUGUAUAUAUUAUAAAUAAUAACAAAUUGAGAUUGGACUGCAGCUGUAGAUUAAUUUUGGUUUUAAAUCAUCUGCAGGUAGUAAAUGAUUGGCAUACAUGGAAAUGGAAAAAAGUUAGAUAUGUAUCUAUAUCUAUACGAUGUUCACUAUAAUACUGCCACCUGAUGUCAAUAUAUCACUUUAUCAGCCGGCAGUUUUCUAGUGCACGGAAGCUAAAACAAAUUGUUUAAACAUUAGUCAAUUUUAUUUUUUUCCCUGUUCCGAAAUAGUUUAAAAUUUAUUAAAAUCGGUGUUUUUCUUAAAUAUCUUUUGACUGUUCUACACUACAAUGAUUUAUGGGACAGCCUUCAAACUUGACACGAGACAUUCUUCGGUACGUAAUCAACGACAUUUUUUUUUAUUAUUAUUGUUUUUUGGUAGUUAUUCAUAUUAUAUACAGUAUAAUCACUUGUAUAUUAUGCAUCUCUAAUUUUUUUUUACCUAUUAUUUAACGCAGUAAAAUUAUUAACCUAUAUAUUUUUACGGAAAUAAGUCAAAUUAUAGUGCAACUUACAAAUAAUACUAUAUUUAUUUUGGUAAAACGGAUUCUUGAAUGAAUUCUUUUUGCAAACAUCCCGAUUAGAAAAAUCGAGAAAAUAGUGAGGCCUUUCCUCACAAUGAAUUGCCAUGGAAUAAAUUCAUAUACUAUUAUAAGUAGUAAGUUCUUUGAGAAAUACCUAUAAUAAAUCGUAGAUAUCUACAGUUUUUGAUGGAAAAUAGUAAAUACCAGAUUACCAUGGACCCAAAUAUCUAUUGAAUACAAAUUUCAAAAAAUUGUACCGAUAAUACUAUAAUACUAUAUUAUAAUAAUAUACUAUACAAUAUAAUAAUAUAACAAUUCGAGAUACUACUCUAUACUAAUACAAAUAUUAAAUGCCGAACAAAAUUUCAUUAUAACAAAAACCAUUUUAAAAAAAAGGAUUAUCCCUGGUGCGCCUUAGUAGUCUAAACUCUAAAACGCGUAUGUAUAAGCAGUGAAACUACCCAUUACGUUAAAAAAAGUAUCUAUAUCUUCUAUGUAUAAUGCAUUUUCAAAUGAAAAUAUUGAAGACAGUUUUAUAGAAUAUAAAAUAGAACAAAAAAAAAACGCAAUUCUGUCAAAGUUUUUCCCUUGGAUUUAUAAUAAUAUAUAGAUAUAAUACGAGUAUGUUAUACAUGCACAUUGUACACAGCCCUAUAAAAUAAAAGAACGAUGUUCAUCAGUAAAUGUAUUAUAAUAUAAACGUAUAUUAGGUAGGUACUCUGAAUGAAAUUGAAAAUUUAAAAAAAAAGUUGAUACUAGGCACGGGUGUGCCACUGUAGAUAGAAAUUUGGGAAAGGUGGGAUACAUGCAGUUAUUUAAUUUAUACCUGUCCGCAAUGAUAAACUAUUGCUAUUAUAAUAUACCAUUCUGAGCAAAAUUCGGUUAUCUGCACAUGUUUUGAAAUAAUAUAAUUUUUAUGAUUUUCAACAAAUUUGAACUAAAACGUUUAUAAAAAAAAACUACAGAGAGAUCAACUUUUAUUUCCAUUAAUUACAACUUAUAAUGAAUCUAACGUUAAAUUUUCAAGCAGUUCUGUUUGAUCGAACAAUUUUAUACAUAUCAAGUAAAAAUUAAAAUAAAACUAGACAAUUUCAAAUGUCUAUAAAUAGCUCAAUAAUCGUCAAUACUUUUUGAACAUUUUCCCGCGUCUAAAACUGACCAAUAUAAAUAUUCUGUACAAAUUUCAUGUCUCUGAAAAGAAUAAAUAUGAAAUAUUAACCGCUGUAUAAACUUAAAAGUGAUGAAAAUAUAUUUGUAUAUUUUAUUUUAGUAGUGUACAACUUUUAUAUACUUUUACAAUAUCUGUCAGACAUAAUAAGUUUGAAAACGAGGGCGAAUGGCGUCCUAACUGCCAUUAUCCAAGUAUCAUCUAAUUAAAUUUAUAUUUUACGGGAGGCAGACAAAAUUAAAUUCAGACUUAAAUUCUAUUUAAGGCAUAGAUGCUCUAUAAAAGUAGACCUCCAGAUAUAGCUGUAGCCCGAUCAGUCAUAUAUCGGAUAUACGCAACAUUGUUUGAUUUUAGAUUCCGAGUGUAACGAGGGAGCUAUUGGUUUUACAAUGUUGUUUAUUCCUCUUUCUUUUUUUUUCUUCUUCUAGUCUGUGGACACGUUUUUUUCUAGUAAACAUGUUCUGAUUUUUACGUAUAGCAAUUUUUAUGAAAGCUCAAGCUGUCUAAAUGGUACUUUAAGAAGGUUGUGUUUUGAUUUUCGAUGCCAUUUUUUAAAUAAAAGCACUUAAGUGGGAAAAACGUGGGAAACAUACAAUUUCACGAGUUCAUUAUUUUCUAAAAGCACGGACGACGUUUUCUACCAGCAAAAAUGAUUUAGUCGUAAAGUCACAAGGUACAUCUUUUGUUGCGUUUUAAAUUUAAUUUCUUAUCGUGUCAUCGUUAAAACUUUUGAGCCACUUUUGAGCUUUUAAGGAAUUUUAAUUUUUGUGAGUUUUUGCUGUAAUUUGGUUUUAAAUGCACGUAACGUUCAGACUUAAAACUUGGUAAGAAUACUUAUAUUUGACUUACUUAGACGUCGUAAAAUUUCUAAAAUCAUCUGACUUUUUUUUUAUACUAAGCGUUUUGAAAUCAAAUUUAAAUGAAAAUCGAAAAAAAAAAAUUACGGAACUUCAAAUUAUGUAUUAUCGAAUUAUGCUCGGAAUCGUCUUUCUUCAGAAAUGGUUUAUCGUUACUUAUAGAUAUAAAUUAAAUAACCUUAUAUAUCCUACCAACCCAACUUCUUACCUACAACAGUGGCUGCUCCCAUCCCCAGUAUCAGCUCUUUUGUUUAUGUUUUAUUGGAUAACACUUCCUAACAAAAUCUUAGUUUAUUUAUUUUGUUUCUUAGUGGUAUGUAUUGACCACAACUAGGGUAUUAUAAAGUUUAAGAGGCUAACAUACCUCUUUGUUUAUUACAGUCCUACAAAGACUUAAAUCUCGUAUACUUAGUAAAAAAAAUAAUAACUUAGUGUGAUAAUUACCUAUAUGACGAUUCGUGACUUAUGCAAUGAGUGUGUGAUCAGAUUAAAUUUAACCAUACACAACCUAAAAUUUUGAAAACGACUAUGAUUUAGGCUAAAAUAAUAUAUAGUAUCAUUUUUUAUUUCCGACAGUGAAAUAAAACGAGUAUUUAUUUGAAAUUUAUUCGAAAACUGAUAAUAAACGUGAUCUUCUUGAAUUCUUGUUAAAUAUGUUAGCCGUCAUAUAUAAUAGUGUACACAUAGUUUUGGUGUAAUUUUGUUAAUGCCCGCUCGUUUGGACGGAAUUCUGUUUUCAUAGACCGACGUUUUAAAUGUAGUCAAUUAGCAAUAAACGGCUUCCGGCCGACUGAAAACGCUAGCAAUCAAUCUAAAUUCUCGUCUUGGCUUACCUAUAUUAUACAGAGUGCAUGGUUUAUACAUCAAAAAUCUGUGGUAUUCCACUUCAAAAAUAACCAUAAUUUGUUAGUAUCGUUAUAUUUUAAAAUUUAAGAAAGUGUUGAACUCUCAUAUAAAUUAUUGAAAUUUACCGAACAUUUGUUCAUUGUUUAAUUAAACGAAAAUUUAAAUCAUUUAUAUUGAAUAUAUAAUUAUAUAUAUAUAUAUAUAUAUUAGGAAGAAUACUAUAUAUAACUAUGUAAAAGAAUAAUUUUCAAUAAAGUUGAAAUUUACAGUUUUAAAAAUGUCCACGUUGUCCAACUUUAUAAUAUGAUUAUGUGUUUGGGCCACAGAUUCACGGAUUGUAUGUUCCAAAAUAUUUGAAAUUAUAUAUUUAAAACAUUGGAAUAUUUUAAUAAAAAGUUGGGGUAGAAUGUCCCAUAAGGAAGUAUUCCCUCGAUUUAUUUGAACAGACUAGAACUUUUAAGUCACGAAAACCGACUAGCUGCUGCAAGUUAAAAAUAUUAUAAUAUAAAAGAGUUUUGAUUCAUAAUUAAAAUUAAAUCGAACCUCACAGAUGAAUUUUUGUUCAUACUAAAAAUGCGUUCCUCAGGUUUUAGUUUAUGAUGGUACCUAUUAGUUUACCAUUUAGUUAAAUAAACAGUUUUAAGUUCAGAGUGAAGCGAAGAAGCUUAUGGUUCUACAAUGAUGUUUAUUUAUUUUUUUUUUUUUUGUAAAUAAUUUUUCUUCUCCGGUUUACAAUGAUAGCAAUUUUCUAACAGGAUAUCUGAUUGGGGAGGUACUUUAGGGGGGUACUUUUUCUAUUUUCCCAGGAGUUUUCCCAAUAAAUGGGAAAACCUGGGAAAAGUUAAAAAAAAAAAAUACGGGAAAAUAAGUACAAUAUUAAAUAAAUAUUAUUAAAGAAAAUAUAUGAUGCCUAUGUAGCUAUUUUACCAUAAUGUGAUAUUAUAUAUUGUUGACAAAGCAACUCUAUCAACUCAACUCCAUUCAGAAUCAUUUUUUCGUUAGCAGUGGUUUAUCUUUGCUUACAUUAAAUUUCCUCUCUACUACCUUUACAAUUUCUCAUCUACAACAGUGGCUGCACUCGUCCCCAUUAUUCUAAAACAGCUUCUUUUUUUGCUCUGUUUUCAAUAAAUAAUAAACAAAAUUUGUGACGUGCAUAAGUAAUGCGAAGUAUAUCCGUCUUUUUUUUUGUUAUUAAACACAGCGCUUAAUCGAUUAUUUGUUUUCAAAUAUUUAUUCAAUAAUCACCUAUUUGAUUUUGAAUGAAACAAUUUGGUAUUAAUAUGAAUAGCAGACAAACAUUAAACACUAAUUUUCUUUCUAGUCCCAAUAUUUAAUGCUGAAUCAUUACUCGUGAACGGUACUAUUUACAAAAUUAGUGCUCUGUCUAGAAAAAAAGUUGCGUAGGGGCUUAUCUUCCGUCGGCUAACUUUAUGUAAUGGACGAACCAAAAUCAGUUUUAACACCAAAAUUAAGUGUUAGCUCAAAUUUAUGAAAUUGAUCUUUUAAACCUUUCAAAAUUUGACAAUGUGACAUGUGCAUAUUUUUUCCUAUUAUACUUUUGCCAAAAUUAGAAACAGGUAUUUACAACAAACGAUCGUCACUUCGUAAUUACAGAGAUAUAAAGUUUUUUCAAUGAUGUAUAUACUUCAUUUUGGCGACUAAAUAUACACAUUAUGUAUUAACACUAUGUUAUAUAAUUUAAUUUUUAUUAAGCACUAAUUCGGCAUUGAAUUUUGGUACUAUAAAGUAUUCCAAUUUUAAUUCAAUUAUAAAUUGGUAUUAUAACGGAUUUUGUUGCUGGUCGUAUUACGACUGCUAUCGAAAAUUGAGAAAAAUUCAAUACCUCGCUGGAAAAAAUACUCAUUUUCAAAAUAGUACCGUUGACUAGCACUUAUUCAGCACUAAAUUUGGUAAAUUUUGGAUUUCAGUGUUGGUUUUACGUCCGCUAACUUCACGUAGCAGUCGGAAGGUAAGCCCCUUUUUUUUCUGGACGUAGCAUUAAUUUUUAAAAUGGUACUAUUUCGGCACUGAAUAUUUAUACUAGAAAAAAAUUAAAACUCAAUAUCCGUCUGCUAACUUCACAGACCUAAGGUUAUCUUGGCAAUAAGGGAAAAAAAUAUAACGUUUAAUACUCCGCUUACAAUAGUUUAUCAUUUCGCACAGAUAUACAUUAAAUUACUCUAUAUAGGUAUCAACAAUAUCAGACUUUUGUAUUGUUAUUAUUAUAUAAGUAUUAUUAUUACCAUUUUCGACAAGUGUACGAUAAUUUUACGCACAUGAAUGAUACACGUUAUGUAUAACACUAUGUGUGUUUACCACAAGUAAUAACCUGGUUAAAAUAUUUUAUUAGUUUUGACUUUGGUUGACGUUACAGUCCUAUCCCGCAGUGUUAUAUAACUAUAUUAUAUAACUUGUGACGACUAACCCAUCAGUCGUUAUUCAGGUAGGUAUUCACUGCUAUUAUGAUAAUAUGUAACAAUAUGCAAAAUUGAAUUGAUAGACAUACGUACGGUGGCCGCGUGGAAUAUCGACACCGUGAUAUCGUCCUGCGUAUACUUAAUCAUUAGAUACUUACGGAUGGGUUUCGAGAUAUUUUUAAUGUGCAAUAUAAUAAAGGUAAUAUGAAAUCGUAUUUAUAAAAUUAUAUUAUUAUAUGAUAAUAUUCUAAAAUUUGUUUUCUGAUUUGAAUUAUAUAAAUAAUAAUAAUUGUUGUACGUAAAACUAUAAUAUAUUACGUAUAUAAUAUCGUUGCGCGUACGACAACAUAUCUUAUAUUUCAGUUUUUGUAGUUCUACAGGAUUAUCAAAACAUAUUAUUUUAAUUAUCUAACCUCACAGAAAUAAAUACUGAUUAUAAAAGCGCAUAAAAGUGCGUCAGGCCAAGUUCCAGCAAGCAUAAUAGUAUAGAAUCGUUUUUUUUUUUAGCAAUGGUUUAUCAUUGUGUAUAAAUAUAAAUUAAAUUAAUCUAUGUAAUUUACCCUUCCCAACUUCAUAACUACAUUGGCUGGUGGUACACCCAUCCAUCAGCAGUACCAGUCUAUUUUUUUAAUAAUAAAAUAAUCAUUUUUAGUGGUAUCGAGAAAUGUGAUACUGGAAAACGAACUAUUAGAAAAUAUUGCAUUGAGAAAAUAAACUUUUGGAAAAAAUGGUGUUGAGAAAAGAUAUGGAAAAAAGGAUUCGGAAAAUUGACUCCCUAAAAAUUUUACAAUAUAAAAGAUAACAUAGGUAAUAAUAUUUGUACGUUUGGUACGAGUUGUGACUGUUUCUCUUUUGCUCUCUGUGUGUUAAGUUAACUACUGUUUAAAAAACAAACAAUAAAGAUAUUAUUGUCACAAUCAUCAAACAUUAACACAAAUAUUUAAAAACUCGAGAUGCUUACCAUUUUACUUGUUUCGAAUUAUAUAGAGACUUUUAUAAAUAUUCAAUAAUCGAUCUGGAAAAAAUAAUAAUUAGAACGUAAGUUAAUUGAUUUGCAAUAAAGUGCACAGUAUUAAAUAACGUGAUUCAGUUAUAUCAAGUAUAAGGUUAUAUUAAAUAAAUAUAUAAUAUUUAUAAAUUAUAAUACAGGAAUACAGAAUGAUUCUUGUAAUUUUCGUGGACGAUUUUAAAUAAAUUUGAUUCUUUUUUUCCCCCUUUUUUUUAUUAUGGAAUCGCUUGAGCUAUAUUUUAACACUAUUUUAAAAUAGUUAUAUCUACUUCUUAUAAUUUCAGAUAGGUAUUCAACUCAUUUCGCUUUCGACACAGAUUCAAAAAAUAAAAUAUAAUUGUCUAUCAAUGUUCCUAUGCAGAUAUAGUACGUAGCACACAAUAAUAAUACUAAUAUUGAAUUCAUCCCGCUUAUUAGUUUAGAAUUCAGAGUGGAAGAUUAGAGAAGGGUUAUAAAUUGACUAUAAUAAUGAUGAUGGACAAUGAUUAGAGAAACACUCAGUAUAUAAGAUAAGAGAUCAAGACGUUUUAAAAGUGUAAUAUGCCUGUAAUAAAAUACUCGUAUUAAUAAUAGGUUUAAAAUACAACACAAAGUUUUAAUUAUAUUAUAAUAUUUGUUUUUUUGUGUACCCUGAACGAGCAACACGUAUGUUUCGCUCUCGCAAUUCCCGAAAUAGUGUUGUUUUUUAUUAUAGAUUUUUUUUUUUUUAUGUUAGUGUUUAUAGUGCAGAACACAGCCUUUUGGACGGAUGGUAAGUUUUUAUAAACAAACAUAUUUUAAGUGGGUCACACGCAAACUGAUCGGAUACAAUCUAUGAAAAUAUAAACGACGAUGCAAAUUCACCACAAAAUAUUUUAGUUGACGUGAGUGUUCGAACACUAAUUCAAAGUGAAAAUGUGGCCUUGAAUCAAAUGAUAGUGGAAUUGCAAUCGAAUAACGAAAAAUUACAACUUAAGAUUUCUGAAAUAACCACUGUAAAAAUAUUAAAUGAGCAAAAAGUUGAGUAUCACAAAUACCAAUUUAAAACGAAAAAAAAUUUUAGGUGGUAAUUCGUAGAUUACACUCUAAACCCGACCUUUGUGACAUUAAACACGAAUUAUCCUAACUAGGACAUUUUUUACAUAAUGCCACGAACAUUCAAAUUAAAAACUAGUCAACUAACAACAAGAAUAGUGAUUUUACUACAAUGAGGCUACCGCUAUUCUUUGUGGAUUCGGAACCACAAGUAAACAACAAAAACAUCUAUGGUCUGAUAAUUAGUGUUAUCAUAAAAUAAAAAUGAAACCUUUAAGAAAAAAAAAAAGAUGUGCUACAAUACAAAAAUUGCCAAAAUUUUAGUCAUACUCAAAACUUUUAUUUUAUGUGAAAUAUAGUGAAGAACAUACUUCACUUAAAUGCCCCAAGUCUAAGAAAUCAAAGGCAAAAUAGGAAAACUAUAGUGAAGGGCACACUGCAAAUAGAAAAUGAUUCCACUUACAAAAAAACAGUAGAAAAAUUAAAAAACAUAUAACAAAUUCUUGCGAAACCAGUUACACGAGAUGUUUCUUUUGCACAGGCUAAGUUUUGCACAGUUUUUUAAAUAAAUAAUAAAUAAAUCCAAAAAUACUAAAAGAGCUUCCAAAAAAGGCCAUAAUUUAUCUUACAAACAUAUUCAAUGCUAUUUUUCACAUAGAAUACGUUCCAAUAUAAAGAAAACGGGCACAAGUAAUCUUGUUACACAAAUUAGAAAAAUCACUUGAAGACGUCACAUCAUAUUGACCGAUAUCACUCUUUCCUAGUUUGUCUAAACUUUUAGAGAAACUUCUACAUAAACGUCUAAAACCAAUUAUAGAAGAAGCAAAUCUUGCAGCAAAACAUCAGUUUGGAUUCUGCAAUAAACAUUCGACAAUCGAUUAGGUCCAUCACAUCACUAACGUGAUAAGUAAAGCUCUCAAAGAAAAAAAUAUUGCUGCGGAGUCUUCCUUGGCAUAAUUAAAGUUUUUGAUGAAGUGUAACUGAAGGAAUUUUUCAUAAAACUGCUUGAACAACUACCACAUACUUAGAGCGCACUUUUUGAAUACUAACUUUUAAUUCCGAGUCCUACAUGAAAAAGCAAUAACUGAAUGGAAAAAUAUAUUAGCUGGAUUACCAUCAAGAAGUAUUUUAGGACCUAUACUGUACCUAAUUUACAUGGCUGAUAUACCAAACGGUUGAUAAAUUAUAUGCAUAUUAUAUUUUUUAGACAGAAAUAAAUUGUGUACCUGUAAUAACUAUAUUUGAAAAUAUGUUCUUUAUAAUCAAUUAAUUUCAAAGUUGUCAAUACUGGAUAUCAAGCUGAAAAUUAGGAAACAAUUUGCGAUUUUAGAUACUCCUAAUUAUCCCUUUCAAUCUCUUAUUGAUAAAAAUGUUGAUGCACUAAUGAUGUACUACUCAACCAUUUAACUGUGCGUAAAUUUCUUAUGAAAAGGUCGAAAAGAACAAUAGUGAUGUGCAAAUUAUAUACGCCCUUAUAUAGUACAUAGGAAAGCUAAUACUUACUAUCAAAAUUAUCGUAAAACUCGACAAUUGAGUAAAAUUUGUUGGUACGCGGACGAUAAUUUAUGUAAAUGAGUGUCUUUUUUUUUAAUCUCUGAACAAUUUUUUAAAAUAAAAUGAUUAAAGUUGCGGAUUGUUAUGUUAAAUCUUUUUAAAAAUAUGAACAUUUGAUUUUAAUAAUAUUUUUAUUUUUAGUUUAUUAUUAUUAUUAUUAAUUUUUUUUUCUUGCUACUUGUGUAAAUCUAAAGUUUAAAAACAAAUAAAACUAAAAAAAAAAUACCUCUAAGGUUAUAAUUAUUAUUUUAGCAAAAGUAAAAUUUUAAAUUAUAAAUAUUUCUGCAUAAAACACGAACAUUAAAGUCAUGGUAAUUAUACUUGUAAAAAUAUAUAUAGAAAGAGACACUAAUAAAUAACAAUUAGUAAAGUAUGUUAACGGUAAUAAACCUUUAGGUAUUUCAUUUAACUAAAAGUUAUUUUACCCUUACACCUACCACGUGAUUAAUUAAAUUAACAGAACGUCAUUAUCGUCAUGUAGUUAGUCUUGUUUGAAAAUAAUGAAAAUAUUAUAUUAUUAAUAACAUAUCAAAAGUCAUGUAGUUAAUGACCAGUAACAUUAUGGUGUAUGUGGUUUAUUUUCAUAUUUUAAAAUGUAAUAAAAGAAAUAAACGUGUAAUUUUGGAUUUAUCUAUUUGUUUUUGUUUUUUUUUUUUUCUGAACCCUUAUUGCAAAAUCCUGGCUAUGCCACUGUUAAUAACAAUAUUAAUACGUAAUUCAAUUCAGUUAAAAAAUAUAAAUAAGGAUAUAUAAAUAUAUGUAUAAUUAUUUUUUUUAAAUACAUACUUAUUAAAUAUAAAUAAAUAACUACUUACAUUCAGUGGCAUGGCGAAUGCUUAUUUAAGCGGGUGGCUAAUUUAUGUUUCACAAAAUAAUUGGAUAGUUCUAAUAAUUAUUAUAAAUUUAUAUUAUUAUUAUUAUUAUUAUUAAUUAUUGAUGAUUAUAAAACAACCAUAAUAAAUAAUCGUAUGUGUUUAAAAUCACUGUUCACUAUUCACGAUUAGAUUAUGAAUUACAGUGCUGAGAUAAUGAGACGUGAAGAUUAAAACACUUUAAGAGGGUAUUUUUGAGUGGAUUUGUAGCUCCGCCUUAUUUAUGCCUAUAGUCCUUACAAAAAAUGGGAUUUUUUUUUUUAUUAACUGUUAAAUAAGGUGGAUCUAAAAUAUUUACCUCUCAGCGAUUUUGAAUCCACCAUGCCACAGUUUACAUUAUAAAUUAUUCAACAAUUUCGAAAUAUUUUAUAUAAUAAUAGUAUUAUGAAUGUUAAACAAUAUUUAUAAUAUCAAUUAAUAUACUUCUAAAAUGAAUAGGUAAUAUACUAAUAGGUAUAUCGAAACGAUUUAAAACUGAUACGAUUCGGCACUAGCACUUAAUAUUAAUAUAUAACACGUUUAUAAAAAUUAUAAUAUUGUGUUUUACAUGAAAACCACAAUCUACAUUCUACAAUUCAAAAUAUGAUUACUUUUUUUUUUCCAAUUAUUUUUUUCGUUUGUUACAUAUAUUUAUAUGGUAAAUAUUAUUUAUAUUAGAAUUAAUUUUGAUUUUAAUCGCAUUUACUAGGUUUAUUAAGUUAUAAAAACGACAUGUAUCCAUUACGGCUAGGUAGGUAGCUACAACUCACAUAUUAUUGAAAAACAGUCCGAUUAAAAUCCGUUCUUCGAACACAGACUUCCAUUUUAUUGGUAGCAAUCAAAAACAGUAUUAUUAUCACGAUGACCGCGGCAAUAAUGAGAACUACUAAAAAACCUGAAGAAAAACAAAUAAAUUUAUUAAAUUUAAAAAAAAACUCAUGAGCAGCAGAGCUCCGUCAUUAAAGUUGAAUGUUACCCCAGCCGAUUAAUCACUGUUACGAUAAUUUAUUUAUUUCAGAUUCUAGUUUCACUAUUUGUGUGUGUUUUAUUUGUGUGCGUGUGUCUAAAAACAACUUCUCUACCAGAAAUCUUAUUCGAAUCAAAAACAAAACAAGAGAGCUUCUUUGUAGCGUUUCGGAUCUAGUUUGUUGAGUAGUUGAUCAUUUUUUGAGUUUCCAAGCAGUUUUCAUAAUAAUUGAGAAAAAUUUAAUAGGAAAAACCGCCAAGUUUAUGUCAAUAAAAACUGUCGGCUUUGUUUUAUUUCAGAAAUGUUGAGGAAUUCAAGUGUAGAAUCUUUUCUGAAAGAAAAUUGUAUCAAGUUGUUUCGUUGGAAAAUGGUAAAGUUGUAAGUUGUUUUAAAUUGUGUGAAUUAUAGGUUACGUGUGUCCCAUUUUCGAUCUUUAACAAAUUGUUUUGUUUUUAUAUGUAUAUAUGUAUGAAAUCGGAUGACACGUUUGAAUUUAUUAAUUUUAUUAAUUUGCAUAAAGCGUAUAAUUAUAUAUUGAUGUUUUUUAUUAUAUAAAUUGCUGUUAUCAAAACGUUUACUUCAAAAUGAUCGCGGUCUACGAAGAAUUUUCAAAAAUAUCGAUUUCAUUUAUCAAGUAACUCAUUAAAACGAAACAAACCUCGUUUUGUUUUGAAUCUAAAACGUACUAAUUGGUACCUUUACCUAUAUUGAUUAGAUAAAAAAAAUUAACUCACCUGUUCGGUCAAACCAAUUAUUUUCGUUAUCAUUAUUGCACUCGGCAACCCAAUCGGUUACCAACACUGGUCUUAUGAUGUCAAUAAAUUGAUCCAGUUCGCAAGCAACAGAAUCGCAACCGGGUAAAUGUAAUAAAUGCGGUUCGUGUUUGGUUGAAUUCCGAUACGAUAACUACAAAAUAUGUAUUGUAUUCAAGAUCAAACGUAUUAUAGAAUACAUCUUAAACCAGGAUUACGUUAGCGAGCGUCGCUCGUCCGACGCUUGCCAAUAUGCACCUCCGUAAGAAGAUACUUAUUGUAUUUAUGGAAUACAAGGGGAAAAGGUCCCAGGUAAGAAGGACUUUAGUGAAAUUCGUGUAGUUUUAAAUGCAAAUAACUUUUAGAUAAUUUAAGAAAUUAUUACUAAAUGACUAAAUUUCUAUUUAGGUAAUAAAUAUUAUGUCUUGUACCUUUUUCGCCAAAACAAAAAGUAUAUUAAGUACAAUGUAGUAACCUAAGAUAUUUUAGUUUUACCUAUAAUAUUUGUUAAAAUAUACAUACAUGUUUAGCCAUCCGUAUAGCCAUCAUUUCAUUUAGACCAAAAAAUAAAAGAAAAAAUUGUUUUUAAAAAUAACGAACAUACUUCACACGAUGAGUAGAGGUAGGUCCUACUGUUUUAGGAGAGAAGUUGGAAAAUUUGAUAUAUGUCUACACGCAACAAUUAAUUAUUGCUAACGUAAAACGAUUCUAAGCAGAGUUCGAUUUUACAUGUUUUGAAAGGCCGAAAUUUGUAUUACUUAAAAAGAAUAUAUUUCGUAAAUUUUCUCAUUUUUCCUACUUUUUUCCCGGUAUUUCCCAUUUUUUAUGAAAACCCCUUAGAAAAUCCUAAAACAACGUCCUUAAGGUACCACCCAAAUUAGAUUUCCUUUCAGAAAAAGUGCUACACUUAAAAAUUGGAGCAAAAUAUCUGGUAGAAAAAUUUGUUUACAAAAAAAAAGCUGUAAUAAUUACAGUUAAAAAAAAAAACCAUUCCUGGCUCUUCACAGAAUUUAAAAAAAUGACCAAAAUUGACUUAGCUCUGUUUUCUUGUGACUAAAGAAAAUAAUAAUUUUCGCGAUACCCAUUUAAGUUUUACCAAGACGGACAUACUUCGUACGUGAGUGCAGCUACUGUUGUAGGUGGGAAGUUGAGAAGGUGGGAUACAAACGGGAAUUUAAUAUAUAUCUGUACCUAAAUAACGAUAAACCAUUUCUAACGAAUAAACGAUUCAGAGUGGAGUUCAAUUGAUAGUAUUGCUUGGUCAAUAAUAUAUAUGUCAAAAUAAUUACAUAUGCGUUAAACAUUUUCUUAAAUAAUGUAUCUGUUUUCCCGUUCUCCCAUUUUUCCUACAUUUAUUUUCCGGUUCUUCCAAUGUAUUCAGAAAACUCCUUAGAAAAUCAAAAAAUAACCAAACCUAACCUAACUUAAAGUUCCUCCCUAGUCAAAUUUCCUUUAAGAAAAUGUGCUAUCAUUGUAAAUCGGAGAAAAAUUGCUGAUAUAAAAUUUGUUUACAGGACAAAAAACAAUAAUAAAUAAUUAACAUUGUAAAACCGUAAGCUUCUUCGCUCCACUCAGAAUUUAAAAUAAUUUUUCAUUAAAUACGUUUUUUAUAAAAUUAUUUAAAAAAAUGAAUUAAAUUUAAUAUAAAUACAAUGAGGCAUAUUCUUAUUUCAUUCAAUUUGUACGCGUUUCGUAGAAUUAAAUUAAUUUAAAAAAUAAAAACAAAACAUUUUGCAUACAGGUAUGUACAGGUUAUAUGUUGCAGGUGUAAACCCGGAAUCCGUCCAAACUAGUUUCCACAAAUCCCUUUAGUCAAUUCUAGUGUCGACUAGUCCAAACUAAAAUUAAUUACAGACUUAAAUAAGUCAGUCAAAACUAGAUUUUACUGAAACGCAUGUAUUCCAACCGGCACUAACUUAAACGCAUACGAUCUAUAAAUACUGAUCCAUAAAUUCGACGGGCCGGCUAUCAAAAAUAUUAAGAUUAACCAAUCGUCCAUCCAAUCACUUCUAGAUAUGAUAACUUCAACUGAUUAUACCUUAAAGAUAAUAAUUCGGCCGCUGUAGCUUUUUAUCCAGUGUUUUCGGUUUUGCCAAUUCGUUUGCCUUCGUUAUAGUGGUUGUUUACGUGUAAGUUUGUCUCGCGCAACUAGUUAAAACUAUCAAAAUAAAAAUUACGGAUUUUCACUAGACAAUUUUAGUUUUCAACAAUUUAUUUCAGACAAAACUAGUUCUAACUAAAAAAGAAUAAGUUAAAUCUAGUUUUACCGGUGAAGGUCUUAGUUGGUUCUAGUUUUAACUAGUCGAAACUAGAAUUGACUAAAGGGAUUUGUGUAAACUAGUUUUGACGGAUUUGGAUUUUAACUGUAACAUAUUUAUAUAUAUACAGGCAUGUGUAGAUAAAACAUAAGAAUGAAAAAAAAUUACAUUUCUUCGUUUAAACUUUUAAGAGAAAUAAUUAUUAGGUUAAAAGUUUUUUUUUUCUAAUAUUUUAUUUAAACUGCGGAAAACUCACUGUGACCACAUAACUCCCGGUUUUAUUUAACCGGAGUUCAAACAUCAAUACAGCACCAUACGGUACAAUUGCAUAAUUAAAAAGUUCCAUGCUGUCGAGUAAAUUGAUUAUAGUACUAUCAUGAGCCGAAUAAAUCCAAAUCAUUCUAUUAGGGUUUAGAGUCCGAUUCUUCUUUUCAACCAUACGAUGUACAAUAUCAUUGAGUAAAGCACCUGAAAUAUUAUCAAUAUUUAUACUUUAAUACUGAAAAUUUAACUAAACGACAAGCGUCCAGAAAGAGAACUGAGAAUGAUUAGAUCAAUUAGAUGUAUAUUGUAUAUUUUCUUUAUACCUAGUACAAAUAGAUGUGCGAAGUACUUGCGGUGAUUCGAACUGGAAAAGGAAAUUAGGUGGAAUGGUCCUCAGAGGUAUAAAAAGGUAGAGAAACAGAAGAAAAUAACUAAUAUAGCUUGUAAAUACCUAGUUAUCUAUAAAAUAUAGGGAUUUUAAGUUGUUCAAAAAAAUUAAAAGAAUUGUAAACAAAAAAUAGAGCUGAUACUUGGGACGGGUGCGCCACUGUACUGUUGUUGGUAGAAAGUUGAAAAGGUAGGAUACAUAAAGUUAUUAAAUUUAUAUCUGUAAGAAAAGAUUACCCAUUGCUAAUAUCGAAAAGCGAAGUUCGAUUAUAAAUGUUUUGAAAGGUCGUAAUAUUUACGAUUUUCGUCAAAGUUUGAUAUUAAAACUUUUAUAAAAUAAAUAAUACUACAUUACACUCAAUUUUUAUUACCACUAAGAACAACUUAAAAUAGACUUCUUAUUAAAUUUUCAAGCAUUUCUGUUUCGUAGAACAAUUUUAUCCACAGCUGUACCUAUCAAGUAAAAACUACAUAAAAACUCGCAAAAUUAAAAUGUCUAUAAAUAGCUCAAAAAUGGUUUAAAUAUUUUUUAAAUUUUGUCCCAGCUAGAAAAUGUAAACAUAAGUUUUUUCAAUAUAUCAAGUCUCUAAGAAUAUUUUAAACAGAAUAGCAAUAAAAAAAAACAAAAUUAAAAAUAAUGAAAGCAUAAUUUUCGUAAAUUUCCCCGUUCUAUCGGGUUUGCUCAAUUAUUUAAAAUAAUUGUUUAAACUUUAAUAAACUAAUAAACUUUAGAAACUAUUAUAGUACUGCGUUCGGUGUGAACAAUUUUGGAAAACCCAGUAUCUCGUUGGAAAAUUAAGCCCCAAUUUUGAAAAUGGUAUCGUUGGCCAGAACUAAUUCAGCACUAAAUUUUAGUAUUACAGCGGAUUUUGGUGCUGGUACUGCAUCCGCUAACUUCACUUACCAUUUGGAAAGUAAGCUCCCGCGUAAAUUUUUUCUGGACAGAGCACUCAUUUUUAAAUUAAUACUGUUUGCCAGCACUAAUUUAACUUUAUUGGUACUAGAAAUAAAAUUAGUGCUCGAUGUCCGUCUACUAACUUCAUACUAUAAAAUUAUUAACAAAAAGAAAAAAGAAAAUCCUUCGUUACGCUCCGAAUCUAAACUAAAAAAAAAACACAUCAUAGUAAAACCAUAAAAAUAAAACCAUAAAAUAUAAAACCAUCUCGCUACGUUCCAAAUUUAAAAUAUUGUUAGGAAUAAUUUAAAUUUAUAUAUCACAGUAAACAACUUUAAUUGUUUUUAUUUUUGUUUUUUUUUUUUUUUUUUUUAUGGAAUGCAAUAAUUGACGCGUUCGAAUUUAUAGUAUAUAGUAAAUAUAAUCAUUAUUCAUUAUUAUGUAGGUAUAAUAAUACGUUUCCUUCAUGUACCCGGAUACGAUAGAAACCGAAACGAUCGUCCAAUAUCCUGCAAUAACAAUAUUCUGCAAUAUCUUAUCCGAUUCGCUUUUUACUACAAUAUCUAACUUAAUGUAAUACAAAUAACGCAAGUAUACGCGUCUUAUUUUUAUUUUAUCUUCUUCAUUCUUCGUUUACGUUUAUUAUUCUUGUACACGUGCGUCGUAUCACAGUAAUAUAUAUGAGCUCGUGUGUAUAUAUAUAUUUAUACUCAUGAUUGUUUGAAUAUCGGGUUAAAAUUACAUUAUACAUACAUAUUGACCUUAUAAGAAUAACAACUUUUAUAAAAGAAAACAUUGUUUAAAAUUUAAAUGUGUAGGUUUUUUUUUUAUAUUAAAUUUUUUACGCUACCUAAUAGUGAUUAAAUUCAAAGAUAAUAAAUUUAACCCUCAUAGCAAAUAAAAAAAGAGCUAAUACUGGAGACAGGUAUGGCCACUGUUAUAGGUGGGUAAUUGGGAAGGUGGGAUACAUAAAGAUAUUUAAUUUAUACCUGUAACCUAUAACCUGUAUACCUGUUUAUUUUGAUCGCAUGCAGAUGAACAUAAGAACUCGCUCAUAAACGUUGAAAACUUAAAAUGUUCAGUGUAACACACACGAUUGAAAGUACAGGCAUAAAUAUUACUACUGGUACCUAUAAUGUGUGUUAGACAAUGGAAACGGAUAUAGGCUCAACAUUCUCUCAAUAGAUAUAAAAUAAAAUAAAUAAUACUACAGAUGGAUGCGAUAUUAUUAUAGGUGGGAAGUUUUGAAGGGUAAGAUACAUAAAGUUAUAUAAUUUGUAUUUGUACACAACGAUAAUUAUUGCUAAAAAAAUGUGAUUCUGAGCAAAUCGGUUAUACAGUGCUGUGACUUGCGAUUUUCAACAAGAUGUUCACUAAUACUGUUGAAAUACUUAUAAAAACCGUUUUACUUUUUUUUUUAUUUAUAUAAAAUACAACUUAUUACGAACCCACUGUUCAGUUUUCAAACAUUUUGGCUUAGCUAAGUAAAAUAUUUAUCCACCUUAAUUGAAAAAGCGUGAUUUAUAUGAUUUCAAAUUGGAACUUUAAAUAAAUACAGGGUGUCAAACAAUAUUAUCCUUGUACUAAUAAAUCAGUCAAUAAAUAUUCAUUUUUAUUUACAUUUUUUUUCAAUCGGGUUUUGUGUAAGGAGACAUGUUUGCAGAGAAAAGUUAAAUUUUUAUUUUCAUCCAUUAAUCACAGAAAAAAAUUAACUUUUCCACUUUUUAAAAUUUUCAAAAUAGCCGUCUUGUAAAAUAUAUCAAAUAUUCUAAAAAUUUUAAUAUAACAUAUUCAUAUCGGAUCAAAAUUUUCUUAAUAAUAGCCAUUUAAUUUCUAGAAAAUUGGCGUGAAAAACAUUAAUUAGAAUGACACGUUACGCGAUAAGGAAUGACUGUCCGCAUGGUAAUUCCUUCUCUUCCAGGCUAAUCCAAAAUGCCCCAACAAGAUAAAAAUUUUGUUCAGAAAAAGUGCUACAUCAGAUAUAUUGAAGCAAAAUUUCUAGUAAAAAAGUUGUUCAAACGAAUCAUCAUCAUGUUCUAAAGGUAACGUCUGUCGAGUUAGCCAUAUGUGACUCAUCUUUUGCUGCUUACUUUAGUUGUUGGUAGGAUGUGCAGCCCAUCUUCUCUUUUAUAUCAUGGAAAUAAUUUGUUCUAGGUCUCCUCUUGGUCUUCGUCCCAUUAUUCCUCCUUCAAAUAUAUUAUUAAGAAAAUCAUUGUGACGAAUAAGAUGACUAAUAAAUUUUAUUUUCCUUUCCAUUAUGUUAAUCACUAUACUUCUUUCCUCUCCUAUUUCUUCUAGGACUUUUUCAUUUGAUUUUCGUUCCACCCAAUUGGUCUUAAUCAUCUUCCUCCACAACAACAUCUCCAUUAAUGCAGAUUGUUUUUAUCUUUCUGCGUCAUUGUUCAUGUUUUACAACCAUAACACUCCAUACAAAAGUUCUAAUAAACUUUUUACGAGUUUCAAAUUUGAGGUGCCUAUUACUAAUUAUAUUAUACUUUUUGAGGAAAGCUUGUUUAGCGAGUUAUUCUUCUCUUUAUAUCCGCUGCUGAUUGGUUUCUAUUUGUAAUUAAGCUUCCCAGAUAGCAAAACUCUUUAACUCUCUGUAUCAGAUUGUUUCUUAGAUUGAUAUGUACCUCAUCUUUGUUAUUUAUCUUACUUAUCAACAUUAUUUUCGUCUUCUGUCAAUUGAUCUUCAGUUUAUACUUAUCAAAUAUAUCUGCCAAGGUGUUGAACAUUUAAUUCAUAUCAUUUUGAGACUCAGCUAGCAAUACAAUGUCAUCUGCAAAUUGUAUGCUGUGAACUUUUUAGCCAUUGAUCUUUAUUCCUCCCGUCUUACUUUUUAUUUCAUAUAUCGAUGUUUCAAUGAAGAUAUUAAUAAAUAUGGUGAUAGUGGCCAUCCUUACCUGACUCCUUUUCCAAUUUUAGCUUGUUUUGUUGUUCCAUUAAUAUCAAUUGUAGUUGUCUGAGCUUUAUUUAGUUUUAAAAUAAGUCUUCUAUCUCUCCAAUCAAUUCCAUUAUCUUUCAAAGUUCUAAAUAAAUACCUCUAAUUUACUUUAUCGAACGCUUUCUUUAGAUCUAUGAAAGUAGUGUAUAUAUUUCUGUUACAUCUAUUUUUCUAUCAAGAAUUUGAUGUUGUACUAGUAUCGCUUCUUUUGUCCUUCUUUCAUUCCUAAAUCCAAAUUGAUCCUCUCCUAUUUGGUUUUGUAUUUUAUUCUUCAACCUAUGUUUUAUGACAUUUAGGAGUACUUUUGAUACAUGAGAUAAAAUAGAAAUUGUCCUUUAGUUAGAACAGUUAUUUGCAUUUCUCUUUUUAGAUAUGGUAAUGCAUUUACGUGUGAAGAAGUCGUUAGGGAUCUUUCCUUUUCCAUAACAAUCGGUGAUGAUAUUAAAUAGCUUAUCUGUCGUUGCAAUGUCUAAGUUUUUUAAUAUUUCUGCUGGUAUUUCAUCCAUAUCCGUUGCUUUUUUAUCUCUUAGAUCUUUCAUCGCUUUAUAUAACUCUUCUCUGGUUAUUGCUGAUCCUAAUUCAUUCAUAUAUACAUCUUCUUCACUUUCAAUAUAAAUUUGUUUAUCUUCAGUUUCAUCUCUUCUGUGUAACUCUUCUAUGUAACUCUAUGUAAUUCUUCUUUUCGUCUAUCUGUUACUUUUUCGUUUUCAAAUAAGAUAUUUCCUGAUUUAUCUUUAACCACAUAACUUUUUGUUUUCGGAGUGUAAUUUAUUUUUUUUCACUUUAUCGUAGGCUUUGUCAGUAUUGUUUCUUAUUAAAUCAAUUUCAAUUUCUUUGCAGUUUUCCUCCAGCCAUUUACCUUUCGCGAUUCUACAUUCAGUUAUUAUUUUGUUCUUUACCUUUUUAUAAUCAUCGUAAUUAGUUUCUCUUAGUGAGUUUCUUAUUUUGAUAAAGUCCAAAAUAUUUUGGUUCAUCCCUGGUUUCUUAGAGAUUAUAUGUUGUACUUGAUUAUUGGCCGUUAUAUCUGCUACAAAUAUCGGCAAUGGUUGGUAGUAACGAAGCUGCUUACCUCCGUUACCUCCUUUUAAUCGCCUCUUACAAUAAGUAGGAGUUACUGUGGACUUAUUCUAACUCCAAAACCGCAGAGGUAAAAACGAGUGUAUACGAGAAGAUACAAAUAAUAAAAAUACAUUAUACAAUAAAAAAAUCAUCAUAAAACCAAACGCUAUGCUCUGAAUCUAAAAAUAUAUGUAAAAAAAAAUUUUAAGUAUACAUACCUCCUCGUAAUCUUUUCAACGCGAGAGUAUGCGUAGGCAAUUCUAUAUUUUGUUUGACUACGGUUAACAAUGGCUCAGGAUAUAUACUUUUAGUCCACUUUGGUAGGGUAUAGUUGAAUGUUGUCUAUCAUAUAAAACAAAAUAUUAUAAUUCUAUAAAUAAAAAUAAUUUUAACACUAUGGUAAAACUAUAGAUUAAGAGCGAGAACUUACCAACAGAAAUUUUGAAUUAUUAAAAAUAUUACCCGUAAGAAUAACAAUUUAGAGACAAUUAUAUACGAUUGUACAAUUUGUACAAUUAUUCUACUUCGUUCUGCGCCCCUGAAUCUUAUACGUUCAUAAAUAAUAGACUAUAUCGGUUUAGUAUUAGAUAUUAUAAGUAUAGGUACGACAAUAUAUUGAUAUUCCCAAAUACAAAAUGACCAUGGGAAAAAUUAAACGAAGUACCCAGAGGGAAAUAUGGUCAAAUUCAAAAAUAGUCAAGUGAAAAAACUUGAAAUUUUUGUAUUCUACCAUAUUACUUCUAUAUCCUAACUUUCCAACUUCCCACCUAUAAAUCCAUCGGGCGAACAAAUGACUUUUUUUAUUAGUUGUCUUUUAUUGUGCUUUGAAAACAUUAUUAUUAUUUGUGUUAUUAAAAUUGAUGUAUAUUCAUAUUAUAUUAAUAGAGUCUAGGUAAUAAUGACCAUGGAAAAUAUCCCCAGUUUUUUCAAUGACUAUAUUUUCCUCUGGACAUAUUUUUACCUGUGAUCAUAGGUACAUACAUCAACACGUCAAUACAAAUAUUUUACUCAUGCUGUUUGCAAUUAAAAAUAUUUUAAAAACAAAUCAUAAAAACUUAAGAACUUUAAAAAUUAAUAAGAUAAAUUCUAAAACCAAAACACGAAAGGAUAUAAUACCGACGGAUAUAAUACGUUUUUGGUACAUAGAAAUAUAUUUACCUGCAAAUAUAGAACAUAUUUGAGCACAUAAACACAUAACACAUUCGAAUAUCUCACUGGUACAUAAAAAUACUAUGUAGCCGACUUGGAAAUGUAUUAAAUUAACUCAAUAUAGAGAUGUUACAAAAUAUUCAUCCCUAAUUGGUCCAAAAUUAAAUUAAAUAAUUAGCCAAAUCUAUACAUUAUGUAUCAGUAUAAAUAAUAAUUUUAGAACAACGACAAGUAAUCAAAUAUUACUAAAAUAUUUUUAGGAUUUUUAGUCUUCCAAGGAGUGCUUUUUUUUUCUUUUUUUUAUAAAAAAGACCUUUUUUUUGUAGAUGUAGUCAAACAUUAGAAAACGUUAUAUUAUUUAUGUUACGGUGUAUGCAUUAAUUCCAAACGUGUUGCAUUCAAUGUCAAUGAAUGUAACCAAACGUGCUGCGACCUACUGAUGGUCAUUAUUAACCGAGGUCGGUGUUACUACACAGAAUAUAUACCAUAUUUAUAUUAGAUAUAUUUACCUCAACAAAAAGUACAUCGAAUAGUAAUGUAGUAGACGUCACUGCAUUUUUCCCCAUUUCAAGCUGUGAAUUAUUUUUGAUGUACUCGAACAUUGAUUGAUAUUGGUCAUAAAACUUCUGUAUUUUUGAAUCAUCGAAUAGUUUAUUAUACUCUUUUAAAUACUUUGGACAAGUUGCAAACGACGAUAUCUUCUAAAAUGCAACAUAAAAAUUGCGCUAACUAGAUCCAAAAUGCCAUGGAGAUUUUUAUAUUGAAAAGUUAUUGUGACACAAAAAAGAAAUUUAAUUUAAAAACACACAUUAUAGAAAUCAAUCAGAAAAAAUACUAAAGAAAUACUUUCUUCGUUGCACUAAAAUUCUAAAAAAUUUCACCCAUCAUAGUAAAACAUUCCUCACUCCACUCAGCAUCUAAUAAUAUGAAUAUCAGAAUAAUAACAUUUACUAAUAACAUUUUUCUUAAUUUUAUUCUUAUCUUCACGAUAAUCUCGUAUCGUACGCAUAUACGGAUAUAAAUUAAAUUACCCUAUAUAAUAUAUUCUAUUCCAUUCUGACUUGACAUCUAUACAAAAGUCACCUAUAUAUUCACAAUUAUCCUGCUUUUUUUUUACCCGGCUGUUAUUUUAACAUUUUGUUCACUCAUAAAUACUUUUUAAAUGCCCAUUGGAAUUAUAUAUGUAUAUGCAAUAGUUAAACAUAUUACACCGAAUUAUUUAUUUUAUUGGUAAAAAUUGCAUACCUAUUAUAAUUAAUAUACAUAAAUAUACUUACGUUGUCUACGAAUAUCGGUACCGUAUGUAUCGGUAUUGGUUGAAAGCUUAGCAUCGGUACCUUGUUCAAAUCGUCAUUGGUCAAAAAUGUAGAGGGAUACAUACCGGCUAAAUUGGCUUGAGCACUCAUUAUAGUUCGAUCAAAGUCAGAGCUCUGCACAAACACGUCAUCAACAUGGUAUAUUUUGGGCAACCAUCUGUCGUACCGGUCUCUCAACCAUUUUCCUAAUAUGUAUUCUCUUUCUAUUCCAACCUGAAUAAUACAUAGUAUAAAUUAUAGGUAUCACAUUUAAAAUCUUUUGGAGUCUGUCUCCUGCCAUCAUGUCACCAAGACUUUUGACGAGCAUUUUUUUUAUAAUACUUUUAAAAUUGUUUGGAUCUAUUAUGAUUACCUACUAUACUAUUAUUAUUAAUUACUUAAAAUAUCACGAUAAAAAUAAAAUAGGUACAAAUAUACAAUAAUUAAGUUAUAAACAUUAAAACAAUGAAUAAUAAUGAAACAUUUAAACAAAAAUAUGAGCUCUCUUGUGCAUUAGUAACCUUAACUAGUUUGUUAGGAAACCCCGGUUUUUUUUUGUUUUUUUUUUUUUGAGGUUUUUAAGUCCACACAAAAAUAAACGAAAUUGCAAAUUAUUAGCUACACUCCAUUAAUCAUAUACAACGGUGAAAUUAAUGAGAUCUCUGAUAAACGAUUGGUUUUUCGAUUUUUUAAGAUUUAGGUGAGAAUGGGUGUUCAGUAAAACAAAAACUAAAUAUUAAUUCUCACUUGUUUUGUUAUUAAUUUAGUCAAAAUAGGUGAAAAUAAUAGGAUAUAUUUGGAAAUAUUGGCUGGUGUAUGUACUGGGUACAAACAUAAGAUGAAGGGGGGCUACAGGUACUAUAGUCUCCUCCCCAAAUAUGUUUUAUUUCCUCUAUUUUUGGAGAGGGGAGGGAAUUUUUUAUUUCCCAUCGCAUAUUUAUUAAGAAGUGCAACCACAAAUUAUCGUUUUUCAAACCUCUAUUCUACAUAUUUAUUAAUUUUACUACUCAGAACCGUAGGAUUGACUAAUCUUUGUGAUAUUAAUUUGUAAUGAUUGUUUGCAUAAUGUAUGCAUGUAUGUAUGUUGACUCUUGAUACAUACGUAUUACUAUGGGGUACAUGAUAUAUAGGGUGAUUCAUUAAUCGUGCUUUAACUACACUUAAAAAUUCCAAAAAUCUGUAUUUGAAUACAUGCAAAAUUUAAUUGGUGUGACAUAUUUAUAAAUGUAUGCAUUUUUUCAACUAGAACUUAUAAUUGUAUAAUGGUUAAUUUAAUAAUAGGUAAGAAGUAUAGCUUAAUAAACUAUAUUAAACUAUUAAUAUAAUUCAUAAUAUACAAUUUGAGUAUUGUUUUUCGUGAAAUUGUCAUGGGUUUUAAUUCCCCCCCAUUAUAGGUAAGGCUACGCCUAUGGACUACUGUAUAGAUAAUAGAUUUAGUUUUAUUUCGUCACGGUCCAAAUAUACAUACAUAUAUUGGUUUUUUAUGAACAAUGUUCUUUGGAAAAUAUUUUAUAAUGAUGUAUUCUAACUAAUAUUUUUAAUAAAAUAAUGAAUUCAGUAUACUCACCAAGGAUAAUCCGCCAAGUCCCAUCGGCCAGUAUUUUGAUACAUUUGCGUACGGAUCGGUAGGAUAAGUUUUUUCAAAUGACCGUUCACCGUGUCUAUAUACCUAGAAAUUAUUUAAAUAGAUAAUUAGAUUUAUAUAUAAUAUGCAUUAAAUGUAUACAUACAUUUUCAAAUGGAACUACGAGUAUUUUUAUGCUUGAUUAAUAUUUAAUAUUUAAAUGCAUCUUUUUUUAUCUAAAAUUUUAAUAAUGGCCAUUGCACAAUGUUAAAUUUUAGAUUUAUAUAAAUGAUUUAAAAUAGGAUAAAAUUACACAAUAUACCUGAUUGCACUCUUCGAAAACUACUAUUAUAUUGCAAUAUAUAUGUUUAUAGGAACACGACAUAAACUUUUAUUUGGUAAAACAUUUAAAAUAUUAUAUUACUUUUUUUUAUCUAUUACCUAAAUAAGGAAAAACGUGCUAAGAAAAUGGGGAUGGGUGCAACCACUGUCAAAAGUAAUCUAAUGUACACCUGUAAGCAACGAUAAACCAUUGCUAACGAAAAAACGAUUUUGAGUGGAGUUUAUUUAAUAGUGCUGCUUUGUCAACAAUAUUCAUGUUAUAUUAAGAUCAAAUUCCAAUUAUUCCAAUUCCAAAAUUAAAAUGGAUCCCAUUUUUCCUCACUUUAUUUUCAGUUUUUCACAUUUAUUGAGAUAACUAUUGAAAAAAUAAAAAAAUGACCUUCUUAAGUACCUCCCCAUACCGAUUUUCUUUUAGAAAAGGUGUUACAAAUGAAAAUUGGGGCAAAAUCUCUGGUAGAAAAGUUGUCCACAGAACAAUAAAAAAAAGAGAGCUGAUACUGGGGAUGGGGAUGGGAGUGGCCACUACUGUAGAUGAGAAGUUGGGAAGGUAGGAUACAUAAAGUUAUUUUAUUUAUAUCUGCAAGCAAAGAUAAACCAUUGCUGACAAAAGACGAUUCCGAGCGCAAUUCAAUAAUUUAAAGUGCCGUAAUUUUUUUUUGCGAUUUUCAUUUUUAAUUUGAUUUCAAAACGCUUUUAAAAAAAAAAAGUUAUCGAAUGACUUUUGGAAAUUUUACCACGUCUAGAUAAGUUGCAUGCCUCAUGAGUUGUCUAUCGAAUUACAGGAAAAAAACUCCCGAAAAUUAAAAUUCCUUAAAACCUCAAAAGUGGCUCAGAAGUUUUGGCAAUGAUACCGUUAAAAAUUAAAUCAAAUAGGCACCAAAAUAAUUUUUUUUGAUUUUUCUAUUAAAUCAUUUUUUCUGGUAAAAAAAGAUCGUAAAAUUGUACGUUUUCUUACGGUUUUUCCCACUCAAGUGCUUUUAUUUAAAAAAUUAAAAAAUGAUCUGUCUAAGGUACAAUUUAAACUUGAGCUUUCAGAAAAAAUUCUACACUAAUACAUUGGAGCAAGUUUACUAGGAAAAAACGUGUCCAAAGAAUGGAAAAAAGAAAAAAUCGCUACGCUCGGAAUCUAAAAUAAUAUCUUUUUAAAACCAUAGCUUCUUCUCUCCACUCAGAAUCUAAAAUAUUGGGAAUAAAAAUGUGUAAGAAUUCAUAUCCAAAUCAAAUAAUUUUUAUAUUAAUAAUAUUUCAAAAUGUACACUUUAUAGGUAAUAUGCAUCAUUUCAUCAUUUAUGAAGCACCGAAUAACAGCAAAUGUAAUUAUAUUCGUCUAAUAUCCUAUCACAUGACAUAGGUUUUAUUCUGUUAUCGGGACAAUCUAAUGUUUAUUUAGUACUUACGUACAUACGACGCAGGAACACUCCACAAAUAAUAAGUUUUAUUCCAAAAAAAAAAUAAAAAUACCUAGUAGGCAAGUACCUAAUAUUCGUGAAUAGUGUGUAAAACCCGUGUAUUUAAAAAAUUUAGAAAAUAUGUGUAUUGUGUAAGAAUAAAAAUACUAAUUAACGUCUGUAAUAAAAUAAUAUGUAAACAAUUAAUAACUAUUAUACUUUAUGAGUUAUCGAUGUCAAUUAUUGCGACUUAUAUACAAUAAAAUAAUUAGUCGUGCAAAAACUCUAAACUUUAUUAAAAGAUGUGAUACACGAUUUUACAAUAAAUCUAACCUACAUAAUACAAUAUAACUAUUUUUGUACGCCCGAUAUAAUACGGACGUAUAUUGCAAAAUUAAAAAAAAUCGAGUGACAAUAGAAAUACACGUGUCUUAGAUAUAUAAGUCAUGACUUCAAAAAAGGAGAAGGUUCUCAAUUCGUUUUCUUUCAAUGUACUUUUUAACAAUAUCACCACAGUAUUUUAAGUAGUAAAUAUUAAACACUAGAAUUGAAAUUGAAAAUGUUUCAUGUUGAAAAACAAAAUAUGUAUAGGUAUUGCAUUAUUAUUCAACCACUGAGUCUAAAUAUGAUUCAUCCGCAAUCACGCAACUGAUUCAUAGCUUUUUAUCAAUUAAUUACGUCUAGUAAUUAAUACGUCGCUAAUUCUCAAUUAUUGUGAUUAGGUUAUUAUGAGAUACAAUUAAAACAGCUCACACAUUUAUUGAGAAAAUCAUAAUAUUAUUAUGUUGACCCUAUAGUGGUAUUGGUAACCUAACCUAAACAUACCUUUAAAAGUAUCGCCAACCAACCAAAUUUAAAUUACAUCGAUCGUGUAGUAAUCACACAUCAAUACUAAAAAUUAAACGUUUAUAUCAGGGGUAGAUAAUUGGUGGCUCGCGGGCGAAACCGACUCGCGGAGAGGAAUAAACGGACCGCCAAAAUUCUUUUCUUUUAACGUUUGUUUUUUUGUGUUCAUUAUAUGUCUCUGUAUAGAUAAGGAAUAUCCAAGCGUCCAAACAUAAUCUAUAUUUAUGAUACAUUUGGUAUAUUUGUAUAUUAUUAUAAAAUAGUAUACAGGGUGAUUCCUUAAGCGUGCUCACCCUUUUGGUUAAAUUUUGAGUGUGUUCAAAUUCUAAUUUUUGAAAUAUUUAAAUGUAGUUAAAGCCGAUAUUUUCGAAUAAUUAGAUUUUUCACAACAUUUAAGGGGUAUCCUUUGGUGAUACCAACUUUGAUUUUUCAAAUGAGAACCUAUAUUAAAAAUUCCAUAAACAGACAGAGUAUUUCAUUAAAUAAAUGUUGGUGUCAAAAUUUUUGAUUUUCAUCAACUCAUUAACGAAAUAUUCCACUUUUAAGUUUAGGGGAAGAAUAGUGAAUCACUAAUAAAACGCCGUGCGCCGUACCGCCACACUAAUGAUACUCCACUACUCUCGCCCUACCAAAACUUAAAAAUGAAAUACCUCGUUAACGAGUUGGCAGAAUUCAAAAAUGUUGACACCAAAAUUUAUUUAAAGUAAUACUCUUUCUAUUUAUGGAAUACAAGUUUCAUUUGAAAAACCUCAGUUGCUAUCACUACAGAUGAUCCUUAAAUGUUGUGAAAAAUCUAAGUAUUCGAAAAUAUCGGCUUUAACUACACUUAAAAAUUUCAAAAAUUUGAAUUUGAAUACAUGAAAAAUUUAACUAAAGGAAUCACUCUGUAUAUAUUUUAUUGUAUAAAAUAAUUAAAUAAUGUUAUAUAAUAAUUGUAUUUUUGAUACAAAAUAAAAACACUUAUUAACGUAAAAAUGAAUGUUUUUCUGGAAGUGGUAAAUAAGACAGAAAACCAAAUGUGUAGAGAAUGAACUGUUUUCAUUGUUCAACUUCAAAUAUAUAUGGUCCUUGAAAAUUUUUUUUCAAAUUAUUCGGUCCCUCUGUGAAACUCAUUUCCAACCCCUGGUUUAUAUUAUAAAUGGAAACGGAAGGAUGCAUUCUAUGUUAUACACGUCGGUGUUUUCAAAUUAUACAGCAUUUUAUAAUAUUCACGAGUGUUUCACGGGAAUAGAGGCAAAAACAAAUAUUUUAAGUAGGGAAAUAAGUGCCAUUACAAGUUUUCAAAAGAACAUCGUGCAUUUGACGUCCAUCUUACCCAUAACAUGAAGCCGGUCAAAUUGUUAACUUGUAGGGAAUUCAAAAUUCAAUAUUCGACCUCUUUCGAAAACAGAGUUAAUUGGCUCAGUAGUUAAGUACUGCGACUUUGGUGACCAAGAAAUACAAAACUUUUCUAGAUUUUGAGUAAAACGAGGAAUAUUUAUUGGUUUUACAAUGAUAUUUAUUUUUUUUCUGUUUACAAAAUUUCUCCUAAAUUUUUUCUUCAGUAAAAACUUUACAAGGGACCUUUUUCAAUGGAUUUUGGCUCUAGCAGAUACUUUACAAAAGUAUUUUUUUGAAAUUCUCAUUAAUAUUCUAGAUAAUAAGAGAAAACUGAUUCUUUAGGUGAAAAAAAAUUAAAAAUAAGAUUGUCAUUGGCAGCAGUUUUUUUUUUUUUUAUUAUAUUUAUUUUUAUUUUUAUUUUAUUAUAUUUAUAUUUAUUAUUUUUAUUAUUUUUAUUAAGUUUUAAUUAUUAUAAUAUUUUAAUCAUUUUUAAAAAAUCGUCAUGAAAAUGCACAUUGUUGAAAAGACAAUAAUAUUGACUGAGCUUCACUCGGAAUCGUUUUUCAUUAGCAAUAUUUAAUCGCGCGUUGUGUAUAAGUAUAAAUUAAAUCCCCCUGUGUAUUCUAGCUUACCAAUUUCUCACUUACAAAAGUUGCUCACUCAUGGUGCGAAUUAUGUCUUCUGUCGUUUUUAGAUUCAAUGUGAAGUGAAGACGCUUAUAGUUUUAAAAACAUUUAUUUUUAUUUUUAUUUUUUUUUUUUUUCUGUGGACAACUUUUCUACCAGAAAUUUUACUCGAAAUUUAAAUGUUGAACCUUUUCUGAAGUCGAAUUAGGGAGGUAUUUUAGAAACGUAAUUUUUCGAUUUUCCCAGAAUUUCUCCCAAAAAAUUUGAAAAACCAGGAAAAAAUAUAAAAAACCAUAAGAAAAACGGAAAAAUGGAUACAAUAUUAAACAAAUAUUAUUAAUGAAAAUAUAUAAUGCUUAUGUAAUAAGCAUUUUAUAUUUUAUAUUUUACCAUAAUAUGACAUGUAUAUUGGUGACAAAGCAACACUAUCUACAACUGAACUCCACUCAGAAUCAUUUUUUCGUUAGCAACUAUUUAUUGUUGCUUACAGAUAUACAUUAAAGUGCCUCUCUACCACCUUCCCAGCUUCUCACCUACAAUAGUAGCUACGCCCACGUGCAAAGUUAUCCGACUUUUUUUACUUAACAAUAACAAUUACACUUCAAACUAAUAAUUAAUAUAGAAUAUAUAAUGCAUACGUAUAUGAUAUAAAUACAAAUAACUAGAUGCUGAAAAAAAAAAAUGUUUAAGGAUCAACGAGGAUCGCCUCCUUGUGGUGGCUCCGGAAUAACUCUAAAUGGGGUUCUUAAACUAUAUUUAGGUAGAAAGAAAUAUAUUAGGCGGAAACGAACGACGUCCGGGUUUUCAUACUGUCGUGUUAUUUUUGAAGAAAUAUAGUGUGCCCAAAAGUUGUGUUAAUUUUGCGGAAACAUGUCAAAUUGUGGGUAGCUUUACCUAAACGUGUUACGGUUUAAUACCCAUAGGUACAUUCAUCACAGUGCGCGUUAUCACAAUCUUUGUUAUACAAUAAUGUGUCAACUAUAGUUUAUGACGCAAAUAACAUUAAUUUUUAUAUUCGUAAUUUAUAUAUAAUAUACAUACUAGUGUUGUAAAUAUGAGUUGUCCGUAUUGGUCAUGCAAAGGAUCGAUGCCCACAAUGUUUUCGACAUGGCUACUGCAGAUGAAAACCAUUAAAGGCACGAUUAAUUUGUUCAUUUUUUUCACAUGAAAUUAUAUAGAGUUUCAAAUCUAACGGAACAUGUUCUAUUAGUUUAUUGUUAAAUUAUGAAUAGCAAAACUAAUAAUUAAUAGUAGUGUAAUAAUCCUAGCCGCUGCUACUGCAGCGUAACUUAGAUUUCAAACAAGACGUUAAGAGUGUCACAUAUUAUUACACUUAACAGAAUACAAUAUUAUAAACCGUACUAACCGCAGUUCAAAUAAAUAUUAUUACCAAUCGAUUUGUUAACGACUUCAUAAUUAUUUUUAUCAUUUUGAAAUAUUAUGAUGAUAUGAGAUAUUAUUAUUGUUCAAACGGGUUCGAUGAUAAUUAUUAUACCUACAUUAUAAUAGCUAAAGCAUUUAAAAUAAAACAGUUUUUAUAAUAAUUAAGUAUAAUAUUAUCGUUUAAUUAUUGCACUUAAAUCGUUGCACUUUCGUGAUUUGUAAAUUUUAAAUUCCGUACAUGGCAAUUAUUAUUUAAGUAGGUAGUAUAUUAUUUGUUUACACGAUAUUAAACGUGUGUGUAUUGUAAAACAAUAAUAUAUACGCACACACACGUAUAAUACUAAUAAUAACAAUUUAUUAUAUGUUUAUGUCUGUUAACGACUUUUCUACCAGAAACCUUACUCCAAUCGUCGACUUCAGAAAAAUGUUAUCUACCGGAAGAUAUUUUUUUUUAUUCUGGUUGGUUAGUUUACAGAGUGUUGUAUAUGCCAACACAAAUAUAUAAACAUUGUACAUUCGUUUAGUCACCAAUGUUAUUAAGUAGGCUAGUGAAGCAAAUAUUCUGAGACAAUAAGAUAAAAAUUAUAUUUAAAGCCGCCCAACCGAGGCGAAAGGGGAGUUCGGCAGAGUCUUUGAUUAGAUUACGUAUGAGUACGCUGACUAGAGGGGCUAGCGUAUUAUUUGUGUUUGUUUUUAAUGCAAGGUCUUUUAUGCUUUAGCGUAUAUUCAUGUUCUGUUUUUGAGUAGUCACAAUCAAUACUUUCUCUUUUAUUGUGAGUCCGAUCUGAAACCGGUUAAUUCAUGGUCUUUGUGGAUAAAAUCUAAAUAAUCAAUUAGUCCAAUCAACCCUGGAGUAUCAAACUGAAACUGGUUAGUUCAUCGUCUUUUGAUUACUCCGGUUUGUGUUUGAGCGGUUUGUAUUCCUUGUUAAAGGGAUAUACAAUACUGAAAUUUAUGUUGCCUUAUAGUUUUCUUAACAAAAAACUCGUCAGAAAAACGGUAAAGUGGACGCAAUAACGGUUUCCGUUAUUUUUGAUAAUGUUUUAUCGUAAAAAAAACCUGAAUAUAGCACUUUCUAGACGCAGUAAAAUUUUCAAAACAAUCUACAGAAUUUAUUCUUUGUACCUAUCUAAUAAUAUCUAUGAGUAUACUGUAUAACAGUCAAUUUUAAUGACCACGACGACCGCUCAUGAAUAUUCGCAAAUAUUAUAUCGAACAUGGGCCUUGAAUGUGAUGUUACCUUGAAUACCUUGUAUAUACUGUCCGUUUUUUUAAUUCUGGUGGAAGAGUCAGGGGAGGGAGAGGAUACUAUCUUACAAUAAAAUAUAGACCACAUUAUGAUACGCUCUAUACCAUACUAUGAUAUGUGAUAGGAAAUCGGUAUAGAAAAUAAUAAUAGGUACUACAUGUUGGUGAUUUCGAUUUUAUUCACGUAUUCUCAAGCCACCCCAUUGACCAAUCAUCGCGUUGGGCUUUUGACCGUUGAUUAAUUCGACGACGGCGUUAAAUGCGGUAUAUAAAACACGAUUUUUCAUUUAGUUUUCUGCACACGAGUCGCGAAAGUCAAGACAAUUUUUAAAACGGUAUUUUUCUUAUUUUCUCACAUUUUAUACUAUGAGGCAAUCGAAUAAUAUCAAAAAAUUAUCCCGUUUUAAAAUGGACAUCUGCGGACUGAACCCAAAAGAAAAGCGUGACCUAUUCACAAAUUAUGAUGAAGCAUUUAAAUGUAAUAUAUAAAGUAAUAAAAUAAUAAACUAAAAUCAAAAUUAUUAAAAUGUUUAAUACUCGUGAAUAAACAUAUAAUAGUAUAAAUAAAGUAAUUUGAUGAAAUAAAAACAAAAUUGUUUGAUUAUAGUUUUAAUUUAUGUUUUCUCGUUUCCAUAUUAUAAAUUUAACAGUCAUAAUAUAACGAAUAAGAACCUAUUGGUUAAUGAAAUUAAAUUUUAAACUCAAUUAAAUGUUCAAAUAUAAGUUUCAUUAAUUAUAAAUACAAUAUUUUAGAAGUAUGUAGUAUAGUUUGGAAUUUAAUUAAGCGUUUGCCGCCUGUUUUAUAUUCAAUAAUCACUGCAAAGAAAUCGUACAUAAAAAAAUAAAUGAAUUCAUAAAGUAUAUUGAUUAAAUAUACAUAAGUUGUAGUCCAUUCUACGUGGGUAAUUAAUUAAGAGGACACAACACCCGAAUUCAAUAUCUGGGUCUAUUUUCACGGGCAACAUAGUAGAACUAUGUUACGCACAAAACAUAAGGUUAUUAACGCUUGUGGCGUUUAUAGGGUAAAACUACAGUUGAAAACACAAGUAACAAAAUUUAAAAAGAAGAGAAUAUUUUCGAGGACAGUAUACUCGGACUUAACUGCUUUUUUCUAAAAUAUUGUCAAACCAAAACUUUCCUAUUCCUUCGUUCUUUCUACGUUUUUCUUUAGUUUUUCUUUAGUUUACGUAUCGUCGAUCAAAAUAAAUGAAAUAAGAAAUUAAUAAAUAAUAACAGUCGCUUAUAACGCCAAACUGAACAUAGAAAUUACUAUAUCCAUUUCUGCUGUAAACAAUAUUAUUAUUAAAUUAUAAAUUAUUAUUAUUGUUUCCUCAUAAUUGAUUGUAUUGAUUGUAUAGGUUACUUUUGUACCAAAAGAUUGAUUCAUGAAAAUGAAUAAUGCUAAUUAAAUUUUACCAGCCGACAACCACUGUCAAUAUUCUCGAGUGUUUUUUGUCUUAAUAAUCGUUAAUGAAAUAAAGUAAUUAACUAUAUUUAAAAUAAAAUUAGACUUAAAUUUACGAAUUUCUCUUGUUACGACAAAUAAAAUAUAAUUAUACAAUCUCCUUUAUAAACGUUUUUCAACUUUAGGAUGAUUUUUUUUGUCAAGAUCCAUCGAUUUUCCCGGAAUAUUUUUAUAUUUGUGGAAUUUUAAAUAUUUAUUUCAACACGAUUUUCGAAUCUUUACUCUUAUACUCUCGUACUCUCUUUAAACCUUAAAUAAGUAAAUAUUUUGGAUUUUCAAACAGAAAAAUAAUUAUAGCCUCUUAAAAUUUAGACCGGAAACGUAGGGAAGGGUUAUCAUCUGAAAAUGGUUGCCACCAGUUUAUUACCAGUGGUGCCCAAACUAUACUUCGCGUAUAGCAAUCGUGUACAUAGAAUAUUUUGGAUAGGUGUGUGUUCCCGAUAAAUGAGAUUUAGGAUAGUCAGGUAGAAUGGGUAUAAAGAUUCAAGGUAGUAGGUUAUAGGGGUAGAAAAGUAUAAAUUUAUAUGGGUAAAUGUGUUUGAGGUGGGUGGUGGUUUAGAAUUUCAAACUCUGCUACACCAUAAAAAUAUAGUUUCGGCGAUACUGUUUAUUACCUUUUCCUUCUCCUCCAAUCUAUAUUUUAAAAGAGGUAGCAUGAGUUUCAUACAGAAAUCAAAUUUAUUCAAAAUGCUCCAAAAAAAUCGCUUGAUCAUGGUAAAUUGGAAUGUCCUAGUAUUUUAAUUCGAAAAUGUUUUUCUUUCAUCUCUGUGUUACCAAAAGACUAUAAUUUAGUGUAGACCAAUUUUUUAUGCAGUUUUCCAAUUAUAAAUUGACUUUAAUCGUAAUUAUUGUCUCGUUUAAGUAACUGUCUUCCAUUUUUUCGCGAUUUAAGCUAAUACAAAAGACAGUUAUAGUAAUAUAAACAAAAACCAAUAAUAAUCUCAGCAGUUUAUUAUUGUUCACAGUGUCAUAGUCGUUAAUAUUUCCGUAAAAUUCCAGCGAUGUGACAAAUAUUAUCAUCAUUAAUAAUUAUUCAGAAUAAAUAAAUUACAAUGACCGGCUUUGUGUAUACUACAAAUAAACAACAAACAAUUAUAGUUAAAUAUUAGUCAUUACCCGAUGGUUAGAAUUCAAUCAUAUUUUCGCAUUUGUCGCUAGAAUUGCUACCUAUAUUGAUGAUUAUUAUCAUUUAUUAUAGUAUUAAACAAAUAAAUAAAAAAAUGUAUUUCGAGUGUUUAUAAUGUAUGAUGACUAAAGACCGGAUUUAAUUGAUAUUGCAACUUUUUUUGCAAUACAGAUUUAUCUAAAUCGGAUCUGAUUAAAUAUAUAGCCGAUAUAUACUAAAAAUAUUCUGCCUAUUUAAUUUUAUAAUACAAUUUUUUUCAAUUUUUCCACGUUUUUAAAUCAUAGACGUUUAUCGUUCGUCUGGAGUUUUCUAGAAGCCUAGAGAGCCCAACAAGCGACAAGUGUCUGUAUAUAUAUAUAUAUAGUGGCACCAUCGAGAAUAAAUACAAAUAAAUACAGAAAAGAAAUGUCAUGCCAGGUAUACCUUUACCACCGGAACUUAUUAUUACAUGAUGAGGGACAUGGUUAAGCGCUGCACUUUUCUAUGCAAAUAAUUUUGAAAAGUUUAAAAAGUGAUUGAAAGUUUAACAGAUGAUACUCCAAAAGUCGGAAAGCUGAAGUAGCUUGUACAAAAUAAUGCAGUCAAAUGUAGUUUGGCAUUCAUAAAAUUGCACUUAUCUGAGUUAUCCAUGAAUCUUAAAAAUUUGGAAGAAUCUAAUAGUGAACUGCUGAAAAGCAUGGAUAUAUUUAGAAAAAUUGAAGAUAUUUUAGCAAAUAUUCCUGGUCCAAAUGGUAAAAAAGUUAAAGAAAAAUUUAUGUAUUUAAUUGAAAAAAAUGAAGAGUAUAAAGCUUUAAAGUCUUACUAUGAAGUCAUGCCAGAUAAAACAAAUGUUAAUUUAGAUAUAACGCCUACUUUAUUAAAUUAUUUUUAAAAUUCACCAAUAAUUAAUGUAGACGCACAACGCAAUUAUUCUUUGUGCAAACCUAUUUUAAGUAGUAGAAGAUUUAAUUUUAAUGAAAAUAAUUUAGAAAUGUAUUUAAUUAUCAAUUUUAAUUAAAAAAGUAUCAUUUAUCUAAUUUUUUUUAUAUAACUUUUGCAUUUUUAUAGUGCAAUUUAUUAUGCAAUUUUUAGGUAUUAUUUGGUGCAAUUAUAUAAUUUUAAUAUGCAAUUUUUGUGUUUUAAAUGUAAUUAAAUCCGGUCUUUAAUAAUAAUAUAUAACAUAGUAUUAUAAGUACGCUCGUUUUUCCAAUCAGAUCAAAAAAGGUGGUAUUAAGCUUUAAAAUGUGGUGUAUUUUUAUUUAUUUAUUUAUUUAUUUUAAUUAAUUCAGGAAAUAUUUUCCUGAAGAAUUCUCAAUUUAGUAACAUAAAAAUCACUAAAUAUCUGAAAAAAUAUAAAUUUAAAAAAAAAUGCUAUUUCUGGACUUUAUAUAGCAAACAAAGUUUAUAAUGUGCGUUUCUAUGACAACAAUGAUUUUAUAAAAACUUAAUAAUAACAAAAAAUAAAUAAAAACGGUUGCCAAUGACAACCUUAUUUUUAAUAUUUCAAUCUUUUUCAUCCUACUAAAGAACCAGGUUUUCUUCAUUAUCUCAAAUAUUAUAAUAAGAAUUUCAAAAAAAACCUCUUUAAAGUACUACCAAGAAAACAUUUGCUUUCAGAAAAGGUGCUAUACUUAAUAAUCGAAGUAAUCAUUCUGGUAGAAAAAGUGUUGACAUAAAAAAAAAUAAACAUCAUUGUAAAACCUAAAGAUGGUUUUUCAAACGGUAAUAUACUCAGAAUACUUAUUUUUAAGAUGGUACUUUUUUUUUCACACCUAGCCAAAAAAAUGUUUAUGUUUAACUAAACAAGUUUUUAUAAUAAAUAAAAAUUACUUCCACCAUAAAAACAUUCGCCGCAUAUUAAUAUGAAAUGAUAUGUGUAAUUAUUUUAGCACUUUUAAUCAUCUUUUCAAGUGAUUGGUGAUGGUUGAUGUUAAUUGAUUGUGACAAAUUUACAAAAAAUCGUGUGAUAAAUCAUUUUAGAGUAGGAUUUCGCAACAAAUCGUUAUAAUAUCUACAUUGAGAUAGUAUGUGAGCAGAUCUACAAAUAAGCACAAUUAAUAUCAAGUAAGGUAUAAUAUUUGUUCAUUUCGUGUAAUUUAAAUUAUUAAUUUCCUUUAAUUUAAAAUUUCAAUACAGAUAUUAUUUUUAAAAUAGGUAUAUAUUGAGUACGAAUAUUAUAUGAAAAACCAUUAUUUUUUCCACCCUGUGCACAUAUAAAGGUAUAUAAGUAUAUAUAUAUGUCUAAAUCGAAAAAAAAGAAGAAACUUAUUUCUUUGAAAUAUUAUGAGUUUAUCAACACAGGUCCUAACUACUUUAAUCAAAUAGUUAAAAAAAAAAAAAUGUAUUUUCAAGAUUAUUUUUUUAAUAUCUACAAAUUUAUUAUGUUUCUCUCGCUGAUUUUUCAAUGUUUUCAUUUCGCUGAAUUCGGAAAUUCAAAAAAUGUCCCUUCAAUGUACCGCGUGUGUCAAAUUACAUUUAUUAUAUAUAAUAUUGCAGUUUAUAUGAAACUUUUCGAAUAUUUUUACUAUACCAAAAGUUUUUUGAAGACACCAAUAAUAAUAAUAAUACCAAACAAUAACACAUUAUAUUAGAAAAGUAAUAACUCUUCGUUCUGAUCAGAAUUUAAAAUGACACAAAAACAUUAAGUAUAUUAUAUAUUUUAUUUCAAGGGGUGUUGUUUGUGCGAUGCAUUAUAUUGCAUGGAAACAUGUUAAACAGCAAUAUAAAAACAUCAAAUACCCUUGUUUUAGUUUAAAAUAAAAAAAUAAUAAAACUUGCUCAUUAAAUAGCUAACAGAUUUUUACGAUAAUUAUUUUUCGAAACAUAACAAAUAUUUUGCAAUUAAUUAACAAAAUUUAACUUCAAUAACAAAGAGUUAAAACUACGAGAGUGGCAUUAUUAUACUCCAGGGAAAAAUAACUUAAGUCAAUUUUUGGCUUAUUGAAAUUAUUUUUCAUUUAUUUUUUGGUCUAAAUGACACAGAUGUACAACUAUGUAUGUAUUCUAACACAUGUUAUACUAAAAAUUUAAUUUGCUCGUAUUGAAAACCAUACAAAACAGACUUAAACCCUUCUUACUUGGAACCAAAUAUAUAUAGUGUAUUCUAAUAUUUUGAGUAACAUUUAUAUUACAUUCGUAUAUUAGCGCAGUAACCAUAUAGUUGUGUAUUUGUGUAUCACCUAUAUUACAGGGUUAAAGUGAGGGGACGCAAGGAAACUAAGUUUCACUUCCUUUGACUGCACUUAAAAGGAAUCCUUUUUAACAAAUUCUCCAUAGGCACUAUGGGUACAAUUCGUAUAGUCCUUUAAAUUGAAUCAAAAUAGUUUAACUACCGUUUAAAAUAAUUAUUUAUUUUGAAAAUGUAAUAAUUUUAGAUAAUAUUUUUCAAGUAAAUCUUUGAUAAAUAAUACAAUUCGCAUGGCUUAAAUUUUAUCUAUAUUCUAUAGUGUAUAGUGUAAACCGACAAUAAAUACAUAUCAUAACGUAUUAUUAUUAUUUUGUGGCUUUACAUGACGUAGUUGUUAGUAAUGUUAGUCUUAAAGAACAUACAUCCAUACAUACUAAGGAAAAUAUAAUAUAUAUUAUGAGUAAUUGUAUGCAUAUUCUGUUAUUCAAAUUUAUUUAAGAUUGAAAACAUAGCGAAGGAUCUAUUUUUUUUACUAUAAUGAGCAUUUUUUUUCUGUCUGUAAACAACUUUCCUCCUAGAAAUCUUGCUCCAGUCAAAACAUGACAAAAGACCUUUUUUGUUGCAUUUUGACUCUAGUUGAUACAUUAGAAUGGUCAUUUUUUUGAAAUUUUCCAUUAAUAUUCGAGAUAAUAGGUUAAAAAAUAUUAAAAUAUUAAAAAUAAGAUUGUCAUUGGCAACCGUUUACAUUUAUUUGUUUUUGUCGUUAAGUUUUAUUGUUUUCUAAUCUUUUAAUCUUUUUUAAACAAUCAUUAUUGUGAAAAUGUACAUUGUUGAAAAAGCUAUACCGAGCUCCACUCAGAAUCGUUUUCCAUUAGCAAUGAUUAAUCGUUGCGUACAGAUAUAAAUUAUAUUCCCCUCUGUGUUCUACCUUCUCAACUUCUAAAAUAAUAGCCUGCUCGUGGUGAGAAAUAUGUCAAGUGGUUUUGUAUUUUAGUUGUAAUUCAAUUAAUAAUAUUCGUAGAAACUUGAAUUUUUGAUAGAUUGACCUUUUCUAGACGUGGUAAAAUGUGUAAAAAUAUUGUGAAAAUAUGUUUGAGCUAUUUAUAUAGGCAUUUUAUAUUCACGAGUUUUUUACGUAAUUUUUACUUGGUAGGUACUAUGUAGAUAUAAUUUUUUGACCAAACAGAAAUGCUUCGAAAUUGAACAGUAAGGUCAUUGAAAGCUAUGCGUAGCAAAAAAAAAUUUUCGCCUACGACUACGGGUACAACCAUCACCUCAUUUUGUUAAUUUUUAUGUUAGCGUUAAAAAAAUAUUAUGUACAAUGAAGUUUUAAGAAAAAUAUUAAAUUUUCUGUUAUUAGUUUUUCUUACGUGUCUUUUCAUUAAUUUUUAUACAAACGCAUUAAAAUAGUUAUUAUGGACAGUGAUAUAAGUAAAAAAAAGAAUGUUACUAUUAUAUUCAUAUUGUUUAUUUAAAAAAAAGGAAUGCCAGUUUCAAGCGAAUCGAGAAAAAUUUGUUUUGUUUGACAAAUUAAUGAAGAACCUUUCCAUUAAUGAUUUGGUGUUCGGGACAACACUGAAUGGAGCACUCAAAAUAAAAUAGGAAUCACAGAGUAUCCUUCGCCUUUUUUUGCCCUGCUUAUAUAGGUAUUAUUAUAUUGGUAAUUCAAAAUUCUGUAUAAAUAGCUGUACAUUAUAACAAUAUACAUACUUAUAACCUGUUAUAUAUUUAAAUUCAGUGCUCCAUUUGGGGGACAUCCAGGGGAAUUGAGUACCCCAACAUUUUUUCAAUUAUUGUUGUACCUUUGAGUUCAAUCAUUCUUCUGAAGGAAUUUUGUUUAAUCCCAUACAAUCCCCCUUCUUUCAUUUUUUCAAUUCGAGUUUUGCGUCUGAAAUUUAAUAAUUUAUAUAACAACAAUUUUUAAUAUUAGGAAUUAUUAGGAUUUUUUUGUUAUUGUUUCUCUUAAGUUUAAACACCUGCCUCAAUAGUUAUACGUUCUGAUUUUGGCUCCUGUAGUCUGUAGCAUUAAAGUUCAUUUAUAAUACAUAACAACAUUAUAUCAGACGAGGUCUAAUAUUAAUAUUUCAUGGGUCGUAUUAAAUUUGCAUUAUGCAUUAUUAACGAAUAUUAUCGUUACAACAGUUUACAGUAGGUAGGUAAACAAAUUAACGGCGUUGUCAAUAAAUUCGGUAAACCAUAUUAUAUAAUAACAAUAUAUAUUAAGUUAGGUUAGGAAAUGUAAUUUGCGAGUAUAAUUGAAUGUUAUAGAUACGUACAACUUUUGUUGCAAGUUUUCUUUUUAUUGCUUACCCACCUACCGUAAUUAUUAUCAAUCUUUAAAAAAAAAAAUGAUAACAGAACAUAUCCAGUAGACAGGUCCUGUCCACAACCAGAUAAUUGUACAGUCGAGUCACGAUAACUCGAAGUUGACGAGGGGUAAAAAAGAUCGCUUCUAGAUACAUAUUAUUCAAGAUAUCUAGCUCGAAUUUAUGAAAAUUAAAUCAAAACUUCUAGUUAUACAAUGAAAUAUAAACUCAAAAUGUCGAUCUUUUAUAUUUUAUUGCCUUCAAAUUUUAUGAAAAUAUCCACCUUAUUUUUUAAAAAUAUUUACAGCGUAUUUAGUGGAAUAUUAAAUUCUUUCGCGGUGUCCUGUUUUUUUCCACCAACCGUAUCGCAUGAACUUUGUCUGCUAUAGUUAAAUGGUGUAGUUUUAGUUUACGAGACAUGUUAAACAUACAAAAAUACUUACGAUAGACGUACGACACUUAAAGGUAGACACACACUAACUCUUGCUCGUAAUGGACCGGAACGCAACGGAACGGCGCCCCGAUUUGUAAUAAUAUUAGCUUUUGGAUUCGUUCUGGUUGGUUGUAAUUAGAGUUUUAAAAUUCCUGUUCGUAAAAAUAUGAAAUUAACGUUGAAGAAAUUAAGACGAUUGUCACUCGGUAAGAUGUUUCCGAGAGUAUCACAAUCAGGAGGAUUCAAAUGAUUAAUACAAAUUUUUAUAAUUAAUAGAAUUUUCUUUCGACAAUUCUAUUAAUAACAAAACGAUGUCAUAUAUUCUCCAAAUACGACCGUUGUAUCGUGUAAAAAUAAUAUGUAAGUAAUCGUUAUUAUUGUCGGUACAUCCGAGUUGGGUCCUGCGUUCAAAAAUCUACACUAGUUGGAUUUAGUAGUUAUUCGUCUAUUACCUUAAUAUUAAUUAGGUAAUGUAAUAGUUUAGAAGUUUAGAAAAAUAAAACACAAUAUAUCCAUCUUAAUAUCCACCAGUUGGUAGAAUUUUUAAAAAGUACCCGAAUAGAACUUACAUGAAAAUGAGAAGUUCGGAAAUAAAACGAAACAAAAUUGUAUUUUACAACGAGAAAAAUGCCUAAAGGAUUAAACGACAGAAAAAAAUCACUGGCAAAAUAGAUCCUAAAUCUGUAAAAUUUAGAAGGAAAGCGUUGUGGAUUGCAUUUGAACGUUCGGACCCAACUAGUAUAUUAUCUACCGAAAGCCAAGACCCAACCAGUGUAGUACCCAAAAUUCAUCGGGACCCAACUAGUGUGUUAUCAAAACCGCUAGGGUCCGGGAUCCAACUCGGAUUCAGCCAUUUUUGUAGGUUUUUGAGAACUCUAAACUUUCUGUAGCUGAUAAUUUCGUAUCACUAAAACUGGUUUACGAGUAGAAUAUGGCAUAGGUAUAAGUUAUGUACGGCAUAAGUUUUAUAAGCCUUCCGGAUUGUAAAAUUUUCCAUUUCGAACACUGACACUAUAACCAGCGCCUAUUAAUUUUAUUGUGCAUGGGCUAAUAAUCAGUUUCUAACUACAUUCUACUCGUAUAUAUGUAUUAUCGUUAUUGUAUACGGUGGAGUCGUGAUUAAACAAGUCAUAAUGUGUUCACGGAAAUAUCCGCAUAAUAUAAUAAUACACUUCGGCUAAACUAUUUGUCACGAUUUUAUACGAGACUGAUAAUACACGUUAAGUGUUAUAAGAAUUUUAAGGACAAAAUCAAAAAUUCAACCUCGAUAGGUUCAAGCUAUCACGAUUCAACUGUUCAAUGAAAACGCUAGCAGGCUCAAAUAAAAGAAAAUUAUUAUAAUAUUUCUUUGUCUUUUUUCCUAUUUCUGAGAGGAUAGAUUGUUGUGCUUAAUGUCGUAUUGAUUAAGUUUGAAAAUACCCAAAUAUUGUGAAUUUAUUGCCAAUUAUAAUACAUAGAUCAUCCGUAGAACAUUUUUAAUCUAUAAUACAAACAUUUCUAAAGAGCAAUAUCGCAUAAUCUUUCUUUGUGACUUAAAUCUAAUCAUUUUUUAACCGUUCUUUAUUAUUUUUUUAUCUUAUCUAUAUAGUAUACAACUAUUAUUUUUUCAUUUUUGUCCACAUCUUGGUUACUUUCAUCUUUCGCGAUUUUAAUCUCCUCCUUAAGUUCUUUAGGUCUCCUAUUUUGUUAUAUCCAUCGCUCCACCAUCAAUUUUAUUUCCAAUAUUACGGUUUCCUCUAAAAUAUAAUAGACUUCUAAACAUGAGUUGAGAACACCUAAUAUCCCCGUUACGUAUGUUCGUCCGUCGGUCCGUCCGUGUAAAUAUCAACACAUAAUUACGGUUGUUGAUUUGGUUGAUAAGGAAAUAAACAUUACAUUACAUUAUUCGUAACAUAAUUAUAUUAUAUUAUUAUCAUUUUCAAUUUGACUAUGAAAAUUAAAUACGAAUUCAUACUAGCCGACGUUUAAAAAAUAAGUACCAAAGUUUAAUAUUUAAUUAGCAGCUCAAUUCCUUAACUACUUUAGAAAUUUGAAAAAUGACCCGUCGACUAUUUCCUAACUCUACUAAAUUACCAAAUUCUUUCAAAAUUGUUUAAAGAAUUAUAGUUUAUUGUUUAAGACAGGUAUGUUUAAAAACCGGGAACUGUGCUCGCUCGCGGAUCGGGUUUUCCUAUAACUUGUUAUUUUAACCCCCUCUCCCCCAUUAAUCAAUUGCGGUUGUUUUCAACCGAGGUAAUAAAAACCGAUUGUUAUAGCCGUUAUUCACGGCCGGAGAUAAUAUACUACGAGACUGGAAACGAUUGCACCGACAACGUGGCCGGAAAACCGAACGCAUAAUGCGAGGUACCAUUUCCUUCAUAAGCCCCAGCGCCGUCUUAGCGGAUAUUUUCGGAACUAGACGCUUCACACUAUCGUUGAGUAUGGCGAAGUAUCUAACUGCGAACGAAUCCGCUGUAUGAUAACGCUGGGUCUCGUUCUACAGGAAAAAAUAACCCGCCCGAUCCGCACGACCAGUCGACUUUUGCGGACAGUCUCCCCCCACCCGCGCUGUCGUUUCCGGUCUUGUCAUCUGUAUAAUAUCUUGGUCCGCGGUACCCGCUUAUGUCUAUGUAAAUGGAAUUCACAUUGAUUGCGUGUAUGUUGUUUGUUUGCCAUUCAAUUUAGCCGGCAGCAUAUACAUGAGCCACGGUUUCAACGGUUACCGGCCGCACCAGUGCGACCCGCGACUGCAGCCGUUCCGGUUUCUGGGACCCACCGUCCGG